UUUUUAUUGGAUUCUGGUCGUGGAUCAGCACAAAACUACAAAAGAGACUUCCCUCUGCUGACUGGCAAUCGUGACUUGCCAUCGUGCUGAAACUUUCUGCUCAUCAUUUGUCUUCGUGGCAGAGAGCGCACGCCAUGCAGGAGCUGCGCCUUUACGCUUUGAUUUGAUGCUGGCCACUUUUGAAUAGCAUUACUACAGGUGGGUGGCGUCUAAUCUCGCUUAUUUCUGGGAGAUCUGAUGCGAAAAGCUGCUAUCAAAACGUGAUUAUUUCCACGUCAGGGGAGUUAAAAGGAAAGAAAGCGCACUUGUUUUUAUUGGCUGUGCGAUUGCGUGCGUAAUUACGUGCACGACAGAGAGAUAGAGAGAAGAGGAGAGAGGAAGACAGAAGUUUAUUGUGUAGUCGGCUUCAGGUGAAUAUUGUUUGCAUUGCAGACGAUCGCUCCACGGGGCCAUGAACUCAUCAGCAGGUGUAGGACACUACCGCAGGGGAUCCAGCAAGGCGGACAAGGUAAUUCAGACUUUAAAUCUCCUCUUUCUGCCCACAUCCAGCCGGCGUUUGUCUUCCUAAGCAUAAGGUUGAAAAUCCACCGUUUCCAAUCGCCACGAAGGCGUUGAAGCACUUUUGAAGGCGUGGGGGCAGAUGAGCUUGUUUCCUCAGAUAUGGACUCAGAUUAGAGAAAUUUGUUGUGGAGAUGUUGGUGUGAUACUGAUGUUUGCGUGACUUAUCUUGAUUUUAAACUUUGGGUACUUGAAGUUAUUGUAUAGUUUACUUUCUGUGGCUCAGUGCUCGAAUGUUUUGACUGUAGAUGUCCCUUUAGUGUCGUUUCCAGAUAUUUGCUUUGGCGCUAGGACAGGAUGACAUAUCUGUGAUUUUCCGGGGACAGUAAGUGCAGAAAUUUUGCAGCAAAUCCCUCAUGCGUGUAUCAAGGCAAACUCCUUUAAAUGUCCCCUCGCUCACUGUCUCUCAAAGUUUAAGACCCAAUAGAGGAAAGUGUUGGAAAAGCUGAAAGUGCUUGUCUUAUAUUCCCUUGGAGCUGACCAACUUUUGCUCUGUACAUCUGCCAGAUUGUGGAUAACCUACUGAGGAUAGCUGUUUUUCUGACACAGAAAACAUCACCCAUAUGGGGAAAACAUUUCUUUUUUCCAAACCUUAUCUACUCAACUAAUGCCCCAGUAAUAGCACUCCCACAAUGCCAUUUCCGAGCAUCACUCGCACAUCAGAUCCAAAGUUAACUUGAACCUCACAGGGAGAAGCAUCGAUUGUGGUUUCAAUAAGAGACGAAAAUAUAUUGACACAAGAAUCAAAUUCCCCCAAAUGUGUGACUCUGAGGAGGAGCUGUAAAAUGUUGGAAUUUGUGGCAGAUCUGUGAGCCUCUAGGGGGCAUGUCCUCCCCAAAAUGUGAAGAGACAGGAUACAUUUAAGUGAUUUUGAGGUGACUCUGCGCGCUUAUUGACUUUUAGUGACACAUGAAGGGUUUCAGUUUUUAAAAAUGUGAUCUUUAAAGUUUCAGAUUAAUGUUUCCUCACACAGAAUAUUCAAAAUCCUCAAACCCCCUGAGACCAAGUAAACAGAGUAUGAUGUGUUUUCUCUGCAGAGUGAGUUGAGCCCUUUAAUCACAAUCAAUUUACAUCUUUUUUUUUUUUCAAUUUGAAAUACUGUGGGUUGUUUAGUCCCGUCAAACAGAUGUGCGGCUGCUCCCUGUGGGGACACACUCAUUUGUCAGUGUUUCCCUAUUGUCAAAGACUUGAUUUUAUCCCAGUCUGGACUUAGUUUGCCCUCUGCUGGAGGCUUGCAGCCACAUACUGGCUCGCCAUCAAACCCCCUUGCCAAGCUUUUCCAAUUACGCCUGCAUCUUGACAGUUUAAUCUCUCAUUACUUAAGCUUUACAAGCCUCCAGUCAGUUCCUUUCAAACAAAUUUCACCAUUUCAAUCAGAAGUUAUACCUCCAUUCAUUCUACAUUUCUGCUGACACUUAACAGCUCGAUGCUAUAUGGGACUGGAAGCCCAAAGAAACAGGAUGACUGAAGUUUCUGUGACCAGAGUUUGACUCUUUAAAGACUCCCAGGCACAGCCUAUUAAAGCCCAACAUAAUCUGUGGUCAAUUUGCAUAGAAAAGAAAUCAUUAAGUCUGGCUGUGGAUAUCCGAGCUGCCUGUACCCCUCUCAGGGGAUUGAGGAAAAUGCAGACACGUCUUCUCUAAAAAUUGUUACGCCUGAUUUGGUUGAAAUGAUACUUUUCUAAAAAUAUGAGACGACUUACUCACCAAAAUUUAAGACAUGAAUAAUCAGCAUUUUCAUUUUGUUCUUGUCUUUACAUCAGCAGAUACAGCAAUCAUUGGCAUUACUCUUUGGUGGGAUUUUAACACUGAAUAGGCCACUGCAGCAAAUGAUUGGUCAAAAUCACACAUCAGGUAAUCCUAAUUAUUGUGUUUUAAACUUAUUUUCACCUUUGUUUGCAGAUGCAACUAGGAUGCAACAUGUAUUAUUCCUGCCUAGGAUUUACGUGCAACAUUUCUGCAGUUUUAUUUAGAGACCUCUGAAAGCAUCAUCACAUUACAGCACUGAUUACUGCAUUGAGGUUUUUUUUUUUCCAUGUUUGUUGUCAGUUUGUAAGCCUCUGUUGCUGCCACUGCUGUAGUGAAGUGUUUUUGAUGUUUUCAGCAGUGAUUAUGCUCGUAAUGAAAUGCCUCCCUGGAGGAAACACAAAUCCUAACAUCCAGAAGUGCUGCAUGUAAACUAGGCUGCUUACAUGGAGCUGAAUAUUUGCUCUUUCUGCAGUGUUGUUGUAUUCGAGGACACAUUGUUGUAAUAAAUCUCUUUAAGUGGUUAUAUUCAGAAUUGAAAGUGCAUCUUAGAUCCAUGAUCUUGCAUGCCUUGAGAAUCAGAUGGAAAUGUUAGUGUGCAUCAUUAAAACACAUUAAGAUCAGGCUCUGAUUGUACCUACUAAACCAGAAAAUCGACUUCUAACUAUAGCAACCAAAGGUAAUAUUUCCUUUCCUGUGAAAAUAUCCACGUCAUGCUAACUGCCUCAGGUAUUCAGGCAUGCAAAAAAUGUCAAAUGCUCUGGAUAAACUUUGUCUGUGGGGCCUGUAUUUUGUGUUAUUAUUCCAGUAUACUAAGUCGGCUGUCAGGGAACAUGAUCAUAACUUUAAUCUGUUUGAUCAGGUGAGUUUGGAGCAAAGCUGUAUCAGAGCUAUUUGAAAGUCUGUGUCAAGGAUUUAUUGGCAUCCUGAGCUGAAUGUUAAGGUUCCCGGGGGGUAGAGCCGUACAGACAAACUUUUCACUGAAAUGAUUUGUAUGCAGCCGGAAUAUAUACGGAUGAGAUGCCUUUCAAAAGGAUUCUGUAUUCAUCUAGUGAGACUGUAUUUCUGCAUUGAACCGUUGCACUUUGAAGCUCCACCUUAAAAUGUUUGAAUUGCUACCUACAGCUGCUAUUAGCUUGUUACAAAACGGCUUUUCAUUUGCCUGAUACGCACACAUUCUCAGUGCUUAUUUUGAUACCAUCUGUUUAUUUUUAUCCAAUAGCCGUUUUGAGAGCGAUAAUGCAGUGGUGAACAAUGGCACUUUGUUCAAUGAAAUGAAAUCCUGAGACACAGGAACGUGCAGGGACGGGCAGCACAGAGGGACAACACUAUUCAACAGUAGUCGUUUGUCACCGCUAAGUGCUGUGCCCAGGGUUUGGCUCUCCAGGGAAAGGUGUGCUGUAGAUGAGAACCAUGUUUCCCACAGCUGUCCAGGUUUUGCCGCUCAUGGCCACCCCGAAGUCCCUUGUCCUGGUCCUAAUCGUGCUCUUGCAUUGCUCCCUGGAGUGCUGGGUUCAUCUGUAGCUGUCAUCUGUAACAGAUGACCUGAUACAGCCGUGUCUUCGGUGUAGCAGCUUGUUUCUAGCUGAUAAAGACGCGUCAUGAACACAUUUUGCAUUUUCUCAUUUUCUCGGGGAACCAUGCUUUGUUUUCUAUUCAUAUCUUUGCACUGCUGACCUUCCUCAAGCUCAAAGAGGAGCUAGACUGAGGAGCAUACUAAGUACAGAUGUGCGAGCCUGUGGGAUCUACGGGGAGGAGCGCAGGUGGACAAUGCUUAGGGCUUUUGAAUCGACUAGCCGGUGAGAAGGUCUGUGAACAAGCUGGAGGUCAAGAUCAGGUCAUGUUGAAUGGAAGGCCCCAUGAGACAUGAAACUGUCAUGUAAUUUUAGAUUACUGCCGCUGAAUAGCUCGCACAAAGAAACACAAAUGCAACUGUUGCGACAUGUAUACAAAUUUACACACUUCAGUCCUUUCAAUGUCCAUUUGAGUUUGGAGCAGAGGCUAUGUUUAAGAGUUGAAUUUACUCUCUUGGUUUGUGUAAAUACUUUAUUAAAACCAUAUCCUUUUAAUCGCAAACCGAGGACAGAGGAGGGCACUUGUUUCAAGAAGUCAGCUUUCAAGUAAACAGCUUACAGAUGACUUUGGUUUCUCUCAACAGCUGGUUUUAGGUUUCCUCAGUACAGCAAGAUUUUAUCAUUUUUCACUUCAAUUCCAUAUUAAAGGUGGGGUAGGCAGGAUCUGAGGAAGUACCAGUUUUUGGAGCAAUCUUGAAUGUAAACUCUACCCCCCCCAACCAGUUUUCACCUCAGCUCCUCUCCCUCUCUGCUUCAAUAAAGCCCCGCCCACUAACAGAAGCUCCUGCUGGCUCGUAUUGUUCCGAUUAAAUUCAGAUAUAAAGCAGAUAAAUACUUUAAAUGAUUACAAAUGGAGCCCAGUCAACGUAUAAGUAAAAAGCAUUGGUGCUACUGUAGAUGCCAACAGACUACCAGCACAAUUCUUGGCAAGAAUUACUUCUGUUACGGACACUUAGCUUACUUUGUCAAAGCGGUUUACCUGUCCAGCAGAAAGGUUACAGGGUCUGUGAGAUCCUGCAGCGUUAAUGCUUCAUUGAUGUUGGCUUUUUAGCUCUUGUCCGGUCUACCUCCUUUAUAAGCGCCCGUUAUUCUGCCAGAGUCUUCGGUAUUUACUUUCUUGCUUGUGUUGGCAGUCGUGGCCCAAGGAGGAUUCAGACAAUUUUCUGGUUGGUUUCUACUGUCUGAUAUUGUAGCACACUAACUUUGUUUAGGCUCCUGAACAUUAUUCUAAGCAAUGGAGCGUGCAUUACAACACGCGGGAGCAGCGUCUACCUCACAACCAAUCAGGUUGGAGGAGGUGGAGAAUGGCUUUGUUUAAAGUCAGAAAGAGCAGGCCGCUCAAAAAAUUUAAAAUGUUGACUACUCAGACAUAAAAGAACACAGCAAUAUUGUUAUAUUAUCAAAUGUCAUCAAUAACUAAUAGCUAUUGACUGAUAUUAAAAGCUUUUUUGUGUAUACACCACAAAAAAAGAUGCUUCUUUAACGGAUUCCUGCCUACCCCACCUUUUAAAGAGUUCUUGGUUUAGUCAUUACACAAGUUGUUCUCAAACCAACUGGUAAAGUCACAAUGUCUUCAUCCACUUUUUAUAAGCAUAUGUUCAGACCUUAGUCCUUGAACUUUGCAUAGCCCAAAGCAACACUUAAAAGCAAUCAUCAUCUGUAACCUCCUGACAAUACUUUGCAAAGCAUCCCUCUGGAAACAGAUGCCAACUUAUGGGCAAAUCUAGUGCAGCCAGUAGUUAAUAUUGUGGGAAUAACAACAUCAUGAUGCAGUUUGAAAAAGUAAGAAUACAACAUUUUGUCAGGUCCGUCCUCAAGAAGAAAAAGAAAACAGCUUUUGUAAGGGUUUUUUAGCUGAGUAGAGGUAGGAUUGAUCAUUCCUGAUGCAUCGCCGGUUGUCAGGGAAAUCUACCCACUGCUUGACUUAGAGACACAGUGCUGAGCAGAUUUGUUGCACAAGUUAGAUCUUAAAUCUGAGGCGAUCCUGCAUUCGCUUAAACCUGCUGAUUUAUCGCUGGUCAGUGCUGAUCAGACCCUAAACAUAUACUUCAAAUAGAAACCAGAACACUUUGAAUGUAAAAAUCCAAACCUCCACAAAUUUUAGGAUUAAGAAACAAGAACAAACUAUUUCAGAUGAUUUGCAUCUAGCAUUGUAGGUAAAGCUGUUUGUUACCUUCUUCAUUGAUGGGAUUAUGAUCUAUCACUUCACUUCAGGGGCUGAAGGCAGCAGUCAGGUAGAGGUGCCAAAACCUUAAGUGAUGAUUUCAAUUACGGCAUGUCAUCUGAAUAUAAAUCCAGCUUUCUCUCUGGAUCUAUGGAGCCAUAUGUGCUUCAGCAGUUCUCUUUUGAACUAGGUGGUGUGGGGGGUGAUUUAAAAGGAGGAAAUCAAACUUUUCCACAAGAGUUGGGUGACAAUUGAGUUGUUGCUGGUAUUGAAUUUAAAAUGAGCGAGUAUUUUCAGUUUCUAAAUUUGAUUUGUUGUCUUUGAACUGUUUUCAGUUGGAUAUUGGCUUUAAAUGAUUUUCGAGCCUUAAUAGGGAUAUUCCAGCGCAAAGUUAAUUUAGGUUCAAACACACCGUAACACUGAGUUAGACACCCCCUCGAGAGAUUAAUAUUGCUGACCGCUUGCUUCUCUAAUUAUACCAACUUUAGUAACGACCGCAGGAUAGCAAUACACAGCAGUCUGAGGAGCCAUAAACAAACCUCAACCAAAACGCCACUCUAUAGCCACAAAUAAUGCUCAGAACAGCACCUAACUUCAUCAACAGUACAUAUAGGGUCCUAGCCAUAGUACUAGCCACCAAACAUCUUUUUAACUUUGCCUAAUUUCUUCAGCAAAGAGACUAAACACAACUCACCCACUCUCAUUCAGCAGCUGCUUGUUUGUAGCGAGACCUCAGGCCAGUCCAUUACGGACUGUUGCGGGGGGACGCAGCUCAAGGAAGAACAUUUAUGAUCAUUACUUUAUUAUUUCCUUGAAGUAAUAAUCACCAUAUUAAUCAUUUUGCACUGCAGACGCGGUAGUUCUUCUGUCUUAGCAUCUUGGUCUGAUUGCAUUUCCAUGAAGACCCCGUAACAGUCUGUAAUGGACUGGCCUGAGGUCUCGCUACAAACAAGCGGCUGCUGAAUGAGAGUAGGUGAGUUGUGUUUAGUUUCUUUGCUAAAGAAAUCAGGCGAAGUUAAAAAGAUGUUUGGUGGCUAGUGCUAUGGAUAGGACCCUAUAUGUACUGUUGAUGAAGUUAGGUGCUGUUCUGAGCAUUAUUUGUGGCUAUAGAGUGGUGUUUUGGUUGAGGUUUGUUUAUGGCUCCUUAGACCGCUGUGUAUUGCUAUUGUGCCGUCGUUACUAAAGUUGGUAUAACUAAAGAAGCAAGCAGUCGGCAACAUUGAUCUCUCGAGGGGGUGUCUAACUUGGUGUUACAUUGUGUUUGACCCUAAAUUAAUUUUACCCUGGAAUAUCCCUUUAAGGUCUGUUUUUAUCAACAUUUUACACAUUGUCGCUAAUCUUUAAAAUUGGGAUUGUGCUCAAGUGGAGUUUAUAUUGUGCCAAAUCAGCAGAAAGGCAAAUGAAAGGAAUGGGUAAAACCAGUGUUAGUGGCGCCAUAAAGUACAAGUAUGCAUGUAAAGACAUACAAGCUGUCCAUUUCUUCUAUGAUCUUCUGUCAGCAACAUGAAACAUCACAUCGCCUCUGUGCUUUACGGCAAUAACAGCGCUGACCUUUCCCACUAAUUGCAAUUAAAAUGACUUACUACGUUCAUAACCAUGCGAAUGUAUGUCAUGGCCGUAAAUGUGACAAAAAAUGAAUGCAAAGGACGACCAAUCAGCAGCUUGUUUAGAGGACGCAGGGGAAAUGUUGUGGCAUGGAAUCAGCUUGUUAACCGAUGACUGUAGCUACAACCACCAUGUCCUGUAUUAACUGAGUGGUCAUUAUUAUUUAGCUGUACAGGCACCAGAGUAAUUAUUCUUCCUGAUGAAACGCUGUCUCCCAUGUUGUGCAUGCAAAUAUGAACUUUAGCCGGUCUCCAUGUCUCUGUAGAGUCAGGAAAAAGCACUAAACGUGCAUACACACAUGUUGUGCACGAUUAGAGCUGCUCUUUAUCACCUGCUUCUGUCAUCCCGGGUUUGUUGUCUGUUCACAAAUCACACAUGUAAAAUAUGAGCCGAAGCCCCGCAGUCAUUAGAGAUAAACUGCUGCUGCUGCAGGGGUGAAGACUCUCGCUCUAAACGGCUCCAUGAGUCAUGGUCAAAGAGAGACUCAGCUGACUUUAAAUCUGAGUAUUUAUGAAGCGCCGUGAAACUUCAAACUAGCUCCUGCCACAGGGUAUAAAACACACCACUGUCCAUGAAAUAAGAACACAGGCUUCCCAACUUUAUUCCCUUUUCCUGAUGAAUAAUUGGCAAGGUCGUAUUAAAGUAGUGCACAUUUUGUUCAUGAAUGUUAAAUAAGAUAGCUGCGAAUUGUAAAACUUCAGGCUCUCCUCUGCGAAGUGAUUUCUUUGCUUUAAUGACCUUGCGCCACAUACAUCUUCCAUGUUCAUGAUGCCUCAGGAUCUUUUGGUUAUGCACACAGGAAGAACAGCAGACAGGAGCAUCCACCGGAGUCAUGAUUCAACCCUUGAGUCCACAUUUGACCGGGGAAUGACUGCGUGUAGCCUUGUGACUCAGAGCCCCCAGUUCACCAUUUUAUUAAAGCGUGUGUGUGGUGAAGCUAAGGCUGUUUUUUUAUAUGUGUGUGUUGGUCAUCUCAACGAUUGUUGGCCUCCGGCUUUUGUCACAUUCACUCCAGCCGAUUAGAUUAUAGAAAGGAGCCUACAGUUUGGAUUUUCAUUGAGAAAUAUGACUUCUUCUCCUCCUGUUAUAGAAUCGGUGUCAUUUCUUCCUUCCCAUGGGUCUUUGCUGUUCUGUUCCAUGGUUGAACAAACUGGUUACACCGUCACAGCCCCGGGAUUCAGUGCAUCAGGCUCAAACGCUACAUAAAUAAAGCAGCAGUGUGGCUCGUGCCAGGCUUCUGUCCUGUUAGCGUGGCUUGAUGGGUGUGUGUCUGAGCGUGUGUGUGUAUGUGAGGGACAGAGCGGGUUGUUGUAUUUUAUGAUGUGGAGGACAGGCAGCAUAAAUAUCACUUGCGCUUAAUCACAACCCUGCUGCAAAGACGACUGGAUUGAUCCAUUUCUAGGUAAUAUGAGCACACGCGUAGAUUGGAAAAUACACACACGCGCGCGCGCAGACACACACAUUCACACUUAAGGGGAAAAUGCCUUGCAGGCAGUACAGGCGCUGAUGUGUUGGGAGGCAAUUUGUGUUUAUUGUCUCUACAUGCUGUAUGUGUGCGUGGCUAAUAAACUUAAACCACUGAACUCUUCACCUUUACAGAGAAAAGUCUCGCAGUGGUAGUUUUAAAAGAGGUAGAAUAAGUACGGGAAAGAAGGAAGGAGGAGAGUAGUAAAAAGGUUACCCCUCCUCUACCUCCUCCCUCCUCAUGAAGAGGUGAUUCCUGUAUCUGUGUGAUUGAUUCACCCUGCAAGGAGAAAGAGAGAGAGAGAGAGAGAGAGGAGGGAGAUCUGGUCAGGGCUCCUGGACCCCUAGGUCAUCCUCUCCCUUAGCCAUAGGGGAGGGAAAGAGGGAGGGAGGAGAGAAAAGGGGGAAGGGGGAGGAGAAGGAGGAGGAGUAGGUGGAAGGGGGGACUUCUCAGGCACCUCCAGCAGCCCCAACUUCACAGCGCAAAGGUGUGAGCGCAAGGCGAGUGGCACUUUUCAGCAUGUCUGUCCUGAUUGCCACCCAGCUGAAGAUAGACACCAGCAGCACUCCUCACAGAAGGGUAAGUGUGUGUCUGUGUCUGUCUGUGUGUGUGUGUGUUGGCAUGCAUUGCACACUAUGGAGGAAUGUGUGCAUUUAUGAGUAAGCCGUUUGCUCCAGACAGAAGAGGCUGCUGGUUGCUUUUGAUAGGAACUGCACAGGCGGCGGGCAGGGAGGGAGCGGCGGGUCCCGACGUCCCCUCUAAGGAUCCUGAUGGACAAUCCUGCUUUAAUUUCAAGAGCUGACUCCUAAAGAACGGCUGACUUCUGUGAAUGCUGUGUUGAAUUCUUAGAGCCUCAUUGUUAUUCUUUGUUGCCUUCUAAUGGCUUCGGCGAGAGUCUGCCAGCAUGGGGAAAAGUUGGACAGAAGUGCGUAGUGAUGUGUAAGAUAUUUAAACGAUUCGCUUGCAAUUCUUGCUCUGGAUUUAAACAUUAUUAUUUCUGUUUGUUUGUGUGAAAUCAGUCAGAAAGCUUUUAAGUCAGCUAGUUGCUCUGCUUAACUUAAAUGCUGACUUUAUGCUACUCCUCUUGCUUGCAUGCAAAUUAGCUGCAGAAAGGAUUGAUUAGGAGGACAAGUUUAAGAUGCUCCCAAGCAUUUAAAUGGAUGCGAAAAUGUAUGCAAAGAAAAAUUCUGAAGGUAGAAUUAAACUGUGUUUCCUUAUCGUGUUGCAUGUAAUGGGAUAAUGUAUAGGUAAUGUAGAAUUCUUGACAUAAUGCAGGGAGCAUUUUGGAACCAGUCUGUAGUUUUGGGGUCUCUGAAUAAAUUUGGGGUAAUUUUAAGAAUUUCCUCCAGUAUUUUCCUCACAUUGUCAACAGGAGGAGAACAAUCAUGAACAGUACUCAAGAUGUGUUGUAACACCUCCAGGUGGAGUGAUCUUACACAGUGAAGUCUUCACAUGCAUUGCCUUUGCUCUUCUGAAUUAAUAACUGUUGUCUAACCAUUUCGACCAAUCGAAAACCAUUAUGAAACCAGUCCGCAUGAAAGCUGGUAAUAAUGCUUUGUGGUUUGAAUCAUGUGUCUUCAGUAGGAUUGAUGACUUUCAAAGGCUGAUGCAGAUAAAGAUAAUAAGAGAGCAGGUUGCCCAAUAGCUGAUAUUUAUGGACUGGAACUGAAAAUUGGGUUAUUCCAUAGAUUUUGGGGCAUGGUUAGUGUUUCUGUCAGUAGCGAUAUUUAACUGUAUUUUUCUAAUCAUCAUAACAGAAUUUACUCCAAACACUUGCCAGUGACUGUUUUUAAAUUGAUUUGCUGUCAUUAGGGAUUGAAAAAUGUGUUUACAGAAGAUCUUUGUGGUAUCGGCCUUGUAAGGGCUGAUGCCAAUAUGAUGCUGAUCACAACAACACACCAUUAUUUGACCAGAUUAAUUAGCUGAUUGAUUAAUUGGUCUGUCUCUGUACAAAACAGCUUUUUUUUUUGUGCAUUUUUAGUAUUGCAAAGAUUUACUCUUAACAUUAUGUUUGAGUGUCAGAAGAAGGCUAAAGGACAUUUUUUGUACGAGUAAACAUGCUAAUACACAUGUAAAGGACCAAAACUGCAAAGAGUUAUGAGCCCUGUUUGGGGAGGCAAAAUCAAUAAAAGUUACUUAUCGGAGCUUUAAAGUCCAGUCAAAUAAUGGGCACUGAAAAUUAACUUAGGCUAAAUGCACAAGAAAGCAUAAUACAUAUGAAUGAAUAGACAGUUAGAAAAGGAAGGAUGUGUUUAUGGCUGUAAAGGAGAAACUUUUGAAUUACAUCAACAGUAGAGCUGCUAAAAGUAUGAUUUUGUAAAUUGUGUUGAACCCUAGAAUUUUCAUAAUAUAUCACUAAUAAUCACAUUUUUAUCCAGUUUUAAAAUUCUGUUAUUUAGUAUUUUUAAACUGUUUUUAAUCCGUCUCACCAAUUUAAAGCAUGUCUUACUCGUGUCUUCUCUUGCGAAUCAAAUUAAAGUAGUAAAAUGUACUUUAUGUUCUCACCCCAAAAAAUGCAUGUCAGCAUCUGUACGCUUAGCUCGUGGAUGGCUGCUCAAACUCAAAGUACUCAGGUGAUAUUUCAAUUUUAUUUGCACAAUGUGCAUACCACUUUUGAUUGGUUAACUGAGUCAUCGGGGAGUUUUUAGGUGAAAUGUGCCUGUCAAAGCACAAUGGUGUCUUUGUUUUCCACCUCUGCAGCAGCAGGAAGACUAUGACGUGCAAAAAGGGACAAAAUGGCUCACAAUUUCAAAUAUUGUAAUAUUAAUUUCAGACCUUAAUCGUGUUACAAUCAAUGCAUUAACAGUAAAAACAACGAAACACAAAUAUGUUAUCUGUCGUUGCAAGUGUUUUUGAAACGCAGAUGCACAUUGAGCUUAUAGGAAAAAAACACCAGAGUGGUGUUAAGGUACAUUUUCUAACAGCUUAUAAUCAUCCAACCAGAUUUUAAAUAAGGAAAGAGUGUGGAAAAUAACGUGGUCUAGAUUAUUUCUACUCCAUUUAAUCUAAUGUCACCCCCUCCGAACCCUUGCCCUGCAUGAUGCACACACUUCCUCCACACACAAACACGCAUGUGACAAUAAAUUCUUAGUGACACGCUCCCUUGUCCAGUUUCUCACCCUCUUAACUCUGUCUCCCUCCACCCCUGCCACAGUCCUCCACUCUAUAGCCUGCAGAUCCCCUCAGACGUAGCCACAGUCUCUUCCACCACAUCAGCCAGCAUUAAACUUCAUUUCCUCACUGACUUAUCUGCUACCAUUUCAAUUUGUGCUCGCCACAUAGCUUUCCCUUCAUCCGUAAUGUAGUGGAAGACUCAGCACUUAUUCUCUGUGGAGGAUAAUGAUAUGCCAGCUCCGACAGCCAACAUGCUCAGCUGGUUUCAGGGCUGGAGAGCAGUUAACGAAGUUGAAUUUUACACACAGCUCAGUGAAAAAUGAGCUUAAAGAAAAAAUAGACACGACUACUUACCACAAUGUUUAACAUAAUUUCAAUAUAUUUGGGAUUUUAGUCAAAUUAUGCAUGAAUUUUAUGAUCUACACCAAUCUCAGACAAUGUUCACACUGAUUAAAUUUGCAUAUAAGCAAGCAAAUACAACUCGUACCAAAGUUAGAGACCUCCUUAGUGAUUUGCCUCUUUUGUGCUGGAGGCAACAAUUGUGAUUAAGAGCAAUGACUUGAAGUAAACAGUAAUUGCAUUCAUGUUGUCACAUGACCCAAUAUGUGACAAAGGCUGUAACACAGUGUUAAGGAAUUUGUUUUCCUACGCGGUCCUAUUGACUUUGGCCUUCAGCCCUGCUUAAUUAAAUCUUGAUGAACACUGACAGAAGAGGAUGUUUCUACCUUGGGAGAAUUCAAUGCUGUAUCAAGACACAUGCAAUGCAACACUGUGAUCCCGAUGGGAGAUUCAAGUGACUCGUACACCCACAGACUCACACACAAACAAACAAACAAUUCAACCUUUGAUUACAUUAAUUUAGUUUGGGUAAAAGAGCAGUGAAUGAAAAGCUUGAAUGCAAAUGUCAUUUGAAAAAUAACAGUACUUUAAAAAAAAGUUGUUUUUUUUACCUCUAAUAUCAUGCAGUUUUUAUUACCUUAGUUCCUAAACAAGAAGUAGCCAAUAGAAGGCGGCUGUGGGCUGUUUUUGUAGGACCUGUUUAUCGGCUUUUUUUCACUUAGACAAACUGCAAAUAAAUACCCUGAAUUAGAUAACAGCAAUCCCUGUUUGCAGUAUACUCACAUAUGUACUGACAGCUUUCACUUUAUUACUGUGAUACUCAACAAGACUGAAGCAUGUAAUGUAAUCUCAAUGAAUUUCUAUACAAAGUGCUGUAUAUUUUUCACUUUCUAAGCAUUCUUCUGUAGUGUUUGCUUCGGAGAGAAGGUGACCUUGGUGAGUGUGAAUCACUGUAAGUCUAAAAAGACCCCCAUGUAUGUGAGUUCAGAAGCCAUUGAGACUCGGAGUUAGAGAGGUUAGUGUCACAAAGAGUGGCAAUUUGGCACCAAGGUUUUCGAAAUGCUCCCCUGCCAGCGUGAGUUUUUUAGUACAGCUCUUUUCUGCUGCUGCUACUGUCGUUGAAUGCCUUGUUAAACAGGCCAAAUUACAAUAUCUGCCUUCCAGCUGUUUUUAGAACAAGCACCUGUUUGUUUUACCUCUCAUCUCUCCCCUUUCUUCAAACAGCUCGAAGGAGGUUUUUUUCUCUUCUUUCGGAGGUGGAGUUGAAAAAAAGGAAACACACUUUACACAGGAAAACUCUUUAAUCUUUUCUGUGUCAGCUGGAUAAUAUAAAGCAUUUGUUGCUUCAAAUAAUGUCAAACUGAGAUCUGCUCAUAUCAAAAUGCGCAUAUAGGUCUGCCAGACAAAAGUUAAUUACUAUAUUUUAGACCCAAACAGUUCAUCAGUGUGCUGCAGGUGAAAGAAACACAUAUGCAUCUGCCCCCUAAUAAUACUGAAACAGUCAGGCUUUCUGAUGGAAAAAUAAAGCACUGACACAUUUCUAAAUGGGGCGUACACUUACACUGACAUCAAUAUUUGGGUCAGACUAUUAUAGAAUCAACUUAAGUACAUUGGUAGAGUCAACCCCCAUCUGUAAAAGUUAGAUGCCCAGUUUUUUGCUCAGUUCUCAACAAAAUGGCAAAGCUGAAUGGCAUUCUCUGUGGGUAAAACACUCACUACUCUCAAAUACAAGCCCUCUUGAAAACAGAAAAUAUAUAUAUAUUUUUAUAGCAAGGUUAGUAAUUGUUUAGCAGAUAUAAGAUUUCAAUCAUGUAAGAUGGAUUUGUUGCAGUUGUUUUGUUUUGAUAGACAGACAGUAUAAGGAACAGAAAUCAAAAGGAAAAUACUUGCCACUAUGUCAAAUUUCCUUUAACAAUAAUCUUAACAAAUUAUGAUAUUAUUGCAAUAUUUAUAGGGAAAGCAACAAUUAUAUCAGCUUAAAGCAACACAUUACUCCUAAAUUUUACUAUCAAAGUGACUUAUUUAUUUGUCACCAUAUAAGGCAACUUGAGUAAAUGUUUUUUGUGCACUGGCGCUAUAUGAAGAUCUAUUUUCUAUUCAUCUUUCUAUUCAUCUUUCAUCUUUCUACUCAUCUAUUUUCAAUGAAAGCCAAGUUUUAUCUGCAUUACCAGCCUCAUGACAGAAACUUUAGAUUAAUUAAACUGAAAAGCUUCUUCUGCAAGUGAUGUUGCAUUACAUGUUGUUCACAUGUGCCAUGUAUUUUAGUAGAGAACCCCGCCUUUAACAUGAUCUGCACUUUCACAUGCUGCUUCAAAGGCUAGCUAGCCAGCUGGUUGCUGCUUCUUCUUCCUUUUCCCUCCAUUUACAUGGCAACCCAUAUAAAGACCCCCUACUGCCCCUUACAAUGAAGCAGUUAGUUUCACUGUAUAACCAUAAAUGUAUCUUUAGCAUAAUAUCAAUACUUCAGGUCUUUAAAGGACAGUUGUUGGGGAUAUUGUUUUAUUAAUCCAAAUGUGAAAAUUAACCAUUUACAGCCCAGUAUCAGACUAUAAUAAAGACAGUUUUAAGUCAAACAUAUGUGUCCGGUCCACAGCAGAACAAGGACAUGUAAUCCGAUACAGGUUGCUAGAUAAUUAAUAAAAACUUGUUACUGUAGUGGGCUCAGCUCAGCAUCAGGGGAAAUCACUGAAGUCCCGCUAAUUCCAAAUGGAAAAUGGUGCAAAAUGAUGUGAUUAUGGGGGGCUGUAAGUAAAUCCACUCUAUUACAUGCAUGUAGAGAGAGGCUCAGUAAUUUCCUCAGUCUGCCGAGUGAUGUUCAGAGGAAAUUAGAUAUUACAGCGCUCCCACCAGACAUUGACCGAUUGAUCCGUCUGCUCUUCCAUCCAAUUAAUUUGUGUGUCUUUUUGUUUUGAUGCUAUAGAUGAUACUGAAAACAAUGCAGCCUGCAGUGUUGUUACAAUCAAUGCUAACACAUUAACGUGUGCAUCAUACUUGCAUAAUGUGCAAUUUCAUGAAUCAUUUGCGUCUGAUUGUAUUUUGACACUUGGUUUUUCCUUGUCCCAAUAUCUUCUUAUAAUUGAAAUAAGCUUUAACAGACUUCAUGCAAUAUAAAAGAGACAAAAAGUAGAAUUUAUAAAUCACUGUUUUUAUAUAUAGUGCUCCAGUCCCUUUCUUUAAUGCAGGCUUGGAGUUUUGCCUGCAAUUUGUCCCAUAAAUUCUUGCGCUGUGUGAAGCAAUUAAGAGCUAUUAUUUUGUAGUGACUGCAUCUAAGACAUGUAAGAAAAUAAGGAAGUAUCUUCAUCUUUUUACAGUGGAACACCUGUGGAAAAUACAGACCAAGUCUCUGCAGACCUUCAUAAUUCCCUCCGCAAACCUUUAUGCGAUUAACAGCACCUGAAAGCGCACGUUUCAGAUAAAAAUGCAUGAUUAAGUGUGGAAUAGAAUUACAACCACACAUCACACCUAAAGUAGCUAUUCCACCUGAAAACAGCCACAUUAGCUACCUGCAGAGGGAUUAGUUGUGCUGCAGCUAUCACCAUCAUUAUAGCUGUUAUUACAUGCCUCUCCAAAUGUUUCCCUCCUAAAACGCAGAGCUCAACUGCAGUGAUGUGUGAGAGAGGAGUUGCUCCAGUCAGCUGCUGUAUCUGCCAGGAGGUGAUAGGGAAGCUCAGGCUGAGCCCAGGCUCCCUGGGCACAGUCCUGAGGGGAGUGUUAGAGCAGCCAGUCGUUUCACAAUAGCUCCCCAACAAGGUGAGGGAGAUUGGAAGACAUCUAUCAGAGAGGGCCGGUAUGGAUGUCAAGUGACUCGGACCUAUUUCCCUUGGGGGUGUGCGGGUCCAGGAAAGGCAUUUAUGAACUGGUGAAACAAAUGAUGACAGGGACUGAGGCGAGCCAGGAAGCUUGGCUUAUAAACUUCGACCAUAAAUCUCUGUAUGGCAAUUAAAAAGCAUCUAAAAGCACCAAACAAAGCUUUUGCUCUAUUGAUUUAUGAAUGAUACUGUAAGUCAGAGGACCCAGAGUGAAGAGAAAAGGAGAGGACUCUUUAAUUAGGAAAAGGCCAUAAUGUCCCAUGUCCUUGUUCUUUUUAUAUUCAUGUCCAAACUUCUUUUAAAAUCAAUAUCUUGUAUUCCAGAUACAUAUCCUAUUAUGGAGGUUACAUUCAUAAUUCAGACCAUGAAUCAAUGAGCCUCUAGCACUUCUUUUCAGAGCUGGAGAUGACUCACCAUAAAAAGAAAUUAAUUGAAAGUCACUCUUUGUUCAAAGGCAAGCAUAACAUAUAUUCAGUCGGAGUCAGCCAGCCUUGAGUACUCUUUGCAAGGGAUGACAAAACAGGUUUGAUUUGGCUUAAUGGGAGAUGCAAAACAGUGGUACUAAGUGCUGUUUUUGAGCCCAGCUUUUGGACUGCUUUGAAGUCGUACCCCUGUGAAGAUGACCUAUUUCCUAUGCAGCUUGGCCCGGGUAGAGCUGUAGUUUGAGCUGACACACGGAGAGAGUCAGAGGGGUAUUUGACUCCAGCGUUCAUGACGCGGAUGGAGUAGAUUUGUACCAUUUGACUCGAGAACUCUCACCCUUCCUCCUCUGCCAUAUAUAAACCAAUAUUGUGCAGUUACUCAAGAGCUGUGUUGCUUUGGCAUCUGUGAGCAUUUCAAGCCUGAAAUAACUUUUAAUGUAGUGUAGAUGAGCUAACACUUUUGGAUCUGGACUGAGUGGAAAUACAUGGUGGAGGGGGGAAUGAAUAAAUUAAAGGGAGGGAGAGUCACUUUCAUGGUUCGAAUUAUGUUCCUGUCAGAUGGGAUACUGAGAGUAUUUAAGAGUUGAAGGUACUGCAGUAAAGAAGUAUACAGCAUGAAACUUAUUUAACACCAGGAAAGAAAUCAUCACAUUUCAUUACAGAGUCAAUUCUAACAUAUUUUCUGCUUCCGAAUGAAUUUUUGUUGUUUUUUUAAUGGAAUGAAGGAGCAUGUAGGUAUAAGUACUUUUCCUAACUUUAUAAACUUUACUUAAUGUGUUGAAGCUGAAUAUGGAGCAUACAUAAAGAGACUCCAUGUUUAACACCUGAGGUAGAUCUCUCUUUGGAGGUGUUGGGUCAGCCUGUUCUUAUUCAGCGCGCCACAGAGAGGCACUCUAGCUCCGUCCUGGGACCAUAUCCAAUCAUGUGGGAAGGAAAUGUUGUCACCCUAUUCAUGAAAACCUUAAAUGAUUCUGACUUUUUUUUUUAUAACUGCUUUUAAAAGAAGAUGAAUUCAGGGUGCGUUUGAACAGUGCUGGCACAUGCUUGUGCGUAAAAACAGUGCCCAGUGCCGGCAGCAGUAGAAGCAGCAGCAGCAGCAGCUACUACAGUAAAGCUCCUUUCUCUCAGAGCUGGUCACUUCUCAUGCAGAGCGCGUCUGCGGAGAGAAUCGCCGAGCUCUCUGCGUCCUUCACACUCUCCAUGCGCGAGGACAGUGAGCCAAAAAACACAGCAGAAAGUGUCGGGGUAUUAUCGCGUGCUCCUUUUUAUUUGGUGGACUAUCUGGCUGGAGUCUGGCGGGAACCGAGUAUCUGAUCGGGAAGUCAGCGCGCCCUCGUACUAUCUCGCUGUAAGGAGGCAACAGAAGAGGGUAGACAGCGUGGUUUGAAUACAGAUGAGUGGAACUAUUGACACCUUCAGCCCACCAGUCUGUUGUACGCGCGGGCAAAGCUGAAAGGACGUGGCUGCUGAGGAUCCUGCUUUAUAUCUACUAUCCAUACAAGCUUGUUUAGCAGCUGAGUUUCUUUCCUUAUCUUUCCUUCUGGCCGUUUGCCAUCGGUUCUCCUCGAAGCGCACAGAAAAACCAAUAGAUCUGCCCCCCGAAACCCCCCGAAUCAGGUGAAAGCCGUGUGCGUCUCUGACAUGCUGUAAGUUCCUGUUAUCUGAACUGGACCUGUAUUAUGGCUUCGCUGUAUCAGAGAUUCACGGGGAAGAUCAAUACCACCAAUUCGUUCCCGCACCCACCUGAGGCCAGCCACCUUCUCGGUGGACAGGUUGCAGAUGAGGAAAACGCAGCGAAGACCCCUCAGCAGUUCGGCGAUGGAAGACCUCACGUGCAGUACCGCAAGAAAUGCGUGAAAGAGGACGAGGAUGUAAGACACUUGUACUUUAUUUCUUUUUAAAAUUACCAUCUUUUAUGAGAAAUCUCCCAUUCAUAGAGAGAAAACAUAAACAUACUCAUACAUAAUCAGUACAGGCCUGGAAGUCUUGAAGCUAUUUGUGGGUUUUUAUUCAUAUAAACUGGUUCAGAAGUUUCUGAAAUACUUCCAGUCAUUGGCAGAUGCACUUUUGAAUUUGCAUUUUGUAUUAGUGUUAAGUUUUCUUGGAUAAACAUUCAACACACAGUCUGUGCUUUUUGUCUUUCAGAGCAAAUGCACUUAAUAUAUCCAGGUUUCUUUCAUAAUUUGCAAGUUACUAAUAGAUGAAGAUGAUGUGAAAGAUUAUCACCUUAGACCAGUGGUUCUCAAGUCCAGCCCUCGAGCUCCCCCCUGUUCUGCAUGUUUUGGAUGUUUCCCUGCUCCAACACACCUGAUUCAAAUGAUCAGCUCGUUAUCAAGCUCUGUAAUGGCUUAAUAACGAGCUAAUCAUUUGAAUCAGGUGUGUUGGAGCAGGGAAACAUCCACUGCCUUAGACUAUAAUGGUCUCAUAGUAUGUCUGCGCUUCCUCUGGUACUAUCCCUGGUGCUGAAAUGGCAAACAGCUGCCUAGAUUUUGGCCUGAGGCGUGUAGUCUGUGAUUUCACCUUCAGUUUCUUGCAUGAAUAAUGAGUUUUAUUUGAGAUAAAUGAAGCAGUUGAAGGCUACAGAUGAUUGAGCUUCUCGGAUGAAAGGUUUUCUAAGAUCGCCAGUGACCUCUGACCUGCUACUGCUUGUUAUUCAGUCUAUGUUUUUUUCUGAGAGUUUCUACCGAGCACAAAGAAGCAGAUCUGUUGCUUACAACAUGGUGGAUGGUGUUUUUUUUUUUCCAACUUGCCACUUGAGACCAAUAGCUUUACAUCCAUGCUGUCUCAGCAAGUUUUUGUUGUUGCUGUACACUAUUGGCAUCAUUUCUAAACACAUGACGUUACUACCCGGGGCUACUGGUUCAAAACUAAUUUGAUCAGAAUAAAGCUACCAAAUUGGAUCAAAUCUUAAGAGUUGGGUCUAAAAGGAAGAGCAGAUUCCGGAUAAAGUUAGAUAAUCCAAUUCUGCCUUUUACCCCAAUCAAUCUUCCAGUUUAUGUUGUUUAUAACUUUGACUGGGUUUUGAACAACGUUUAUCUCAAAGUCAGGAUGAUCUUAAAGCCAGCAGAGGGCUUGAUCAAUGCUGGAUUAUAGGAGCAAAUGUGAGAAAGCAACUGGUCAAACCAAAUAUUUGUACAAAGUGUUUGAUAUUUCCAGACUCUCUACAAAUGUUUUUUGCUUCGAAGUGGCAAAGGGCAUGAGGUUAGCUUUGAGGAUUUAAAAAUAUAUGUCGUCUCUUUAAAAUUUAAGGACUGGCCGUCAAUAUCAUAACAAAUAAAUGCUGUUUCUUUUUUCAAUGCAUUCCAAACAACAUACUGAAAUUGUAACGUAGACUAUAGAAAACUGAGAUUGUCCGAAUUUUGGAUGCUUUGAAACUUUAUUGCCUUACUACCUAUUUAUUAUUUUUAUGAUCAUUUAUAUGUUUUUUUUAUUAUCAGCCUUUUGAGUGCAGCUGUUGACAAUAGCUGAGUAUUUUAAAAUGCCAUUAUCUAGCCACAUUAAUUAGCCUGAUUGAUCAGCCCAACCAAUCAAUUGAUCUAUCUCUGAUUGCCAUGGUAACUAAACAUGUAUUGAUAUCAUUGGCUGUGUCCGAAAUCAAUCACUCAAUCCCUAACCCCUAACCCCCAUAUGGGGUUUGACUAUAUAGCUGACUAUGUAGUGAGCUUAAUUACUGGAGGUUUCGGACACUACAUGGCAAGACGCAAUGCAUGACGGGAUGCCCACUACCGGUGAAUGACCAUCGGAUGGUCACUACAUUUUGCAAUGCUUUAUGGGAAAUUUUGAGUCGCCUAUAUGGGGCAUUGGAAUUGAUCACUCAGGUUUCGGACACCCCUCACAAUGGCGCUAACCCCCAUAUAGUCACCUAUAUAGGGAUUAGGGAUCCAUUUCUGACACAGCCUUUGAUUUUUUUUUCCAGUGUUGUGCCAAACCUCAAUGAUCCAGUUUCAUCCUAACUCUACAGAAAACUUAGGUGACCAUUAAGAGGAAGCCAUCAUCACCGUACCCACUGGUCCACUUCACUCAGACUGUUGCAGGGAACUUAUAGAGUCCGCUUAAAGUUAUGGUGAAAAGUCUGACCAUUUACCUUGACAUAUGUAGCCCCCCCAGACAAUACCUGAACUUUUUCAGGACUACAGAGCAUGUGUGAGAGCUUAACUGUGAGGAACCUCCAGUUAGUGUGGAUUUUGGGGUCUCUUUUGAAUUCAGGCUAAUCCUCAUAAGUCUGUGUCUGGAUAAGGCUCAUCCAGUCAAGCUUGAAAUGAGUCUAGUAAAAGUGAGCUGGAUUACUUGAUUUUUUUUUUUAACAAAUCUGGAUCAUUUUUAUCUGAAGUAAAAAGUUGAACCACCAGGCCCAGGUUGUUAAUGAAACAGUUUUCCUCUUUGAGAACAAAUAUAUUGCAAAGUGCUGAAUAGCAAAUGCAGGAUUCAGAGAUGACCAAAUGUCAUCAUAUAAAACACACCACAGAACUCUACUCUGAAACUGAAACUCUCCACUCUCCUUUUUGACUUAUAUUUCAGCAGAAGUGUGAUACCUGAGUUCUUUUUUUUCUGAUUUCUCUGUAUUUUCUCAGAGGACACCAGAAGCAGAAUAAUCUGGAUAUCUGUUCUCUUACCAAACACAAGUAUAAUUCAAGUAAACUCAUUCUCCGUAGUCUUAAGUGUGCUUUUAAAUUGUCAAAAUCUACCUGUGUGAAGCCCAGAUGACAUUAUUUGUUAAUAUGCGUCUCUUGUGUGCAGGUAUCACUUUUUAAAACCCCCAACAGAACAGCACUUCACUGUUCUUUUUAUCUUUAAAUAGCUGCCAACACUGCCAUGUUCCUCUGAAUUAUUGAUGUUUGUCACAUCAGGAAUCGAGUGAUAAGGUUGGCAACAGGCUAACACCACUCGCCCUGUCAACAACAACACUUAGACUGGACACAGAGCAGGCAAUUCCGUACUUCUCAUAACAAUUUCUCGAUUCUGCUCUACUUCCUGGAGUACUUGAUUGCUGCAAAUGGUGUUUUUCUCUCUAGUUAUUAAACCUUAGGGCUGUUUUCUACAAGUGUGAACUGGAGCUGCUAUUCUGCUGCUGGAUUCAAACAUAUUUAUUAGCUUUGCACUGUUAACCUUGUGCUCACCUUUAGUCCCCGUGUCCCCCUGAGCCGUGCUGGAGCAUGAAAUUGCCUUUAUCCUCGGGAGAUGAGAAGACCAAUUCAAGAACUGCUAUUUCCAACCCUUCGCUCUGCAGUAAAACUUUGAACACUCAUUGUUAUUUCCAUUUAUUUUCUGAAGGAAAGGGGCAAAGAUAGACUCAGAAAUUCCACGAGUUUGAUAAAGUUGUCCAGAUCUUUUUGUUUUCUCUGUCAGGUCCAGGGGCUGCUGUUUUUCCUGCUUAAGCUGGUUUAAACAAAUCUCAACGAUUAGAUUUUUAGCAAACAAUCAUCUAAUAUGUUUAAUGCAGUGUUGUUCCAAGCUCCUGAGCUCUUGAAAAUGCAUGCACUGCAUCUCUGUUUGUGCUUAUGUUUGUAUGUGUGUGUGUGUGUGUGUGAGAUACGGGAUGAUUAAUUGCACUCUGCCAUGUGUGUGUGUGUAAGAGUAUGUAUUUUGUGGUGGAGUUUAAGUCAUCCAGGGGGACCUCAGCUGUGGUUUUGUCUUCUUGUUACUACACUUUUCUGUAAAUAGAAACUCAUGCGUGAUCUGAGCUAAUAGUAGUCGUGUCUAAAGGUGGAAACUGCUGAUAUUUCACCCCUGCAGAUAGCAGCUUGGGGAUGUUUUAAGCCUGAAUUGACGGCCUUAUGCAAAGAAAAUGGCAGAAGAAAUGUAAAUACUCCUCUUUGCAGAUUUUCUUGAGGGAGGGAUAAAUCCUUCUGCAAAGUCCUUAUUGAAAAGUAUGUCAACAUUUUUUAAUUAAGGUUUAAUUUACUCAGUUAUUAAAGGCUAGAGGGUAUUAUGCAACAGAAAUUAAAACGUUUCAGGAGACCAAUGAAGAGCUGAUAAAAGAUUUAAUCUGAUCAUGUAAAAGAAUAUGAAGUAGGACAAGUAUAGGUAAACAUUGUCACAUUUCAAACAGCCAUAAUGUUAACUUAAUGCUGCACUUUCCUCCUUACUUGAAUUAGAUUCCAUACCGAGCUUUAAAUGAGUUUAUGAAAAUGAGAAGUCCAUGUAAUUAGUUUUGAAAGAGGUAAAGCUGUCAAGGACUUAGAGUUAAUUUGCUCUUCCAUUUAUAGACAACAAUCAUCUAAAAGCUGCUUAAAAUAGUUUUUCAGUCAAACUUCCUUCAUCUCAAAGUGAAAUCCUAUUUUUGGAGAUCUAUUUUUGCAUCUGUUGAUCUGAACAGCCCCUGCUGGAGAAAAUUGCCGUUUUAGAGCUUUUGGAAAUGAUUACCGCUCACUGUGAAUUAAUUACUUUGACAUUUUUCUGAUUAUAAUCACAGGAGAUUUUUCAGACACCUGCUUCAAGCUGAAUUUAAACACCUUCUCACUGUUUUCAUCUACAGAGUUCAUUAAUGUAUGUUAUCGCGAUUGUCCUUGAUGUGACACAAGACUUUGACCUAAGACUGAAAAGACUGAUAAGAAGAGCUUUGAGAUCUGGAUGAGAGUUUAACCAGCUUUGAAAAGAGAUGAUGUUACCUCAUGAAAUGAAAUUUACACACUUAUGUAUAUCGCAAAUGUACUUCAAACUCUGAGUAGACCCUUGAAUGAACAUGCUUUCUAAAAGGAAACAUCACUGUAAAAGCACAUUGUUUGAUCAGAUGUAUCUUCAGAAUAUGUAACCUAAACUGAACAUUGGAUCCAUUCACACCCUCAUUGCUACUAAUGCACAUAAAUGCUCAGAUUAUCUAACGUCUCUGUUGGCAUGUUCUGACCUUUAGAGAGUUGAGGUGAAAUAUUGUUCUAAAAUGGCUGGUCAAUAGUUUUGUAACCUGAACAUUUCUAAACGGAAGCAAAAAGAAGCAAAGGAAAAAAAAGGAAAAAAAUGUGAAAAACAAAAACAGUUUUAAUCUCUUUAAUUUCUUAGUCCAGGUUAUUGGAGUGCUGUUAUCACAUAUCCAUUGUAUCUUUUGCAGGGUCAUGCAGGCGUUCACCCCUUAAAAGCACAGUUGACGAUCUGAGAAGCAGUUGAAAAAAACUGAUGUGUUGAGGCAGAUUUGAAAAAAGCGUCCCACCCCCCUCACCAAACCUCUCCCCUCUGGCUGGCAGAUGAUCCUACGCUAGCUUCAAAUAGGAUUCACCAUGUCAGAUUGCUAGUGACUAGCGGCAGUAAACGCCUGCUCUGCUAGCGAGCACCGUCUGCAGCUGCCUGUUGACAUUUCAGAGACUAAACGUGCCAUGAUAAAAGGCAAUAAUUACCUGGUUAACAAAAACUCUGCUGUCUCGGCGUCUGUUUUCUUAGCACUUUUGGCAGUUGGGCAAGUAGAAGUGUUUUUCUUUUUGCGUUCUUCUCCAUCACAGCUCUUGUAGCUAAGCUGCUACGCUACUUUAGCCACUCAGAGCUCCGAGGAGGGCCGGGAGAGUGGGAGGGGACGAGUCGGAACUAGGGGAGAGGGGUGUGUCGAAUACAGCGAGGUGAUUGAAUGGAGAGGCGGAGCAGCAGUUUGACCAAUAGGAGCUGUCCAGGACAGAUGGCUCCCAUUGGUCAAUGUUUUUGCAGCCCUGCGUCUACUAGGGUGAACAGAUUUGACCUUGAUUGCCAUCUCAACCAGGUUCAUUAAUUACCAAUCCCUCCAAUCAUCAACCAUGCCUUUAAGGCUUCAUUACAUCUGUGUGGAUGUCACAUUCAGAUUAAUUUGCUUUUACUGAGGUAAAUUCCCAGUCCGCAUUGUUUCAUUAACUUGUUUUUAGAAGUUGUGAAAAUGGAGCAGAGAAAGAGUGAAUCAUAAAUCAGCACACACGCUCAGCCUGUCCUCAUUCGCUCUGAGCCGUGCCUCCUUCUUACAGAUACUCCACAUCUGAGUAAGACAGUUUGGCCCCGUUCCCAAGUCUUAGUUUAGCUCUGUGCUUCCUUUGAGGUCCAGAGCUCAGAUAAAUCAGCCAGACGGAGCUCAACGAAAGCAGCCAGAUAAAAGACCGAGAGCAGAGAGAGAGAUGUGAUAAGCUGUCCUCAUUAUCUCUGUGGCCGUGUGCGCUCUGAGCUUCAGCUUGAUGACUGCUAACUGAAGGCUGACACUGGCGCUGUUACCUGCUGCACUUACUGGGAAUGAUGACACGUCCUGACAUGACUCCCAGCAUACAACACAGCACAGCGCAAUAAAAAGACAGGUUAGCUGUCAAAGUCAGAUACUUUAUGCCUUCAUCAGAGGCAAUAAAUAGAUGACAAGACGGGGAGAGAAAGAAAUGGGGAAUGACAUGCAACAAAAGUCUGCGGGUCUGGAUUUAACCCUGGUCACACUGAGAAAAGAGAGGUCACGGUAACCUGCUGUUUCAUCUGACAGUCUACUGCAACACUAUAACGCACAGAUACAAAUGUAACUUGAUGGGAAAUGUUGGAAUGAUGUUCUGAUACAAAUAUAUGUUUAAUUUUUCUGUCUCCUCAAGGAUAGCAACAGUGGUGCAGAAUACUUAUAGAGCAACAUGUAAAGGGAUAGUGCAGGUUUUUUUUUAGGUUAGGUUGCAUGAGGUACAAAUACCAAGAGUUUUGACAAAAAUGGAUGUCUGAAAAACUGAAGCCAGAGUAUCUACCCCUGAAGAUAGUCCGUUUUUUUUCCCAUGACUUAUUUCCAAACUCUGAUGUGUUAAUUUUGAUUUUAAUGCAUCAGCACAGUAAUGAUCAUAGAGUUUGUUAUUUCCGCUCAGUCCUCCACUUUACCAAUUAACAUACUGUGUUUUAUGAGGCAAACACAUGGGAUGUGUCCAAGCAGCAACCUCCAGUCCUGAGAAAUUAAGAUGAUGCAGAGAUGCUUAAAAAUUGCAGUUCCCUGAGUGCAAGCUUGAGGCUGGCUGCAGAAGCUACAGAAACCAUGUACACAAAAAAUGCCAGUUUUUAGGGCAAAAAUGGACAUGUAUACUGCCUAGUUAAAAAAAAAAUAAAACUGUCUUAUUAGCUUUGAGCUCCCACAGCACCCACUGUAAAUGGCUGGUAAGGCUAAAUCAAUGCUUUAGUUAGAGUGAACCAUAAUACUAAAGUUUUAGAUUCAAAGCCUUAGAUGGAUGGAGGAAUUGCAAAAUUUGGAAUAAAGUUGUUAUCAGUGAGGACCAUGUUUCCUUUUAUGUAACAUAGUCAAAGCAGCUUUUUAUUCUUUAUAGUAGAGCUAAAAUAAAAUCCAUUAACUGAGACCAAAGUGGGAGAUGAAAAUUGGUUUAUUUGAAGAAGGUCAGAAAUGGACAAAAAUAUGAAAAUGAAUUCAAACCCAAACAUAAAAUGCUAUUUACCAGGAAUUAAAAGAAAAAAAUGAGCUUAAUGAGAUAAUAAAAUUUAAUGUAUUAAAAUAAAAUAAAAAAAUUACAAACCAGCAAGCAGGAAAGGGGACUCAAGGCACCCAUGCUAAAGCUCCUCCCUUCAGACACAGCAUCCUCCCCAGGACCUCUCGAUCUGUGUUGCCAUGGUUGCAAAGGUGGAGAGGGUGAGGCUGUGUUCUGCUGGUGGCUCUGACUGCCAUCUGGAGAUGACGCAGCUCUCCCAUUGCACACAGUGUCCACUUCUUGUGAAGCCCACCAUAACCGGCAUGGCGUGUCACCCCCCCUUUUUCUUAAAACCCCCCUUGGCUCUUUGUGAAUGUCAGCCUCCUCUCCUGUUUCAGCGGCUGCUGACAGACUUUUUCCUUAUCGACCUGUUUUUUUUUUUUUUAAUGCUCUUCUUCUCCCAAAGGGCAUCUCAACAGGUCAUCCAUUCCCCUGCCGAGCACCUCAACGCUCUGCUGACACGCCAUCGAUCAUCUCUCUCCACACUGCCCCUCCCCCGUCCUCCUCUGUGAGCAUGUCAACAGCACGUCAGCUGGCCGCUCCCUCGCUGGGAGAUCGUCCCUCCUCUUUAUGAUUUAAUGUUUUAUUACACAAGCUGAUGGUGGGGAUUAGUCAGUGAUUCAACACAAAGAGGUAUUAUUGCUCCCUGAUGAGGUAAGGAUUGUGCAGACUACUUCAUUGCUUAGCUUCACUCUUUAGUGGCAGAUGUGACAAACACAUCAUCUCCCCUCAUUUAGCCUCCAGGCAAACUCUUUGAUUUAAGUUUUAUUCGAAUUCCUCUAACUUUCCUCAGAUAUUUUUUUCCCUUCAACAGAGGCUCUUAUCUGUGCUGCCAAAUUUUAGUCAAUUAAAUAUUCAUGCGGCUACAAAAAACACAUCUUUUGUCAACCUUUAAUUAUUUCAUUUUUUAUCAUCCUCUGGUUUUUGAUGACUGUCACAUCACAUCCUUCCUUGCUUUCCACGGGAGAUUAUCAGCUCGCUCAGAUGUAACUCCACAGUGGAUCAUAAAGGUUUUCUUUUCUUAAAUUUAUGUUCUGUGGGCUAAAUAUAACUUUCCUUCAACUCACAUCGUUCUAGUUUCUGCCUCUCCCUGUGUUCACGCCUCUGUUUUUUUUAUUAUAACUGCAGGCCAUCUUCUGAGUUUUUGUUCUGAGGAUUGUCUGUUUUAAUAGCAUAGUUGACAUUCAGCACGUCUGCUGUUUCAGAGGGGAAAAAGGGCAAGAGUUGCAGAUAAGGACUGCUUUUCUUCUUUGUCUGCCAUUUGUGGAGAAAAUGUUUUUUUUAUCUAGUCAAAUGGGUGAUUUGAGUUGUAAUUAUAGUAUCAAACAUGCAGUUUUUCCUGCACUGCGUCUGCUUCACCACUAGAGACUGUGGUGUCCCAGUCAAUGCAUCAACACCACACUGCACUUUACACAUCAGCAUACAGUACUGAAGGUGAGCUCAGGCUUUCCUCAGACAGGAUGUUUCUCACUGUUCUGCAGUCAGUGCUAAUAAAGCCUUGAAUUCAAAUUUCCCAAAAAGCAAAUAAACCAAAUCUCACGUUGCCAUGGUUUUCUGCUUGGCCUCUGUGAUAACAACCAGUCAGCUGCCACCGCUAAGAGUGCCUCAUCCUUAUCCAAGAGGAGCAGCAUAAUGUCAACCCUCAUUAGGUUUGGAAAGGUUGUAAGAUCACGGUGAAAAGAUGCAGAAAAAGACCUAUUCCUGAGAGGGAAAGUCAAAGAGUCAUUGAUGGCAAUGCUUAAUUGCGUCAUUUGAUUCAAAAGGAGCAAAAAAGAUCAAAUUAAUCUUUUUUGAAGAGAAUGUAGUCAAACCAGAGGAAGCAUUUUAGACUUUCCCUUUCACAGCUAAAGUGAGACUUUUACUUUCAGUUACUGUGGAUCAGCACUGAAUGUUAACAGAAACACAUUAAUCAAUCAAAUCACGCUCAUUAGUUGUGAAUUUAGAACUUUAGAUGGUGAAAGGAUGGUAUUCAUGUUGUGAUUUCUUUAAAAUUAUGUGACCACUGCUUUUUACCAUAGAUGUCACAUACCCAUACACUAAUGGCAGAGGCUGUUAUGUAAAGCCUCUGUCAUUUAGACUGUCACUAUAACCACGAACAAGUUUUCCUUCAUCUAAGUCAAGGGCGAGUCGCUGCGAUGACGCUCGGCUCAAACAGCUACGCAGUCUUUGUACACACAUAAGCUGUAUCAAGUGUCAAUCAUAGAUAACAUAAGCCCUUAAUAACCUUAGAAAACAGAGCUGCACAGAAAAGAGCACAAACUAGUCUUACAAUAACUACAUGUCAACAUCUUAAGCAGGGGGGAGAAAAAUUUAUAUUCUGUGUAAUAAAUUUUAUAAAGUUUGUCCACAGCUCCGUAAGGCUGGCUGGAGGAGGCGGGAUUUAUGACCUAUACUGCAGCCCGUCACCAGAGGGUGCUGUUCUUGGGGUGGCUUCACCCAGCGAGGAGGCAGACAGCAUCUAUUCUAUAUACAGUCUAUGGUUCAAACCUGUUAAAAGUCUGACAGUCCUCUCCCCCUCCUGCUGCAAGGAAAAGGCUCCCCACAUCCCAAGUCGAAUAAGAUAUUCAAUCAAAUUCUAUCCAUAGAUCACUUCAAAACUACAAAGGCUAUGUGACUUUGCUCAGGUUGUCUUUGGUCCAUCUUACCAUGUAAGAGCAGAGUACAGAUCUUUCUUCUCUCUCAGUGUAAAUACCUCUUGUGGAGGAAAUUCAGGCUGUUUUUGGCGAUUUAGAUCAGUUUUCUCAGCAAGAACCAGCUCCUUGGGUUCCCAAAUAACACUUUCAGCUAGUUUUCAGAGCAGAGGUUUUUUUGCAACAGAUACACACUCCUUAUCUUAGCACUGAUAAUGUUUACUGUCAGAGGGCUGCGUUCCUGCACUGAGGUCAAGUAACAGGAAAAUGAUGACACUGAAAAAAACUGAAAAACGAGUUAGAAGUUUUGAUUAUCAUGACACUGAGCAGCAUGACAUGCAAUUGCUGCUGUAAAGCUUAGUAACUUUAUAUAAAUAAAGUUUGAUUGAUUGAUUGAUUUAAAUGAACAGGUUAAGUAGAUAUGGCGUUAAGGUUAGGGUUAAAAUCACUGUCCAGGACCUAUUUUGGAGCACUUUUCAGACCAUUUGGUGUCAAUUGGUAUAAAAGAAAAUCAGGAAAAAUGUAAAAAAAAAAAUUUUUAAGUGUUAGGGUUAUGUUGGGGUAACGUUGGGGUAUUGGAGUUUUAACACAUUCGCCGACCAGUGAUCCCCAAGGGAACGAGAUAGAGAUCUGUAACCGAGACUAAACCACCCUAUUUCAUGUACCCCGAUAUCACUGGUACCAAAAUGAAGUCUCUACAACGUUGCGUUCAAAAAUUAUAGUCAAUUUAAAAAAUCCCCAUUUAGGUGAAUGAGAUUGUCUGGGGUUAAUUUGAAUUAAAGUGUAAUAUAAAUAAUAAUAUCAAUAAUAAAACUGAAAAAUGAGUAAGAAAUCUUGAUUAUCAUUUUGUCAAAAGAGCAUCCGUGUUAAUAGAUUAUUUUUUAAAAAGGAAUGCCAGUCAUUUAAAAUUCACAGAUAAGCAGACCUGUUCAGAAAUAUCACGUGCUGGGGUAAUGAGCCACUUCACAUCGUCACAUGCGAACAUCCCUGUGACACCCCUACCCAUCAUAAGUAAUAAGCCUUCACACUGCUGGCACGACCACUUGGGGAAUUAUGAAGCUAAGUGUCUUGGCCAAGGAAACUUUGGCAUGAGGAUAGCAGGACCUGGAAUCACACCCCCAACCAUCAAGUUGAGAGACAACCCUCUCUACCACUGAGCCACAGCCGCCUCUUUAAAACAAGUGAAGGAUGUUUCUCAAAUAUUGUCUCUGUCAGCCUGAAUUAGAGCAGCAGAGCGGAGCUGCUGUUUCUCCAGAGUCCUCUCACCGAGUCUGUUUGAAGCCUGCGACCAGGCGGCAGUAAUCUGUUGUGUCACACAGGCAGUUUCUCUUAUCGACCACGCCAUGAUACGGCAGAGCCACACCGUUGGGAGACACGCAUGCAGACACCAGCAUGCAUAGGAUUUAGCAGAUACCGAAGAACAUGGAAGUACACACAGAAUGGCAAAAAAUUUAAGGCAGUGCUGCAAUGUCCUCAGUGUUACAAGAUGGAGCAGAAAAAUCCUUAGGUAUAAAAAGAAGCAAGGAAUUCAAGGUUUUGUACAUUUUCCCAUCAUCGUCACUAUGAAGAAACGAUUUUCAGUCCUCUUGUGUUAGUGUUAACACUCUUUUUGGGAUGUACUGGCUGUACUUGAAUAUCAAUGCAUCCUUGAAGCUCAAACCGAGUGUCUCAGAUCAUCUAUUCUCUUUUUUAAAGCAACACCAUUGACCACAGUGGGUUUCGAUAGAUAGAUAGAUAGAUAGAUAGAUAGAUGGAUGGAUAGAUAGUUAGAUAGAUAGAUGGAUAGAUAGAUGGAUAGAUGGAUAGAUAGAUAGAUAGAUAGAUAGAUAGAUAGAUAGAUAGAUAGAUAGAUAGAUAGAUAGCAGGGGUAAAAAUAACACUUUACUAUCUGAAUACAUGAAAAGUUAACAUGGAUAGACAAUAGACAGGUUUCUGUGCAACGUCAUCGCAAGUAUGCGCAUGCAGCCAGGGGGCAGAAAGCGGGACAUUUCUUAUGGUCACCUAUGGUCAUGAACUUUGGGUAAUGACCAAAAGAACAAAAUCGCAGAUACAAGCGACCGAAAUGGGUUUCCUUUGCAGAGUGGUCGGGCUUAGCCCUAGAGAUAGGGUAGGGAGCUCAGACACUCGGGAGGCGCUCAGAGUAGAACCGCUGCUCCUCCACGUCGAGAGGAGUCAGCUGAGGUGGCUCGGGCAUCUGGUUAGGAUGCCUUCUGGACGCCUCCCGUUAGAGGUGUUCCGGACAUGUCCCACCGGGAGGAGACCUCGUGGCCGGCCCAGGACCAGGCGGAGGGAUUAUAUCUCUUGCCUGGCCUGGGAGUGCCUGGAAAUCCCCCUGGAGGAGCUGGUGGAAGUGGCUGGGGUGAGGGCCGCCUGGGCUUCCCUCCUGAAGCUGCUGCCCCUGCGACCCAGACUUGGAUAAGCGGUAGAAAACAACGACAACAACGAUUUAUUUGUCAAUAUUGCAUUUUAAUCAACUCUCCAUCAGUUGAUCAAAAUUGGGUAGUUACCUACCGUCCGUCUUCUGGAGAGCAGGAGAACGCUGAGUGGGUUUUAAAUGUCGGCGCUGUUGUGUGUGAAAGAUAGUUAGAGACGUGAAGACCCGCCUUACGUUGCUUCUGAUUGGGUUAUAUUGCGUGGUGCCUUCCAUGGUUGGUUAGAUCUUGGCACAAAGGACUAAUGAAUUGGUGAAAAACAUAAAUAGAGGGGAUUGAAUGGGGAAAUCGAGAGAAAUGUCAAAUGUGACAAUAGGUCAAAUUGUGUGAUUGUCACACUCAAGGCGUGACGCUCUGCAGCUCUGCUAUCCUUCUUUUACUGCUACAGAAACAGAGUCUUUUGUAACUAACAUUAGCUGGCGAGAGUUAGCAUGACUGUAGCUCCACUGUAAUUGCUGCUGUUAAGCUUAGAGGAAAAGCCUUACUUCUAACUCUCUAGCUACUAUAGCCUAGCAUUCCAACUUGGAGUGAGCUAAGAGUAUUUGUGCAACUACUGAGUGGCUUAAUGAAAGCCUUUUGGCAUUUUUCCAUUUCUAGUACUGUGGCUGGUAGAAGAAAAGUGAUUCCCAGUAUUUGUAUCACAUAUUUUAUAGCAUAAUGCUGUAUAAAUAUCUAUUCCAUUCAAGUUUUUAUUGUCAUCAAAUUAACAUUCACACCAUGGCUCUGCAAUGGGAACAAACAAACCAAAAACAGCCAGUAGGCAUUUGUGUUUGACAAGUGGGGAUGUCUGCUGUGACAGAAGUCUGUUUGUAUCAUUCACUCACAAAAUGAUGCCUGGACUUAGCAGGCCUUCUCCUUCCUCCAGGCUCUGGUUUAGUCUUCUGUUGAAUAACACAUGAGAUAGGUUUUCAUGUUGAAUCCCUGCCACACCUUUCGGUUCACUAUAGUCUUGUGCGAAGCAACAGGAGAGUAAAGUUUUGUCCCUCCAGCCAUGAAGGUGAGUUUGUUACUUGUGUCAGAGAGCUCAGCGUGAAUGUGGCCUGUUAGACUCUGCACAGAAAAACAUGUCCUUUACUGCAUCUACAGUCUGAAUUGAAAGUGUGUUGUGUGAGAGUGUGGGUAUACUCUAUGUGUGAACCUCUUGUAUACAUGUGUAUGUAAGUUAUUCAUCACUGUGGAGAGUUUUCUCCCGCCAGGCACUUUCUCUGUUGGGGAGUUUUGCCUAGAUCACCAUCUCUAGUCAAUAUUUUUCUCAUGUUCCUCUAAGCCGAGUCAGGAGUCUGAAUGAGACCCAGAGCUCUGGGGAUGGGAGAAGGAAGAUUGCUUUUCCCUGAGCUGGGAGUGGAGCGCUGACUUCUGAGAUGAUGUUUGGUGUGGUGGAGCUCACAUGGAGCAGAACAGAGAUGGGAGAUAAUGAUUGUUUGGUGAAGCGGAGGUGGGGAGAACGGGGAGCGCUAUUGAGUGAGUCACUAUUCUGGAGCUGGCAGCCUGUCAAAUCAUACCCCACCAAAGACAGCAGUGCAAGCCACAAUGAUUGAUGUUCCCUCGCUCUCUGGAUUGGCUGUUGCAUCACGGGAAUAAGGAGACUUUAUUGUUGAAUGUGUUUAGGAAGACUUCUCGCUGCUCUGACAUUAUGUAUUGAGACAAACAUACACACCUUAUCAGCUUCCCAGAGAAAGCAACUUAUGUCUUUCUGCCAGGAUGUCUGACUGUCUGUCAGUAGCAUAGCUUGUAACUCAAUAUCAGCAUUGUGUUGUUUUGAAUAGACCUGAAUGUGAAACUACAAAUCAUAUUUUUUGACAUUGUUCUUUCUCCAUUAUUGAAUUCAUGAUAGUUUUCAAUUGCCAACUUCAAGAUGUGGACAACAUACUAAGCUUUGAACAGGACAUUGACACCAUAUUACCUCAUGGAGUUGGUACAAGAAACCUGUAAACAAUUAAAUGCUCAUAAAUUGAUAAACGAUGUAUAAAACAACCUACAUGUCAAGUCUGAGGCCUGUAUUUGCUGUUUUUGCUGUUUUUGGUCUCCACCACGUCUAAAGAGAAACUUUAUUUAAAUAAACUUAAUGCUCAAGUGUUUUUACCAGAUUGUAAAUUAGUUUUUUUGUUGGACUGGAAGCGUUAAGUGGAUCUCUAGAUCUUUUUUUGCUGUGGUUGGCAGCAUUUUUGAUGAGAGUGGCGAGACUGAGCAGACUGUAAAACUAAAGCAGUGAGCUGAAAGAACACUCUGUGAAGCCAGUAGGCACAGCAGUGGAUCAACAUGUAUCGGCGGCUUAGGCACAUUUACUGUAUUUAUACGGAUGCUUUGCCUUCAUGCUUCCUCCAGGGUGAGAAGCAAAGCCAGAAUUCUGCCUCAGUGGAGCCGACAUAUUGUGCUAUUGGAGCCAGAACAUGUGUAGAAGCGAUCUGGAGAGUGUAGCUGCAGUGGGAUUGUCUUCACACCUCUUCUAACUUAAAGCCACAUUUAACUUGCCAGUCACACAAACAUCUCUGAGGUUGGUAGAGUCUACAGUAGAGCACAUCCCUGCCUUGAUUUGAAAUGUACACUCAUGGAUAAGAGAUGUUCAGUGGCUCUUGAAUAGUAUCUUAGUCCCACAGCAAGUGUGUGCACACUAGAUUUCAAUGCCAAGGUUUCGCUUCCAUCUAAGUUACACUAGAGCAAAACACAACUCAGUGCAGGUGGACUUUUUAGAUUAGAAAAAUCAUCACAAUAACUUCAAUGUAUUGUGAGAGUAAUAUACAAACAACUGGUUACUACACUUGCCUAGGGCUGAUUUGUGGUUAUUUUUUAAUGUAUUCUUGGACUUUGGUUUGAUAUGCCAAUAAUUCAAUAUUAGAUGUUUGCUAUUGUGUUGUAAAUUUUGUGUUGUUACUUCAAGACAAAGUGGACAAUUACAAUUCUAGUUUUGUUCACAGAUUUGUAGCUGUUCUGUAGUUAUUUACGAUCCAGACAUUGGUCAAUCAUGAGUAAAUGUUUCCUGUCAAUAGGGUUUUAGGUAACACUUUACAGUAACCAUAAUUUAUAAAUGGUAAAUAGAUAGUUUAUUAAUGUAAGUUAAUAGUUACUUUACCUUAAACAAGCAAUAAAACUAUGAUUGAUAAUUUUCAUUAAUUAUUAAUGGACUAUUUAUUAAAGGUUUAUAUAGGGUUUAAAUGUUGGUUGUAAAACAUCUAGAUUAAAAUGUGUGUCAGUAGCACUUUGUAAAUGAUUAAUAAGUGGUUUCUAAACCACCUAUAAACAUUACUUAGACGGUUGUUGUAAACUUAGGGUUAAGGUUAGGGUUAGGUUUUGUAAAAUUUACAAUUUAUUAAUGGUCUAUAUGCUAUUUAUAAAUGAUGAUUAAACCUUAAUAAACUACCAGCUUACCUUAUGGUUAUUGUAAAGUUUUACCAGGUCUUAUACUAUAUGGCCAAAGAUCUGUUUGUGGCACUUAUUUUGAAGGAAUGUGGAUGCUCUCAUUCUUGUCCAGGUUGAUCUGCUUUGCUCAGAACCUCACAUACUAGGUGCACAGUUUGCUGAAUUAGACUGUGUGUUAGUGUUGGUUUUGUUUUCUCUCACCAUUAUCUCCUCCUCUCUGUCUUGUCACCAGUCACUAAGGUGUUUUUGCUUUACUUUGGAUAGCUGUUGCUCUGCCCAUUCAACACAGUCAAUGGUUUAGCACUACACAAGUAACUUUUAUUAUUUUUCUGUGUUAAAGGCACUGUUAGGAGUUUUUAAGUGGUUGGAAAAAGUCUGGACGUGAUGCUUUUUAUGACCUCAAAAGCAACAAGUUGAACCUUUUAAAUGUAUUCUUUUUCGAUGCUUAAAAUCUGUGACCAGGUACAUUUUUUAUUUGUUUUUCAAUCAAAUACUCACAGUGAGUGUUGUAUUUCACUGUUAGAAGAUAAUAUGAUACAUUUUUAUCUGAAAAUACUAUUACAUGUACAGGACAAGAGCUAUGAGGUAUCACUUUGCCUGCGGGGGGUGCCAUCAUUAACCCAACCAAAAGCUCCUCACAACAGCUUUAAUAUAAAUAAUAGAUUAGUGUUACCCUAAGCUGAAGGCAUGCAUAUCAUUUAAAAAUGUUGAAGUGUUUUUAUCAAGCAGAGACUUUUUUCUAACCAACAGUAUUUUACUUUUUAAUCAUUUAUUAGAACCCAGUCGCCAUCACAUCUGGCUCUCCUGCAAAGCCUUUAUGGUGCAGAAAGCAUGUGUACUACUCAGUGACACCUUACAGGUAUUUGCUGUACUGGGUCACACUCUUUUGUGACCACUUGAGACUGCACCAGCCUGUGGCUGUAUGAGCAGCGCUUUUAUCAGUCCAGAGAGCUUGUACUGUGAAGCAGAUUGCUCCUGGGAGAAAAGUACGAGGUAGACAGGAUAAACAACCCUGGGUAAAAAGCCCCAUAAAGAGGCCUAGCUCUGUGUGUGGUGUGUAAUGCUGAUCUCUGCUGAAUGGCAAGAUGCAGCUAAUGGCCCAGGUAAGUGGUUCAGUGCUGAUUGUUGUGAAGGGCACAAGGGCUUUGGCUUCAUCUCUCCUCCUCCUCGCUCUCUUCUUGGGGUUGUGUUUCAGAGAUUAGCAUGGCCGUCAGCGGCUGUCGGACACCCUGUUCUUUCUGAUUCUCUCUGAGGGAUCUGAUGUGACCUCCUCUUGUGUGACAACUGAGGUAUCCAGUUCUUGUUGGCAUCUCAGUGGUCCCCUUAGUGACGUUUUCUUUCCUUGAGACAGCAGGGCAGUGUUUCAGUUUGGCACACGCACCCUUGUGGGCACUCACGUCAACUUAGUGUGUGGAACUUAGAGAUGAAAUGCUGACUGUGGGAUAUUCCCACUGAGAGCUGCUGUGUCUCCUUUAUGACCCGGUCAUUAUUCACCAUCUCUCUUUGCGUCCACACAUCACUCCUUGCUCGCACUUUCUGACUAAUGCUUACUUUCUGUGUGCACAAUGAAAACACGCAAGUUGUCCCGGGUGGAGCGACUGUGGAAGGUGAGUGUGUCAGAUAUGUAACUUGUUUUUGCAGUUAUUAAGUGUUUGCCAUGGGACUUGCUUUACGGUAUUUCUCCUCUCUAAUUAUACUUUUGAUCUGUCUGUAACUGAGCACUUGAAGGACGUUUUCAGUGGAAAUUACAAGCUGUUCCAAUGCUUGAGUCAGAGUCAGAUCUAAUUUAUUUAUUUUACUUUCACGCUGUCAGACGAUAUAAUGAGCACUCAACAUGACGGUCUGAGUUGUAAGUUGUUGUCAGAGUAAGCUGCAAAAUCGUUGUCAUAUCAUCUGAAAACUUGUCAGUGGAUAAAUUUAACCAUCAGGCUGUUUUCAGGGACGGACUGAAGGGAAAUUUUGCAUUACAAAGACAGCUGAAAUAUUUCCACAGUGAUGUUUACACCAAGUAUUUUUGGGUGAAAGUGUUUGGUUGUUUCAGAGUUGUUUGUUGCUUCCUGUUCCUGCAUCUGCAUCUCUAACCUGUCUGUAAAAAUGGAGUAUAAAAUCAUAUUUUCCCUGAAUGCCGAACGUUCUUGCUGCAGUGAGAUGUAAAGUCCAAAACCAGACACACAGGAUCCAGCGUGGAGAAACCUUAAUGCACUUUCCUCACAGGCUUCUAUUGUGGUUAAGCAAAGGCUGCUCCGUAAUGCACAAAGUGCCUCCCCAGUCCUGCAAUAUCAGCUUUUUUACCACAAUACAUAUUUAAUACAGACCCCACUCGACAAAGUUGUAAGAGCGCAUUGAUUAGUUCAGAACAAAUUUCAGUGAGAUAAGGCACUUUGACUCUGAUGAAAAACCUCCUGUUAGAAAUAUAAACUUUAAACAUCAGUUCAUUUUGACUUUUGAACAGCUGUCUGGGUCUAAAAUACUCUCACCCUCAUUUGCAAACACACUGAAAGUCAUGUUGAAUAGUUCAUAGAAACACAAUAAUGCAUUGUUUAAGCAAAUUAAUUUAAGAUAUCCUUUUUGCACAUUUGUUUGAGAAAAUUACUAUUGCAUCUGUUCCCAAAUUGAGUGUUGCCUUUCACCUUUUAAGCAACUAACAUCCCCCUUUCUCUCUGUCCUUAUUAACAGCCAAGUCAUUAUGUCCUCUCUCAGACAAAGAUUCAAAGUUGUGUCACAUAAAACAUGCAAAGAUGCAGUGAUGUGAAUUUUUUUCCCAACGAUAUUGUGCUGUUGUUGGAGCAUUUCGUGUUGUUUUUGAACCAAUGCAAAUAAUUUUGCUGACACAUCUUGAACUGAGGGGGCAUCAAAUGGCUCUAGUCAGAUUUGACCAUUGUGUACAGUAAAACUAUCUUACUGUAAGUUCGUGAGAGUAAUUUUAUCACAGGGGAGGCAGGGGUGUGUUCAAUGUAAGGGGUGGCUCAAGGCAUCAUAUCCUUCCCUUGAAAUCCGAGUAAUCAACCAAGUAACUGUGCAAACCAAGGUCUGCAGACAUACCCUACUUAAGUAAGUGGGCCAUCCAUGUAGAAAACAGGUCAUGUUUGGUGGGUGAUAUUUAUUUUUUGGAGAAAACACUGCUUAUAUUUUGAAAUGUUGAAGUUGGAUUUCUUGGAUUGAAAACUCCUCUUGACCCUCUGGUCUAAAAGAGGUCUAAUAGAUGUCUAAAUGUAGCCGAGCUGACUGGUCUAAAAUCAGACUACCACAGGUCUAAAAAUGAAAGUUUUUUAGACAUCUAAAUUUAGACCAAGUUUAGACUAGCCAGCUAACAGAGAUCUAAUAUUGCUCAAUGGCUACCAUAAUUACUUUGGUUAAGUACUUGGAGAUCAGUUAUGCAACUCACAGUUGCUUUUUGAAAUAAAUAGUUAUCGAAUAAUGGGUUGAAGUACAACAUCUAAAUUCUGUCUAAAAAUAUACAGAAUCUAGACAGCUGUAAUUAGGUCUACAAAAAACUAGAUGUCUAAUAGCCGUCUAUUGCUCAGUGGGGAUCUAUGUAAUUGAAUGGCAUUUAGUAUAUUAUUAGUUAAACUUCCUCACAAUCCAAUUAAAUUUAAGAAUAGAUUUGAAGCCAUUUGACUAUUGAAAUAUCAUAAUAACAAUCAUUGCACAAACCAGUUACUCAGACAAAAUAAUACCGACAUACUCUGGAGUAAGUAGACACUGAGCAGAGCUGUUGAAAUGUGUCACUCGUUGCUGUAAGAGCAGGGAGAACGAGAUACCAGCGAGAAACUGUCAAGCUUUGAUGGACUAGAACUCGAGCUUUGCAGAUGAUACUGAUCUGAAUGUGCAUGUGGAGUCAUCGCGAGUGCAUUUAUGCUUGAAAUAUUCAUUCAUUUUGACAUAUGAGUUUGUCACAAGUGUUUUGAAACUACAUCGAAAUCCCCUGAGAGGCUGAGUGAGGCAGAGAGAUGACAGUGAACAUGCUGUCACAGUGUUUUUAUAGUUUCUUUAUUUCGAGGAAAGUGCUGCUACUACCGCUGUUACUGCCAUUAAUAACCAUUAGCCUUGGCUGAUUUCUUUUAAAAUGUUUGAUUAUUAAUUGAAAAGAUUUUUGUGGCCCUGACCUAAAUGAAGUCACAUCUGUUAAUCAUCAGCAUGCCAACAAGGUGAUGCGAAUCAAAGCCCCACUGUGACUACAAACAGUUGAACCAAGCUUCCAGCAUAUUAAAUCUGACUUUAUGUCUGAUAUUUGAAAUAAAUAUGAAGUUAAAGAGUUUGAUCCCUGAUGUUUAUCUCUCUUUUUUGAUCUACCUUUUAAAUUGUUUUGGUUUUAACAGUCUAACUUUUGGUGAUGGGUAUUGGAGUUAAAAUAUUUUUCAUGUUAGGAAUUUAGAUUUCUUGCUUUGAUUGAAAAACCUCCUACUUUCCAAAGCUGAAGGCCACACACACACAAAAUUCAUUUUGCAGCAAGAGGAGUGGGCCAGACUCAAGUACUGAUAACCAGAGAGAAUAAAACCGCAUCUGCUCGUGUGGCUGCAGACUAACCUUUAGAUGUGAGGGAGAAACAUUUCAUUGCUUUUCUGGGGUUAAACUGAUGAUUUUUCAAAAAGGUUUGACAAUAUAAUUUUGUACUCGCUUUUGUGUCGUGGAUUUCUGGCUUCAUUUUCAAAAUAUGACUGAGAGCUACAGGUUCGUAUUUGUUUGUUUGUGUGUGUGACCUUUCUCUUUCCAUUUGAGAGGAAUAGAGAGAUAAUCAGUCAUAAAAUAGAGUGGAAUAUCUUAAUGGUUGGCGGGGUCCUCAGAGAUGUAGAGUCGGGACUUGGGGGAACAUUUUAACCCAUGGUGAAUGUGUAACAGUGAAGCACUAUUCAUUCAGAAGCGUCUAAUUUGCAUUUAGUCACCCCCGUCUGCACCUCUCUCUCUCUCCAUUCUUAAGCAGAAUAAAACAGCUCUGAUGUAUUAAUCACCCCAUCCUUGAAUGUGAUUCAUCAUUAUUUUAAUUCAGCCUCCUGAAUCACACUGUUACACCUGCGACUUUUGUGAAAUGGAUGAUCUGUUAUUCUCAGAUCCGACCAAACAACACACAUUACCGCUGAUUCCUGGUUUAUUGCCCUUGUGGCUGUGCUUUAUCGUCCACAAAUUUCCAUAACAACUCGUCCAAAUGCAGUGCUAACUCUAAACUUUGUUCUUCUUCCUCUUUAUGAGCCUCUGGUAAGCCAUUGAUGAGCGCACAUAAAGUUCACGAGCCUCAUAAGUCUGUUUUACGAGAUCUAGAUCAGCAGAUGGGUUAAUGCUCGGUUAAUGCACGCUGACUCACCCUCCUCAUCUCUCUCUGUAGGAGUGCCAGAUGCACAUGUGCCGCUCUUAAUGAGCAACCACACUGAAUGCUUGUUGACAUUAUUUCUCACUGUUGUUGUUUUCUUUGUCAGAUCCACUCAGUGGAGCUGCGCUUCUGUUUGCUUCAUUUCCUUUUUGACCCCAGUGGCAGAGCAGACGCCUUUGUAAAUCCGUAAAUGUCACAUCGGUGGAAUUAAUUGAUCCAUAUGUCCUCUAAAUGUUGCUAUAACUUUACAUGCAUUAAGUGGGGGUGACGUUAUGCUCCCUUUGCCAACAAAAACCUUUUUUUUUUUUUAACUAACGCUUUAAAGUUUUAGGUCCCAUUCAGGAUUCAGUUUGCCAGCCAAAAAUGAUGGAGAUUCAAAGCUUGUCAUAAACAUAUAUUUCUCUAAAUAAUCUUUAGUUUCAAUAUGACUGUUUAACUGCUCCUAAUUAGGAUUAAUUUAGAGGAGCAGACUGGUAAGAUGAGUAGGUUUACUCACUUCCAGCUUGAACUACAUAGUAUAUAAGCUGUAAGGCUGCACGAUAUUGAAAAAAACUAACAUAGCAAAUUUUUCCAACCCUGCGAUAUAUAUUAUGAUAUUAAAAAAUACAGGAAUUUUCACCAGAUGACCUGAAUAGCACUUUAUGUUGUGCUGCACAGCUGAAAUCUUGUGAACAGUUAACCUGCACUGAUCUUACCUCUUUUUGUGAAUGUUAGUAGAAUGGCUUCUGUCUGUCUCAGAGAUAUUUUUAGCUUUUAUUGUGCUGGGAAGUUAUUGUGGAAACAGAUGUACACAGAACAUGUGUUUUGGUCGACAUCAUCCUUCUUCUAACCGAAAUAAUUCCAGAUAACUGACAUUGCUUUUUCUUUUUGGCAACAAAUCUUCAUUUUUGGUGGUUUUCUCUUGUCUGUUGCUUAUCUUGCAAUUGUUGUUGUUGUGACCAGUGUUGUGCCGAGACAUACAUGCCCGCUGAGAAUUGCAUGCACCUAGCGGAAACGCGCACCUCUUAUAGUAGAGUGGUCCACAAAAAUGUACAAUUUAAAACUCUGACAGUUCUUAUUUGUUGGGCUAAAUAGUGAUAAGUAAUGUUCCGAAAUUCUCAGCGGACACGCUUUCUCGGCACAACACCGGCAGCGCCAGCGACUCACUCCAUGUCCAGGGGUGGUGGUUUCCUCCUCUCUGAUUUUGAUUGAAGGGUGGCAGGGAACUCUGAUUGGCAACUGAGAACUGAGUCUGAUUGGCAACUGAGUAAAGAGCGAAUGUGAUUGGUGGAUAGCUGCACAGCACAUGCAGCGUUACAUGAACUGUAUCUCAGUUAGCUACUCUUGAAAUUAGAUGAGUUCAUUCGUCUCUGACAUUGCACACGUACAUCGCGAUGACGAUGCUCAAACGAUGUAUCCUGCAGCCCUUAUAAGCUGCACCUAUGCGUCUGCUUUGCCAGGAUUUUACCCAUAUUCAGACCUUGUGUAAUAUGAACUCCAUUUAUGGACAGUAAAUCCUUUUUGUCCUUUUUUGAUAAGCAAAAAGCAUAAAACUUAGAACUGUUCAGAUUUUAAGAUAGCUUAAUAAUGAUACCUUUAUCAGCCCUUUUAAUGCCUGAAACCACAAAUUAUGGCCAGAAAAUUCACUUUUUUUAACCGGAAAUGUUUCUUUCACUCUCUACUGAAAAAUUAAAAAAAGACAAAAAACAAAACUGCAAAAACACAGACUGCAAUAACUCUGAAACUAAUAUGUAUUUAAUAUACAAAUUAAAAAGUUAAACCCCUCAAACUGAGCCUUGUGGGACUUCACAUUCAUUUUCAAGCUUUAAAUGCUUCGGCACACAACUCAUAAAUGUAAAGUGGAAACAUAGACCCUCUGGUCUAGAGCAUAAAUAAUGCUACUAAUACAUUUCAGUGAAGUAAGAGGAGUCGGUAUCCAGCAGGCAGGCUUCUGUUCUGUGUUGACACUCCUUUGUUCUCUUCCCGUACCGUUUUUUAAUUCCUCUCCCUAUAUUUGUGUGUUUGCCUUUUGCCAGUUUUCCCGUCUCCCUUAUGUUUGAAAACAGUGAGCUUAUAUAUGUUCCCUCUCCCUCGCUCUCUAUUUCACUCUUGAUUGCCACCCUUGGGAGGUGUAGCUCACCUGCAGGCGAUGUAUGCCAUCAGUGGCCUCCUGCUGAGAGCACACCUGUGGAGGAGCCUCCUCAGAGCUUUAUAUAAGUUCAGGGCAAGCUACCAGCAUCACAGCUUUCAUCCUAGUUACAGUAUGCAGUUGCGCCUCUGUUGACCUACAUUUCACUAUUGAACACUUUUUAGCCUCUCAGUUGUUAAAGUUUUCAGAAACCUCUGUUUAAGCAGCGAAACUUAUCUGAUUCUUUUGUUUAACUUUUCAAAAACGUCAGUAAAUAACUUGCACAGCUUUUGUCCAGAGAUGCCAAGUCUGCUUUUGGGUCCUACUUAUAACUUUGCAUCUGCAUUAUUUUAGGAAUAUUGGGGUCUGGAAUGUGGCAGAGUCUGAUUUUAUGUGUUGUUUAUGAGGAUUGAACUGAAGGGAAUUUCGGUCCCAGCAGACUAGAGAUAAAAUGUACUAUAUAUGGACUGCUGAGAUUUACACCGGCGACCAAAUCGGGACCACAGUCUGAGCUCCUUUAGUCAGCCAUAAGUUUGUUAUGUUUUUUUUCCCCAGAUUCCUCAUGGCAGAGUUUUAUUCUGGUCCAUUUUUGAGGCUGCCACUUUUGUGGGCAAUAAUCUGUAUGGAUCUUUUAUUUCUGGUCGAGUAUGAAAUCUGUCAGCGAGGCGCCUGUUGGGUGCUGCAGGGUGCUUUCUGUGUUGUGCAUUUCAGAUAACAUUGUGUCAAAAGAUAUAGUGAGCACAGUUACAGCAGAGCGACUGCUGGGAGGUUGAUGUUGAGGGUCUGCGGGAGGGAAUAUUUUGAGUACCACAAAGGGAAUCAGCCCUUUUGGGAAACCAGGUAUGGAGUACACUUUACAGCAUGACCCUGAGGCAGAGAGGGGGAGGGUUUAACUGUGGCGAAACAGACAGAUUACUUAGUAUGAAGCAAAUCAACAAACUAUUUUUUUUCCUGUUUUGUGCGGACAUAAACAAAAACAAAAUAAAUCAUUUUCUAUUCGUUAAUUUACUAUAAUGAGGUCUCCUUCUGCAGAGGCUGCCAUCUUGCACCACCAUGUUCCUACCAUGGUUAAGACUGGACAAACAAACAACAUAUGUAUGUGUUUUUGUACUCCGUGAGCAGCUGUGAAAAAUGCACCACUUGGAAGAUGAACAUUUAUUUGCACUGUUAGAUGUUUUUGAUGGUAAAAACUGACAAAUAGAGGAUUGUGCUUCGUGUGUAUUACAGGAGCUUCCCGUGCUGGAAGGCCAGCGUAGCUUCUAGAGGUUUACUAAUAGGAGCAAAGGAGUGUUUUCAAUCUAGAAAUUGAAUUGAAUUUAGAUAAUCCCAUCUAUUUUAAAUACAAAAUCAAUUUUGGAGAGAAGCCUGAAUCUACCUCCAGCAGCAAAGAAAAUAAAACUCGAAGACAGCACUGACUUGAACUUGAAUUCAUAAUAUGCUAUGAAAGUAAAUCCCUACAGUCUUGGUGUCAGAGUUAUGUGAACCCACUGGUCCUCUUGCUAUAACCAGAAAGUUUAACAGCAGCUGCCCCCUGGAAAAACAUUUCACAUUAUUGAUGGGGGUCAAGGAGCAAGGUUCUGAGGCAAGGGAAUGAUCCAAGUAAAAUAUGUAUUUUUUUAUAAAGUGUGUUUGAAUGUGUACGUGUGUGUCUAAACUACACCAGACAAAACAAUAGUAGAUUAAUUGUUUCCCCCUGAAAGUCCUCGCAGACCUAUAAUGAGUCUGAUUAAAGACUUGUAGACUUUUUAAUUACCCUCUAUAAAGCCCAGACAGAGAAAAACUGCAUCUGCCUUCAGUCUGGAAAAUUCACUGCCUUUCAUCACUUACUGACAUGUGCUGGCAUGUUUUCUCAGGGCCUCAUCUCUGACCCUCAAGUACAGUAAUGAUAUCUGGUAGACUGUUCAGUGCAGCCCACACGAUGUUCUGUGCUUUAUGUAUCCUGGUUUACAGCUGCAGCUCAGUGAGGCGGAGAUGCAAACAGCGGUAUAUAUUAUACACUGUAAGAGGCAGGUGUGCUGCCAGUUGGCACCUGAAGGAGUCACACUGGACCAGAGGGUGAAAGGGAUCUGACUGAUGAUUAAGCUGGCCAUGCUGACUGAAAAGUAACAGCUUUUUUCCUUAUGAAUUGAUAGGACUUUACUAUGGAAUUGCACAAAAAUAUGCAGUAAAGCUGUAGUCAUGCUUAAUAAUUUUAUUCGCAUUUUCAGGGGGUAUAAUCACUGAAAGCAGGGUUAUAAUCAAAGUCAUCCAAGUAUUUGGGCUAUUAGUGCUUAUCACCUGAUUCCAGCAAACCCCUUAGGAAAACUCUAAAUGUUUUUAUCAUUCAUGUUGUAGCAAUUUAUAUUUCCAAAUCAAGCAGCAACCUCUACUUUUGAAAAAAUAUAGCCAAUGCAAUAAAAAAAACUGCAUUAUCUUUAGUGUCCAUAUGAUUUUAACCCAAAAGGUUAUCCAAAUGCAUGACUCAACAUGAGAAUUUAACAUGUUCACAACCUGGAAGAAGAAUUUAUUUACUCUUCAUUUCUUUAGUUUUGAUGACCAUUUUUUUAAAAGGUCAUACAUUUUUAUUUUAUUUAUUUACUUGUGUUUUGAUCUAAGCUCGAAGUUAGUAUUAGGAAUCUGGCAACUGCCCUGUUUUGGCAUCAUGGGCCCACUUCAGAAACUAAUUAAUGGUAUCAUUAGACGCCAAGUUGAUGUUUUAUUAAGUCUGUUGUUUUAACCCUCAAUAACCUCUGUCCUUGCUAUUUAGCAUUUCUCAAAAGCCGUGUUGUUGAUAUCAUGUGUGCCCUUUUUAAUUGCGGUGAAAAUGGGAAUGGAUGUUUGAUGGAAAAACCUCUUAGGGAUGCAUUUGUAAAGAAGAAAAAAAAACACAUGGUGGGUAAUGAUGUGCUGUCAGGUAUUGUUGACCGUCUUUGGCUGUGUGAGGUUUCCUGCUUUGCUGUUUGUUCUGCAAAGACAGAGAAAGAGAGAGGGGAGGGAGAAAAGGAGAGAGCACUGAUAAUGAUCGGUUUUCAAACAAAACUGUCAGGGCCUUUGUUAGCUGUCCUCAUCUCGCUCUCCCUUGUUCUGUUUGCCCUCAGUCUUGACUGACAGGCUGAAGGCCACAGCUGCAGACAGACCUGAUGUGGAAUUAAGACUUUUAUUGUCUCUAUAACCAUAAUUUCUGCUGUAAGACAUCAUUUCCUACUAUAACUUGAGAAAAAAAAAUGCAUGCCUUAAAACAACAUGUGCAGACAACCUUAAAAAGAAAGCCUAUAUUCAAAAAAAAACCUAAUUUGUGAACAUUUUGGGUAAUCUUGACAAACAUAAGCUUCAGAGUGAAAACAAUUAAAGAGCAAUAAGCCUGCAGGGGAUUUUUUUCUCGCACGUUCAUUUAAAUUUGACAGACUAAAGGAUGUCAGGCAAGUAGUGAUCACUGGGGGGAGCCAGCAUGCAGUUUCAGGCUCUCUCAAAGCUGUUUAUUGGCAGUUAUAUAAAUGACUGUUUGUUGGUCCCCUAGAAGCAAAGAGAAACAAACUUCAACUUUGCACAUUCAUUACUUGGAGCAAAGUGCUUCUUUAAGGACGUUGGCAGGCAGGAUUUAUUUGACAGGUGCUGCCUGGAGAUGUUGUCCCAGACAGCACAUAAACCUCUGAAUGAUGAAACAGAAUAUAAAUUAAAAGAUAUCAAUUAGGUGAUAAAACCGCGCAAUAAAGGAGAGCCUGUGCUGUAAAAACAAAAGUUCUGCUGGCACCUAAAGACCCCACAUCGGUACACUGUCUUUUGCUUUUCCAGUUAAGCCUGAUUGUCUGUUGUUUCAUUUUACAGCCAGGGACAUAAAUACUUCAUGUAGUGUUGAUCAGUCUUUGUACCCCUCGCUGUGGUCAGACCGGUUCUGUAGUUUAUUAGAGCUUGGCUGGUCUCUGAAGCACCCCCCAUUGUGUUUUUGUCUGUUUAAUGCAGCGUUCACCUUUAAUGCUGUCCUGUUUCCUCCUGUGAUCGUGUUCAUAUUUUUGUGCCGCUAAUUGUCAGCUUGAAAGGUGAGAUGAACCUGCUACUGAUGCGCACUGAUCAUUUGGGCUGAAAAUGGAUUAUGGAGAGAGACACAACAUGGAUGAUUUAACUGAAAAUUCUAAAUUGUAAAGUUUUUUUUUUGCACUAAAUGUUUAUUCUUCCUAUUUGUUAUGUUAUCUAUGAAAAACAGACCCAAUUACCUGACUACCAGAUGCUUUGUUUUAUGAAUUUCAAUGCCUUCGAUGUGUUUCGGUGAGAGAUAAACGCUCUCGGUGCUCAUGUGUCAGAGGAGCUGUCCGCAGCAGUGGUGCUGAAAUCUGUCUUGGCAGUGAGCUGGUCAUGCAGCUCCCUCAGGCUCCAUGUGCUCAAAGAUUGCAGAGCCAAAUGCAGUUUUUUUUUUCACUUUAAGGUCCACUCAUUAUGCCAGAAAAAUUGUCUUUUUUUUUUUAUCAUCAACAUGAGAAAACUCCAUCUUUUUACAUUACUUUUUCUCUCUGUUUAUUUCCUCAUUUUUUCCCACAUGCUUCUGUCCUAUUUCUCAGCUUCUAUUAAUUUCUAUCAUUAAUCUUUCCUCCUUUAAUCCUAAUCCUGAUGCCUUGAUGUUGGAGUCAUUAAUUCUUAUGGUGAGGUUUCCCACUUUUACCCUAUCUGCAUCAUUAUUAAUUUCCCAUGAGUGUAACGAUGCAAAUCCAUUUGCUUGCACUCUUAUAUAUAUUUGUGCUGCUUACAUGUAAUAACACAUACACAUCUGAUUUUGUCUCUCUUGUUAGAACCCAUAUUUAAAUCACCAACCAGCCAAAAUAGAUUGAUGCAUCUGAAGCAGACUGUUUUGACACACGUAUGAUAUAAUUGUAUUUAUUUAACUAUUUUUCUCCAUUUAUCCAGUUUAAGAUCGGUCAUACCAUACAGAUGUUGUAAAGAGCAACUCUAGCUUAGCAGAGUUGGUCAUCUGUCAUUUGAAGAAUGGUGGUGGGGGGUUGAUCCCAGGUCCACUGUCCACAUGCAGACUGGGAUCCACUUGACCCCAGAUUGACCCCGUCUGGCUACACCCACAGGUGUGUGAAAUUUGCUGCAGCUAUCAAAACACUUUUUUUUUUCUUUAUACUGUACGGUUUCUUUAAACUUCUAUGCACUCUUUGAUUUUUCAGUGAAAACGCAAUAAUAUGCCAAAGCUUGGAGUUUGUUCUGUUUGUGCCUGUUAAUCUAUAGAGCCAAAAUUCCUCAGAGAGAGAGAGAGAGAGAGAGAGCUCGUUCUGACAAUUAUUUCUAUUUAAGAGAAAAUUGAUUUUUCAUUUGUUUAAGAUUAUAAAUGCAUGGCUGGUAGUCACACAAAAAAAGAAGAAAUGAUUGGAACAAAGGAAAUCUUUCCCUCACUGCAGAAAGUAUCUCCAUUUCUGCUGGUGAGUCACAUCGCAGAUUUGCUUCCUUCCUUCUUUCUUCCCUCCUUCCUUAUCGGAGAUUGUUCAGUUCCUUUUCCCUCUGACAGAUGACUGGUUCAAAAGGCCAGGAGCUCUGCAGAGACUGUGCGUGACAUCUGAAGAAACCUGCUCCCUACGUGUGUGUGUAUAUGUGCGUGUGUGCGUGUGUGUCAGAGUAGCACAAAUAGGCAGAGGAGCUGUGCUAACAAGAGUGUUGAUGGUGUGUGUGCACAGAGAGGUGACACGCGGUGAGAGAGUUACAGCACAAACACUGUUUUGUUGGGAACUAUUUCUGCUCUGUGUGGGAGGACGGCAGCUCUGCUUCUCAAGAGCCAGGCCAGCAGCAACCCCGCUUUGUUUUAUUGGCAGACAAUACAGCAGCAUUGGCAUACAGCACAGUGGAGUGAAUAUGAUUUUUAUGGUUAUAGACACUCUAUCCAAUUCUUUUUUUACUGGCUCCCUAAACUGCAAUGCACAGAGUUCUGUCAGUCAUGAAUAUAGUCUCUAAUUUAGGUCGAAAAAGACUCCAAAAUCGCCACUGACAAGAGCUAAUGCUAAUAUCUUCAAGUAUUUCACUCUUCUUGCAUUGAUUCCAGUUUCCAUUUCCUGUGUAAUGGACUUGCCAGUAAUGAGUGCCCACAGUGAUCUGAUCCAAACUGACAGGCCUCCAUAUUAUCAGCUGCUGUGAGCUCAGGAGCUGAGCACUAGUACUACUAAAUAUAGGUCCAGGAGGACGGACAAAAAACCUCUGAGUUCUCUUUUAUUUUAUAGCAGAGAUAGAAAGUAAUAAAGAAUUUAGUAGUAAAGAUUUGAUGUGUCAGACUCAAUUUCAGGGAAGCUGAUUGAAACAUCCUUUCCCUGCUGCUAUAUUCUUUGAGUGGAAACUGCAGUUUGGUGUUUUUUUUUAAUCUCAGUUAAUUAUUUUAGAUACAAUUUUCAUAAGAAAUAAAAUAUUAAUAAUUAUGAAGAAAACACAUCUGGGAAGAAUUUAAGAAAACUGUACAGCAGUAUACAGUAGGAGAGAGUGAGGUAAGAUGAGCCAUUUUUCAUAUUUCGGAUCACUACAUCGACACAAUCAUAGUUUUGUCUCUAACUAGUGUAUCUGCAUAUAUUUCAAGGUGUUGUGCAUCCCCACAAACCAACAGAAUAAGUGUAAACAUAACUGUCUUGAUAAUAUAGCAUGCCAAAAAAAGUGGUCUCCUAUGGUCAAUUUACCCUGUGUAUGGGGUAAGUUGACCAUAGGAGCGGGAUAAGUUGAGCCGUAUCCCUACUACCCCCCUACUCUCCACCCCAGCUCUCCCUCACCUUCUCUCUCCCUGAAUAACAGUCACUUCUUCACAUUCAUGGUUCUUCACAACUGGUACAAUAAUUCUCUUUUUUUAUUAUUGGAUAUAUUGAAUAUAGUAUAUUGGAUUGCUGUUAAAAAGCUGUUUUGUAAAAAGUCAUUUUAAUAUGAAAGUGCAGAACUUUCACAGCUGUAUUUUUGAAAAUUAAAAGUAACUCAUUUCAUGACUUUGUUAGUCCUCUAAGCUAAAAUGGUGGACUUUUAUUCUAGGUUUUUGACCUCGUGUUGUAACUCAUAGAUACCACAAUUGAUGUAUAAAACAAAUUUUAAAUGAUCUUUUUUGGUCUGAACACAAUUCUAAUUUUUUUGUAAAUAAAUGUCUAACCCCUUCAUCCAUGUGCUUCUAACCUUCACAGACUUCAUGAAUUGAUGCCCAUCUCCUAAAUAUUUGGUCACAUGAUCAAUUUCUUUGACCAUUUCCAAGCAACAGGGAGUGGCUCAACUUACCCCACUCUCCCCUAUGCCUUUUCACUAUCAAGCUCUCGUGAACUUCAGGGUUUGUAUUGAUUUUGGUGGCCAUCUCUUUGCUGAUUUUGUCCUAUAAGCAGUGGGUGGCACACAGAAAAGUAGAGAGGGCUACCCAACUAUAAAAAGAAACAGUAUCAAGUGCACGACUAUGAUGCAUAUUUUCAUCAAAAGGAAAAUGCUCCAGAUAAAAAUUCUCAUAUCUGAUCUUCAGUAGUCAGAAAUGAGCCUGUAGUUAUCAGGCUAUAACCGAUGGAAAGUUGCACGUUUUGAAUUUUUGUCGUUUGCCGAAUAAAUUAAAUCACCACCCCCCGAAAAAAAAGGGAAAGAAAGAUAGAAAAGAGGUAGGCUAUGGCUGCCUGUCUGGAGGGAAAAAACUGAACCUCCCACAUCGCUGCGGUCCACAGUUUCCUGAGAGCUGAACUCUGCGCUGUCUGCACCCACGGUCUCCUCAUUGUUUCAGCAAAUCACUGGAUAUUCCUGAACGAGCGUAGAACUCUCUCUCUCUCUCUCUCUCUCUCUCUCUCUCUCUCUCUCUCCUCCUUCCUUUCGCGCCUCAUUACUCUGCACCUGUCGGCAGCGGACGCCGGCUGCUGUUCGCGCUCCUCUCUUCCUCCUCCUCUCUCUCCUCUCAUCUGUAUCAGACGGUCAUGACUUCCGCCAAAGACGUGAACGGGCCGGCCAAAGCAGCUCCUCAGCCGGAUCAGGUAGGAACCAAAGGACCGCGAACUGAAUUCUCGAUAGACGAUAGACUGAAUUCUCUGAAGUCCGCGGGGUUCCCCUUGUUUUUUGGUGUCUCCUACAAUCGAAAGAGUUGUUUUUUACAAGAUGACCAAACAGAUUUGAGCUGUUUGGUCACUAUAUUUGUUGUUUUUCUCUGUACUUUUGACCACAAAUUGUUACGGCUGACUGAGUGUAAACACCAACUUCUGAUCAUGUACCUAAAUAUUUAAUGCUCCACUCUUGUAACCUCAUGCCUGCGGGUGUAGCACCUGUAGUAUGCUUCCUCUGUGGUGUCCUGUUUGCACGUGUUGUUGAGCUUGGAGCCAACACCUGCUGGUCCUCAUGACUCCUUUCUUCCUUUUUAAGGGACAAAAUCCUCCUAUUUGGUUUUGAAUCAUGAUUCAAACUUUUGCACAGAAAGGGAAUAAAAAGCCGCAGAGAAGGAAGAGUGGGUGUUAAUUACUCUGCAUUGUGUUGCCAUCUCAUUGAGUUUAAAUAGAUCUCUGUGUGGGGCCAUGUAGGAAACACAGUGAAGUGAUGUAAUGACUUUGUAGACACAUGAUCCACUUUGGGUUUUUACAUAACUGAGCUUCUGGCAGUGAUAUCAUAAUUUGGGUUGAAAGGUGCUCCACAGAAAUAAACUCCUGUUUGCAUGAAUUCAGGGAGAACAUCUUGACAAUCAGUUUGGUUGCGUAACGGUUGAUUGUUGAGUACUUGGCUCAUACCGUGCUUGUUCAAAGGUAGCUCUCAGAAUAUGAAAUGAAAAACAAAAAAAGGUCUGUUUCAUUAGUCGGGGGUGAAAGCCUCCCACUUUGCAUAAUUGUUGCAUGAACAGGGUGUAAUUAAGUUUGAUAUUUGUCAAAGCGAAGAAUGUUUUCCUGCAAAAUUUGAGGAAAUUUUACAGGCAUAUUUUGUUCUUGAGCACUUUUCUCUACCAAGUUAUCAUUAUCUCUUGUGUCUUGAAUAUAGCUGGCAUUUUUCAAAAAAAAUUGUGCAUAAAGCAUUUUAUUUUUCUCGUUUCCUUUUCAUACAUCUAUUAUAGCAGGAGUGUUGAGUCAACAGCUAUGCAGUGGGUUCUUAACCACAUUCAGAUCAGGGAAAAAAAGAAGCAUUAGCUCUUUGAUGGCUGAGAGAAAAUAGGAUGUCAGACUUAAGAGAGACACUCACAGAGAGUGAAAUACAGAUAUGCUCGUCUGCAAAUGUUGCUGUGGACCAAAAAGAAGAAUAAAUCUUUAUUUGCUCUGGGUGACUUGGCCUCUAAACUUGUUUUUGUCAGCGUUUACUGUUCGCUCAAACAAAAACAUUUUCCUCUGGACAAGGCGCUUAGAAAAUAUCCUCCCCCAUCACUCUGCAGCAGCUCUAGCAGUGACCUUGCUCAUUGGUUAUAUCAGUUUCAAAUUCAAAUCCCAGCCUGUUAGUCUACUCUUUAAUGAUGAGGCAGACGGAUGAAGAUAUCACAACACAGGAAGUAGCUCAGGCGCUCUUCUGAGAUAUGAACUCCAGCUCUCUGAACUGAAAAUCUCUGCGGCUGCUGUCAAUGGGGGAGGUUUUAAUGCAGUUUGGCAAUGAGUUGCACUUGACUCCCUAUGCAGCAUUCAACGGAAGUCAUAAGUGAAUAAAUAGGAUAUAUCUUUUCCACUUCAUCAUUUAAAAAUGCUGCUUCUUUCAUCAGUCCAGUCGUUACAGGCUCCGGAAAUGCAUUUCCACGUUCUUAAACUGAUGCACUACCUAUCGGUGUCUGGUGGAGCACCACAACAAAUGGCCUCACACAUAGUAUCUGAUGGUGAUGUUUGAAAGCACACAGCAGAGUGAUAGGGCUGGUCUUUGAUCUCUUUUUAUAUUGAUUGAUAUUGAUGUUUAACCAGCGAUAAUGGCACUUUGAAAAAUACCCUGAAAGAAAACUCAGAACAGAGAUUAUUCACAUCCACAAAACAUGUCUCACACAUUUUUAAAGCUGUAUUUAUAUUUAUGGUUACCACCAAUAAAAUUCACAUAUAAUUCAGUUGACAGGCCUCUAACUGAGCAAUUAGUAUAAUCCAAAAUGUUUCUUUUAUUGUAUUAUAUCAAAAGAUGCUUCAUAUAUGUUUACCUGUUGGGUUAGUCUCAUAAAAACAAUGUUUUGUGUAUUAUUCGGAUAAUACCAUUUUAUCCAGUGAAAAAGACUGAUUAACUUAAAAACAUUUCUAUUCCAACACAGCCAAUGGCGAUGUGAUCCACCAUCACAUAUAGAAGAGAGGAAAAAGUUGUGAUGUACUGACAGUAAAAAUGUUUCCAGAACAUGUCUGACAGACUGCAUGUAGCUAAAUUUCGUCAGCGACAGUGUAAUGCUCCUACUCUACACACAACUUCUCUGAAUAGUUAGUUAAGUGUAAUGUUGUGUUCACACCAAGCGCAAAUAAGAUCAUCUACUUGCUUAAUUCAGUAUUUCUGCGAUUUUUCUUCAUUUCCUGAAAAUAACAUUUCACAGUAGCAUUCGGCAGGAGAGUCACUGAGAGUCGCUGUGAUGACGCUCGGCUCAAACAGCGUGUCCCCCCGGGUGAGCUAUGCAAUCUUCGUACAUCCAUAGGCUGUAUCAAGUGUCAAUCAUAGAAAACCUGAACCCCCUAAUAACUUUUAAAAACUGAGCUGUAUAGAAUAAGAGGACUUGAACACAAACCAGUCUGACAGUAACUACAUGUCAACAUCACAAGCAGGGGGGAGAAAAAUUUAUAUUCUGUGUUAUAAAUUUUUAAAAUUUGUCCACAGCUCCAUAGCGAUUGCUGGAGGAGGCGGGAUUUAUGAUCCAUACUGCAGCUCAUCACCAAAGGGUGCUGUUCUCGGGGUGGCUUCACCCGGCAUGGAGGCAGACGGCGUCCAUUCUAUAUACAGUCUGUGCUCGCUCCAUUCACGUGUUUAUAUCAUGUCUGCGAAGCGCCCAAACACACGUGUGACUGCAUGAGAGAAAGAGAAAGAGAGAAGGGGUUCUUACAUGUCAGAUGUCAGGUCUGUUUACAUUGUGAGGAUCUGCUGCAUUAAAAGCGUUUAGCAGGUAAUCUGACCUCAUCGCUCACUUUACUCCAGAUGAGCUCUUUCUUUUUCUCAGUGUCAAAGACAAGUUGUAUCCUUCAGCUCAGGUGGUUUCUAACUGUCGUGAUAAGCUUAUCCUUCAUUUUCCUCAAGAAUGAAUCUCUCUCAGUCUGUUGUUGACAUACGUCACCCGGGAAUCUCUGUUCUGAUUGUUUAUCACAGCCGCCUCACUGGCAUCGCCCGAGUAUAACCCGCAUCUGAAUGCAUCUUUGCAUUGACUUAACAUGUCACACCGAAGAUUUGCCACAUAGUUAUCCUAAAAAAAAUCAUCUGUCUUUUAGCUGUCCUUCCCCUCCAAAAGGAUCUUAUUUUCAUUGACAUCUUGAGGGAAAUAUUUGAUUAAAAGACGACAAAAAAUAGUGAGGGUUAUUUCCAGCUUAUCUACCCUUGAGUGAUUCACCUUCAGUCAUGUUUCUGAGCACCACGGUUGCUCUGACGAUUCAAAGAUACUGCGCCAGUUUUGUCCAAAAAGCAGGCCCAAUUUCAUAUUCAGUAAAAAAUCUCUCUCUCUUUCUAAAUUUUGCUUUCUAUCAGUUGAUAGAGCCAAGUGGAGUUAACGUUUCCCCAUUUUUACUCUGCAGCAGUUACACUUACAACAGCAUGUUACUCAUACCGACAAGGACUGAUGAACAGCUACCUAGAGCCGAUUAGAUAUCCACUCAUGACUUUCUGUUUUGUCUUCUUCUGCACAGUGGUGGCACAUGUUGCCCACUUUCAUGGAUCUCUCUCUGAUUCUCUCUUCUAAUCGCAGAAGCAUAUGCUCAAAUAUUUGUCGAUUUUUCAUGGACUGGGGUGGAUUUUUCUCCCAUCUGUUUGUGGAAUCUUUUAAACAUAUUGCACUAGAGGGGUCACCAAGAAAACUGAUACAUUUUCAAUCAUUGCAGUGGAAAACACUCUUAAUUUGUUUCAGUUUAACUCAGAGAGGAAAAUUACAAACCCAUGACUAGAUGCAUGUAUCAGGUAGUAAAUAUUACACCUUGUCCUUUCGCCCUUCCUUUUUAAUGAGGCCAUGCUAAUCUUCUCUGUAUUGUUCCAGGUUUAGUAUCAGUGCUGGAGAACUGACACAAGGUAGCUGAUGGGAAAAUGAGCCUGUUUGAAUAGAGCAGUGUCCAGUUAUCAAUUUUGACUAUAAUGGUGUCGAUACAGAUCAAGCAGAUACUUGAUUAUGAUUGGUUAGAGGUCUGCUAUCGCUCUUUAGCAGACCAUUGCAAAGGAAACAGCCCAGUUAGCAGAAACUGGAGUUGAGUAAAUGUAAUAAUAUCAGCCCACAGAAAGAAGUCUGGUAUGGUUAUUGUUAAUUUGUUUAUCAUUUAAAAAGAGGAAAGUGGCAAAAACUGGGUUUCAAAGAUGAUAUCUUCAAAUUUGAAGAUGGUAUAAGUAGUAAACACAUGAGAUGAGAAACUGCUGAUGCUAAUUGAGUGGCAGAGAAAAGGCAGUAAAACUGAAGCAGCUUCUGUGAUGAUCCACAUGGCUGAUUAACUUGUCCCACUUCUCCAUCUGUAGUUAUGUUCAGUAAAAAAUCAAAACUACUCACCCUGUUAGACUUCUAUGCUGCUAUGACAAUCUGCUCACUUUAUACACUAUUAUCCUGGUGAAAGUCAAUUCUGAAUCUCAAUAGACUGUACCUGUCAGGGAGAAUUUAAGUGUGCGAGCCAUGGAAGUGAAAAAGCUUCUCUGCAGGUGCUGAAUAAUUAAUUUGCAGGUGAAAUCAGAUAAUGGCAUAAAAAGCAGAAGCUUAAAUCAUUUAAUAUUAUUUUGACUAGUUGUGAAAGAACAACGCAAUGCACUCGUGGUCUUCACACUUACCUUGAGUCAAUGGUGCCACAGAUACUACCACCACCACCACCCACCAUUCCUACUACGGCUACUGAUGCUGGUACUAUUCAUUCAAAAAAUUACAUACAUUUGCUGUAAGUACAGGUUAUCUUUAAGCCUGGUGGACUUGUAUUGAAGGGGAACUAUACAGGAAAUAUCAGUUGCUGUGUUUUGUGAAGGAUUUUAUAGUUUUUCAGCUUAAUGUUUCAGUUGUAGAGCCUGCGAUGUGAUAUUACCGAUUUUUUGUCCGAGCAACAUUUUUAUAUUUUUUCAAUCGGCAGCCCCUUAAAGAAAAAAUGAGCACCAUUAAGGAAAAAUACACUGCCCACUCAGUGUGCAAGGGCAGACAAAUCAAAUUGUAGAUACUAGUUGAAAGAAGAAAAUAACAAAGGCAUUUAUCUGAGAAGUUUGUGCACAUUGCAAAAAAUAUAUUAGAUCUAAUGGCUGAAAAGAUCAUGGGUAAAACAAUAGCCAAAGCCCUUCUUAGUUGUACUAUCAAUCGUAGAAGAAAGUUUUGUCCUUCUGAUAUCAGUGCAAAUAAGGAUGUAAUACCCAGUAACCACAAACAAGCACUCAUUAGGACAUUACAACAAGGCACAAGGACAAUACUGGUUUAUUUUUCAAUAUGACACAAUACAAUUCAAUGACUACAAAUCGAUCCAUUCCUGUUAUUAUUCAUGGUGGAAUUCAUUGUGCUGAAUUUAUGAUGCAAUGUCUCAGUAUCAAUACAAUCAGAAAAUGAGUAAUUGUCCUAUAUGUCAUAUGAGUGGGUCCCAUGACCAUUUGCACAUAAUAUUAUCAAUAUAUGUAUAAUGCAACCCCUUGGCAACCUCGAAGUUUGAUUAGAAAGUGAAAUGUGUUAUUUGUCGUUGAAUGUAAAGGAUGUGAUGUCAGUCUUGUGAUUGCCUUUGCUCAUGCUUUGGCUCCUGUAGCGUCCGUAUGUAAGCGUCCAUUUAGGCGGUACUUUGGCUUCAUAUUUCACAAUGGGAGGGGAGUGAAGCAUGAUGUCUAUAUAAUGUAAAUUCAGUCUUUGUUUUACUAUCAAUAUAAGAGAUGCAAGAAACAUUCAGAAACAUGAGACGUUUUUUCCACUAAAGCAUGGAUAACAAUUUUUGUUAGACAGUAAUUCCGAGAAAAAGAGAUUCACAAUUCAGAAGUGAUGCACUGUUUAAUAAGUUUUAUGAAGGUACUUCUCAAUAUUUUGUGCAUAAAACUCUUUGGCACAGCAGGUCUGUAGCUACUUUAAACCAAGGACUUCGGAAAAAUAAUUUAAGAGUUUAGAAGUACCCAAGUCCUUAAAGUGGUUGGCCUGGGUUCAAAUCCAAACCCAGGACCCUUUGUUCUCGCUCUCUCUUCCUAGUUUCCUGUCCUCUUGAAAAAACAAGAACUCAACAAGAAAAAAACUCAGAAACAAACCUCCUUCUGAUUCCGUUUGUAGAUAAAUGUUCUGUAUAGAGAAAAAUGUUCCUCUGUGACCUAUUUACCUUUUGUUACUCCCUGCUGCUGAAGCAUGUUCACAAAAGCCCCCCCCCUGUGGGUUGAUGUUGCAAAUAAACCUCAUUAUUUACACUCCUCCUCUGUGCUUUUUUUAUUUUGCUUUAAUACAGUAUUUUCCCUUUAAAAUUACGCAUAAACAAAUUAAUCAGCACCAGCUGACUUGUUGGCUAUAUAUUUUAAUGAGACAACAUAAGAAAAACCAGAUUUGAACCAUUUUUUAGAUGUAAUUAUGAUUAACACCAAUCCAUUUUUUCCGAUCCAAUCCGAUACCAAUACCUGUGUUGAGCGUAUCAGCCGAUAUCCAAUACUAAUCUAAUACUACUGUUGAAUGAAUGAACUGUAUACCUUGCCCUGUGAGUGAAGGCAUGAGGCUUGACAUAAGCCUUGUUAAAAAAAGGUAACAAAUUAACACAGAUAUAAAUUUAUUAUUAUAAAUAAUUUAUACUUUUAUUUAUAAACAAAUAACAAAAUGCAGAUUAGCACACAGCAAAAAGAAGUAAAUGAACAUAAAGUGCAAAAGGAAAGACAGACAUAGAAUAUAGAGGGAACAGAAUCACUGUGUUGCUGUGUAUGAUAUUAAUUAAGAGAAAAAAAUGACUGGAUCGGCAUCAUUGAUCAAAUAUCCAAUCCAGUUAAUCUGUCAAUAUUGGAGCCAAUAUCCAAUCCAAAUAUCAAAUUGGUGCAUCCCUAAUCUUUGGCUACUUUCACACUGCAGGUUGUGAUGCACAAUUCGGAUUUUUUGUUAAAUCCGAUCUUUUUCUUUGGUCGUUCACAUUACAACAACGAAUGCGGCAUCUAAUGUGACCAGAAUGCGUCCGUGAAGUGACCCGCAUGUGCACAAAGCACAAAUUUCCUUCUGCAUCUGUUUGUGUUGUUGAACAAUGGUGACGUUUGUCGCCUAUUGAUGUCGUAUAGGUCGGAUGAACGCGCCUGAGCAUCCACUCUGCAAUCACAUUGGAUACAUAUCCGAUUUAUAUCUACAUACAAAAGAGGCCUGGGUCGGAUUUGAAAAAAUCAGAAUCGCACUGUUCACACUUACAUGAAAAAAUCCGAUAUGUGUCACAUAUGGUUAAAAAAUCGGAACUGGCCUGCAGUGUGAACAUAGCAUUUGAGUCUUUCUCUGGAAACAGAAAGCUAUUAGGUAGAAGGAUGAGGUACAAUUUUAUGUAAUGUUACUCUCAACUUACAGUACGUGUUACGUGAUCACCAGAAAUCUAACUCCGUUUUCUCUUCCUUCUACUGCACGUUUUUUCUCUCUCCUUUUUUCAAGACCCCUGCGUUCAAAAUGACUCGCUUUUUUGUGUUUGAAGUUGAACAUCAAGAUUUUUUUGAUUGUGAUUGGGUUUACAGGAGACUCCACAGGUAUGUCGAGAGAACUUAAUUAGUAGUAGUGAUCUCUAGAGGCAAAAUCAUCCAAAGGUUAAUGAGUCUUAGUGUGAAAAGAGUCAAGUUUUCUUUGCCUUUGUUGAGCCUAACCCUCUCACUUCAUGUCUUCAAAAGUAACAAACACAGACUGUGCAUACAGAGUACAGCUGAUCUCUAUUAUCUCUCCAUGAACCAAAAGCAAGCUGGCAUGAAUUCUUAAUCUCACUCAUGAAUGCCCAUGAUUUAUUGAUGCCGUUCCAGAGGAAAAGUUUACCCCUCCUGUCCAGGGGCUACAGGCUUCACUCCGGACUUUGACUGUUCUCAGACUGCGACUACGUUACAGCCGAGACAUACAGUAUAUCAUGUGUCAAGUGUCUGGUGUCUUUAAACAGCUGAAGUUUGCUUUUGUUACAAAUGUCCGUAUCCCCCCACGUGUCGGUAUUUGAAACCAUCUAGUUUCCGAGUUAAUGUUAUGAGCUGUUCGAUGCGUUUUCCCUCUGUGACGCUUGGUUGUAAUAUUAGUCCCCACAGUACUGUACAGCAGCCAGGAGCUUCUUCACUACAAAUCUGACUCAAAUGACUCUCUUGGUUCCCUUGGAAACCAGGUGCUCAGAGAUCAGGAAAGAUCCAUUUCACACUUCAGCAGCGAGCGGAGACAAAGCUGGUUAGACAAAGGGAAAGUGGGAGGGAGGGCGGAUUAGAAGGAGAGAGUGGAGAGAAAGAAAGCUUGACCUUAGCAGAUGUGCCGAUCUUAUGGUCCCUUUAUCUCAGAGUAGGAUGAAAAUAGUAACAAAUGGAUUCAAAUGAAUGCUUCCUUCAGUGGGUUUUUUCCCCUUUAGAGUGGAUGGUACCCAAAUGCAAAGUGUUUGUUCGGAUGCGGUGUAUGUGAGGGAGAGGGUGAAAAAGGCUCCGGCUCUCAUUUAUUGAUGCAGCUCUCAUUGUUAUCAGCUGUAAAGCAUGCAUGCCUCUCUCUUUCUCCUUCUCUCUCUCAAACACACACACUCACAGAAAGAGAAAGCUUAAUGCAGACGUCUCACCGUGUCUAAAAAACAAUGCCAAAAGGUCAAGAAUUGCUUUCAGCCGCACUUCUUCCUCAUUAAAAGCUCUCCAGAAAAGUCGGCAACAAGGGAGCGCUCAAGUUUACAACUUCACAGUUUGUUAUAUAUUCUUUACCAUGCUGUACAUCAGGGAAAUCCAACCAUGCAUCUCAAGUCCAUUUUUUAAAAUCUCAAUGUGCUGAAAAACAAUGCAGUGAGGUACUGACUCAGUCUGUGUUCGGAGCUCUCUGUUGUUUUGUGUUUGAGUAGGUGGGGAAUGCUCCACUUUUCACACAGGGAUAAUGCAGUCUGCAGGGAUAAAGCAAUCACAGAGAAGGCACUUUAAUAACUGUGGAUUUUAAGAGACAACGGUUCUAUUUUGAAAUAUACUGAGACAUUUUCAGUCAAAGAUUGAAAUACAAAGCUUUAGUGUGAAGGCGGGUUGUUUUUUCAACACCAAAGAUGAAAAAAGUCUGUACCUAAAUUUUGAUUUAUGGUUUGGUGUGGCUGAGAGUAAUGGAGCUUACAUAGAAACUGAUGUCUCACCAUAAACAUUGAUAUAAGAGAUUAAUUUACUUGCUCAGUACCUCAAAGAGUGAAUUAAAUGGCUUAAAACUGCUGUCAAGAUUAGCUAACCACUUCUUUGGCCUCCCCUUCUCUUUUUUACCACAGUAUAAUACGAGGAACUUUAUUGAAUGAUAUAUAUGGCUUUAUAGGAGGCUAAAGAUACAUGUUUUAAAUAUAGCACAUUGGUAUACAACUGUGAAGAACUUUGGGCUUGUGUUCACUAAAGGCAUUUUUGCACCUGUUUAUACAAAGCCAUACAAAUCCAGUGCAGGUCAGCAUUUAUGGGGUUCAGCAUCCAAAGCAAAAAAACUGCUUUGGGCUACAGCCGCUUUUGUUGCGGCACUCUCUCAGUUCAUAUUUCAUUUUUAAGAAUAUCAUUACAAUUUGUCAAAACCAAAUAUCCAUGACAGACCGAUCAAAUUCAAGAAAGGUGGGACUGAAAUCAACUUUGUCAACAUAUUUGCUAAUGAUUCUUUUGAUAUGGUGACUAAUCAUGCUUGUUUUUUCAAGGGCACAUUUACCAGGUUAGCUGCAAUGCUUGUUGUAAUUAGAAGACAUUUUUAUUGAGAUUAGAUACGUGCAAAAUAGACAGUAUUUCAAUAUUUUGACACUUAAACUAAAUAUUAUGUCAUUCAAACUGGUAUAUCCCCCCUCUUUUAAACAUUUUUGUACUUCUCUGAAAGCUACCAUAUUCCGUUUUAGUGCAGUGGUUCUCAAGUCCAGUCCUCGAGCCCCCCCGUCCAAUACACCUGAUUCAAAUGAUCAGCUCGUUAUCAAGCUCUGGAAUGGCUUAAUAACGAGCUGAUCAUUUGAAUCAGGUGUGUUGGAGCAGGAAAACAUCCAAAACAUGCAGGACGGGGGGCUCGAGGACUGGACUUGAGAACCACUGGUUUUAGUGUAAUUUUAUCAACUCUGUAUUUUAAAUAUUUUGGGAUAUUUAUCCUGCAUUUGUUUCACCAUAUUUGUUUUUAGCCUUUCUUGGAAGUUUCAUUUAUUUGGGUAUUACAUGCACAAUAACAAUAGACUGAAUACUCUCCACACUGUUGUUUCGGUUGCAUGUAAAACUAUACACUGGAGGUCACCACUGUGGCGUCACCCAUUCCAAAUAGGACGUUCAAAGCCAACUAUUGUGAUUGACACAUUGAAAAUGCUGAGUCAGCAUUAUUUCUGGUCAAUCUGUGAGCAGACACUGAGAGAAGACAGUCGCAGACAUUUACCAAGACAGUCUAGCUGCAGACCUCCACCGAGAGGUGGCGUUUUUUUUUUUUUCACAUGCUUCAGUUUGUUUGAAGCGGUCAUCCAGUUUUGUAUUUUGUCUUUGUUGAGCACAUGAAUAAAUAAAAAAUCAUAUUAACAUUAUGUACACAGAAUAAAGUCCCCCCCCCAAAAAAAAGAUAUUCACAUGAGACAAAGAAUACGUACUUCCCAGUGUAAACGCUUUUCAUUUGAAAGGCUUCCAAUCAACCUCUGAUGUAAAAAAGAAACUUACUCCCGGUAUAUUUGUUUUAUUUUGAAAGGUUUCAAAAGUAACUUCGGUCUAUUCAGUGGAGGUGGGUCCUGUCAGUGGACGUCUGCAGCCUAUUACACUCACUUUGCCUGCUAGUCAACUCAGCCAAAUGUCCCCAAUUGAGCAAAUCUAUGUGUUACUCUUAGUCUUGACGUCUCCAGAAAAGAAUCAGUUGUGAACAAUUUCAUCCUUGGACAGUUCGUGCGAUAACAGACCGGAGCUAUUUAGACCAAAACAAUCUAUUUCCAAGCCGUUGUUUAUGGCCGUUUUGCAACAAAUAUUGGCAUCUUAACACGAGUGUGUGGAACUUAAGUGGUCACUUGAGAAACUGCAAUUUCUUGCUCUUUCUUAUUGGCUUCAUUUUCAUUGACGGUUGCUGUUUGUUAAGACACACAUUUUCACACCCACACACAGACACACAACUAUCAAUACAUCCACCCUUUGCGUUAAGCCACUUCAGUAAUCAUCGACUCUUCUGUUUGGAGUUUAUACGUUAUAAGCAGAGGCAAUAUUUGCAAGCACAAGUGAUAAAAACAACAGCUUUUUUUUUAGUGCGGCUUGCUUGAUAUUGGUGUACUUCUUUUGGCAGUUAUCCAAAGCCCAGUGGCCCCUCUCCUGUAAUCGGAUUUUCACCCAUCCUCUAGUGUCGUUAUUGAACACAUCCACCGACAAGCAUCUCUCUUAUCUGCCACUAACUCCAAACACACUGACUCAGUGCUGAAAAGGAUGAGUAAUGUAAUCUGCAGCCUUUUGUCUGUACAGAAGCUCUUCCAAACUCUCACACAGAUCAAGCAGUGAUACCUGCAAGACAGUUUUCUUUGUGAAAUGUGACUACUUAAGGGCGGUAAAGUGUCUUAGUGACAACUAAGAACUGAAUAUAAUACAUCAGUGCAACUUAAUUUCACUUCAACGUUUUAAAGGUACCAAAAACUCAAAGUCAUGCUGCUUGGUCUUGGUGUUGUGAAAUACAGUAGAAGUGGUGUUAAACAAGCGGAUAGUUAAAAUAACAAAGACAGCUUUCCUGACAACUCUGUUGACCACUGCUUAUCUUGUCACAGGAAGUACAAUAAACAUCGAUCACGCUGCUCUCUAGAUGGUGUUAUAUAUCCAGGAGUACUGACAGUGAAGGUCGGGGGUUGUAUCCAGGUCAGCUUGAAUCUGUUUUAUUGAGGAUUUCACAGUGAGGAAGGAAAACGUCCAAAAUCAUAUUGAUCUGAAUCGUGGAAAAGCUCCCUGACCUCUGAUUGAAUAAGCAGAGUGUCUGUUUACAGAAAUGCCAGGCACUGUAGGGAAGCUACUCCUCAUCAUCAGGGCGACUGCAGCCUAUAUUUUCUCUGCCUGAAUUAGUCCACAGGGCAUGUGGGAGAUGAAUUUGAGAUGAGGAAGACAGGCUGUCUGAAAUCAUAGUUUCUGUGUGCAUCUUUUGGUCGAGCACAACAAGCAGAAAAGACAGGGGAAAAAUGGAACUAAGUAUUUACUCACAAGCCUACGGGGCUUGAAUCAAAGUGUCUGGAAAUAAUCCGCUGAGAAACACUUUUCCUGUGUUUGAUGGCGUGGAGCCAGCUGCCACAUUUAUAGAUCCGUGCCUGUCUGCCAGGUAGUGGCUGAACUAAACUGUAGGACUGUCUGCAUUGCAAUCACCUACACCUGCACCUACUGUUGAGUCAUUUUCAGUGCAGAUUUGUGGAAAAACAACUCAGCAGAUGCAGAGACAGGACAGUUAUCUUCAUGCCUGUCGAAGCAUCUUGUUUUGUUUACAACUCGGUCAGAGGUCGCUCACGAUUGAGGAUAUCACAGAAGUCUUCAGCUAGAGGUCUUCUCUUUUGGAGUAUGAUAACUCGAGGACAUUAAUGUGUUAUGAAUCCAGCAUGCACGCCUUUGCACCUUAUCGUGAGACUCCCUACUUCUGCUGCAAUAAAUCAGCUUAUUGAUGUGCCUGCUGUUUUUCUAUGUGUACUCACUGUCUUGAGUAUUGAUCUGCUCUGCUGUAAGACAAACUGUGUGGAGACAGUUGAUACACAAGCAGCGGAAAUGCACACAAACUCUCUCUCUCACACACACAGCCAGAAACAGGUAUGCUAACUUACAACAUUUAAAUGGAAAGUAACUCAUAAUGUUGUAAUUUAAAAUCCCUAAAGAUAAAAAAUCUCAUAUUCUUUGCUCAAGAGUUGAGUCAUUCUCCCAUCCUUUCUCAUACACACACACCUCAUUACCCUGUGGAUGGUUCACUGAGCUGCAGCACACUAUACAACCUCUCACUGUAGGCAGACAGACACCAGGUCUAAUUGGUAACAAGGAUAUCAGCAGCUGGACGGAUACGGGUGGCUGAAGCUGCUCACUCCCCUCCCUAGCAGAGAGACUAAUGUGUAUGUGUGUGUGCGUGUUCAGCGUGCAAAACUGAAUGAAAAUGGACAUAAUCCCGGAAUAAUGACAUUGAUAGUCAACCCUAUCAGUCGGGAUUUCUUUUGUUCAUGAAAUAAGUACAUAGUUUUGUGGUACUUAAUGCCAAAUGAUUGUAUUUAGGAAAAGGCUGAAGUUUCCUUGAAUAUAACUCAAAAUGAUUAUAGUGGCCGAAUAAAAGUGUCAACUAGGUUCACCAAAACUUUAAAAACAAUGGGCAAAGCUAUAUAUUCACCAGCCUGUGAUAGUUUUCUGGAGCUUUAAGUGACUGUUUGGACAAGAGGGUGGUGCUGAUGAGGGGCAAAGGCUUGGCAAACACCAAGCUCGCAAAGCUCCACACAGUCAUCAUCACUUAUUCAUAUGCUGGCGUUACAAGGUCGUUGGUUUCCUGCAGAAUAGGGCUCUUCUUUGAGAUGUUAGAAACCAGAGUUUUUAUUUAUCAGACUUUAGAGACUGGGAUAGCUUGCAAAAACAUAGUGGACUUAUUUUGGUUUGCCAAUAUAAAUCUCUGAUUUGAAGGUAAGUGAAGGGUGAACAAACAAGGACAAACAAGGUAACCUUAACAGUAGGUCUUAUCUUCACUUCAACGCACCAUUAUCUCGGUGGGAGAAGCAAUCAACAGUUCUGACCAUGAACUCCAACUGUGAGACGUGAAGCCAAAUUGCGGCCUUGAUGGGUGCUGAUAUAAUGCACUGCUGGAGCCAAGACGCACUAAUAAGCAGGUGGAGCUGCAGUACUGAUGUCAGACUCAUUUCACCAAGCCAAACACACAUUUAACAUCAAGAAUCCUUGAGGUCAGUACAGUCCACUGUGGCAUCCUGGAUUUUCCAACAAACCCACAGAACAUUUUUUGGUCUAAAAGAGGUCUAAUAGAUGUCUAAAUGUAACCUAGACAACCGGUCUAAAAUCAGGCUACCACAGGUCUAGAAUUAUUUGGACAAAGUUUAAACUAAAUCUAAAUCUGGGUUAUAUCUAUACCACACUGUAUAUUGCUCAAUGGCUAUCAUGAUUAUUUUGGUUAGGUACUUGGAGAUCAGUUAUGCAACUCACAGUUGCUUAUUUAAAUAAAUAAUUAUCAAAUAAUGGGUUAAAGUGCGAUGUCCAAAUUCUGUCUAAAAAUAUACGGAAUCUAGACGGUUGAAAUUAAGUCUAAAAAAAAAACCUAGAUGUCUAAUAGCCGUCUAUUGCUCAGUGGGAAGCUGUCGACAAAUGAUCGUAACAUCAAAAAGAUGGGUAAUGAUGGAUUUCUAAGAAAAAAAUGAGAUGUAUGAUGAAAGCUAACAUCUGCUAGACCUAUGUUCAGUUAUAAUGGAAGCGUGGACUUUAGGAUCUAUUCUGCAGGCAGCCACCAGGGGGAGGUCUAACGGCUUUCGCUUAAUUUAGGAUAGCUGUUUUUCUGUGUAUGGUUUUACACAAUUUCUGGUUCUGGUCACCAGAAGUCAAUGAACUGCAUAAAGAGAGUAGAAUAUAAGAAUAGUACACACUAAUAAAACCAGAGCACACAUCUUUGGUAUGAUAAAUUGCACAACAAGCCAAAUUAUUUGUCUAAUGAUGCUUGAAAGUCUCCAAAGGACACGAACACAACAAGAACAUUUGAGUGAUUCAAUUAGCUAGGAUGAUAUGGAGGAGGUAGAAAGUAACUCCCACCUGUCAAAUUAUGCACAAAUUUAAGCCUUCAGAUUAUUCAAUCAGAUUUUUUAAAAUAUUCUCCUCUCCAACAAAGUUAGGCUUUUUUUAUACAGGGUCUAAAGGGAAUUGACUGUCUUUAGGAAUCACCUUCAAGUGGCCAUUUGAGGAACUGCAGCCUGGCUUUGACUAUAUUUCUCGACUGUGGAGGUUUCUUGUUGUAGUUUUUCCCCCAUUAAAAUGCCUCUUUCUGUAACAUGUCAUUGAGCUCAAUGGAGGUUUGAGCAGCUACAUCGUACAUUAGACUCUCAGAAAUGAGCCUCUAAAUCUGUGUGUUGAAGUACAAAGCGGUCUUUAUAUAUCACCUGAUUACUGUCUCCUGCUCUUCUACCAGUACCAUGUUUUGUAUGUCCAGUGGAUUUUUGCAGUGUGUGUGUUUCAAAGAGUGCUGAUUAGCCAUUUACCAUCUGCUGGGCUGUGUUGGUGAGUGGCUCAUCAUCGUGCCUGCGGUGUCUGUUUUGUGGUCACAGCAGCUCUCUGGCUACAAGGCGGAGCUGCAGGGGCUCGUAGUGUGCGAACAGCAGGGAGCGGCUGAUGGAUGCAGGGUUACUGCACAUGAGUGGUGGAGUUGUGGGUAUCUGUCUGACAGAGAAUGAGAUGUCCUCUAGCCAAUCUUUGGCUCCGACUGUGACAGUACAAUAUACGUCUGUUCAAUGAAUGAUAGGAUCAUCUCUAAAGUGCUGUGCUUUCAUUUGAAAGUGAAACAUAUCACCUUAAGGUCACUGUUUUUCUGCCUGUUUGUGUUUUGAGUUAACGUAACGUACCCUGCUUUCUUUCAGGACCUGGUGGGCAGUGCUCCCCCACAGAGGAACUGGAAAGGAAUAGCUAUCGCCCUGCUGGUCAUCCUCAUCAUCUGUUCCCUGAUCGUCACCUCUGUCAUCCUGCUGACCCCUCGUAUGUACAGAAAACACUCACAGUUCACAUUCUGUUGUGUUCUUUUCUUUAUUUAUGAUCUUAAUAAGCCCUUACUCACACCAAAUACUGACCGUAAUAGGAUCAUGAAAUGCAGUGAGCCAGAUGUUUCAAAUGCUGAGAUACUUCUCAUGAUGUACUUGGUGUGGGAAGCAACAAACACAGCUUUUUUCACAUCUGUUUGCCUGCUUUUAAACAAGGUCUGCACAAAGCACUAGCUUUCAGUGAGGAACUGGCAAAACAUUAUGUACAGCUGAGUUGUAACUCCGAGGUCCUCUGCCAAGACUGAAAGUGCCUUUCUGGCUUAGUUAACUUUAGACACUGUUUUUUCCAUGUCAAGUCAAGUCAACCUUUUUUUUUUAAUAGCACAUUUAUGAACAACUGUCAGCCAAAUGGUUACUGUACCUUCCCUGCUGCCAUCUUUCUUCAGCCCUAGCCUUAAGCAGGUUAACAUCAUGUGGCCUAAAUGCUGCUGCCCUGAUGUCUCCAGUUCCCUGACUGAUAUUUCUGUGUAAUGACUAUCCCAGCUGAUGACUUUUUGCCAAUUUGCAGUGUCCAGCUACAUCCCUCAGAUACGUCUUAAAGCUCCUGUGAGGAGUUUUUUUAUAUUUAUGUAAUAGACUGUAAUUCAUCUUGAAGCCUUGGAUGUUGCCAGCCACUUGCUUCUCUAGUUAUACCAACUUUAGUAACGACUGCAGGAUAGCAAUACACAGCGGUCUGAGGAGCCAUAAACAGACCUCAAUCAAAACGCCACUCUAUAGCCACAAAUAAUGCUCAGAACAGCACCUAACUUCAUCAUCAGUACAUAUAGGGUCCCAGCCACAGCACUAGCUACCAAACAUCUUUUUAACUUUGCCUGAUUUCUUUAGCAAAGAGACUAAACACAACUCACCUACUCUCGUCCGGCAGACGCUUGUUUGUUCAAGACCUCAGGCCAGUCCAUUAUGGACUGCUGCAGGGUGACGCAGCUCAAGGAAGAACAUUUCCAACAUAAAAUAUUCACAAAAAAUGAGAAAUUUGACGGUCAAGCGUGAGCAGGAUGAUUAAAAUUACUGUUAAAACAUGUAGAGGACAAUAUGAGGGAAGACUGCUUUGCCAAAAUUGACACAAGCCAAAAGUUCCUCACAGGGGCUUUACAUAAAAACAAUCAAACAUGGAGGCAUUAGUAAAGGUGUGUUAAACAUUUGUUUGUAAAUACAACCACCACAUAUACAUUUAGUUGACAAUUGAUAAUUACCAACUUUAGUAACGACCGCACGAUAGCAAUACACAGUGGUCUGAGGAGCCAUAAACAAACAUCAACCAAAACGCCAAAAGGUCAUUACUAAAGUUGGUAUAACUAGAAAAGCAAGCGGUCGGCAACAUUCAUCUCUCAAGGAGGUGUCUAACUCAGGGUUACGGUGUGUUUGACCCUAAAUUAAUUUUACGCAGGACUAUCCCUCUAACAGGGUCACUCAUCAAACCAUAACACAUCACUUACAUUGCUGAUGUUAGGGGUUAUUAUUUCUAAUGUAGAUCUCUUAGCUUGCACUAACCACUUUCAUUUAGUUAUCAAGUGGUGGUCAGUUUGUUGGUUAAUGUAUGCAGCUGUGUCAGCUGACCCUAUCAGUACAGACCUCCACCCAGGGCCAUUAAUCAUCUCUGCUCAAGGCUUCCUCAUUUUUCCGAGCAGGACUAAAAGGUUAACCAUCCAGCCGGCCCCGGUCACUUCCUCCUCACCUAGCUACGGGGUGUUGUUGACACUGUUAUACUAUGGUUUCCCCUGAAGACUUGAAUCUUCCACAAUAAAUACGCUGACUUAGACAGUCUUGAAAUACAGAAUGAUCAGUAUUGCAAAACAACAUAGCUUAAAAAAUACAUAAAGCUGCAAUUCUAAGUUUUAAGAAAUGACAAAACAAAAACUUCAAAAUCCUUUCUCUGGACCUCUCUUCCACAAAGUUUCAUCAAAACCCCCAAAGCGGAUACAGUACUGCACCUGGAUGAUUUCUUAUUCUGAGGUAUCUAGUCAGCAAAAUAAAUUUACACAUAAGAUCUCUCAGACAGCCAGGAGAGUACUGACUCACGCAGUCAAAAACAUUCCUCUUGCACAACACCAGCUGGGUCCCCUCAAUAAUAUUCUCAAAGCAUCAUUAUGCACCACCUGUAGUCUCAGUAGGCUUACAGCAAAAAAGUGGGAAAUGUUUGGAAAUAUGUGCUCAGAUUUGACUGUGUAUAAAAACUUCCCUGGUGCUCGAGACAGAGUGGGUAAAGUAUGCGAGGUGUUUCAUAAGUUGAAUGUUCGUGGUGUAAAUGUAGCAGAAAAUGCUCCAUUAUAUAAUCUCACAGAGAACGAGAUUAGAGGGGGAACAAAAAUCCACUCCAGUGAUUGUCAUACAAAAGUCCUGUAAUGUUUUUGAAGGUUAUGAGAUUUCCUGCAUAAACAUUAAGGAAAACCAAAGACCGUAUGAGGAUUCACUCAGACACACACAUACUCCUGCUUCAUUUUGCACGUUGUAAACUCAGGUGGUAGCAAAUUAAUUCAGUAUUUCAAACACAUUUUUUCUUCUUUGCGCCGCAGGCAGUUAUUUCAGUUUGAUAACCUUUUUUUCGGGGGGUUAAGGUUUCACUGAUGACAGGGUUUCUCCUGCUGGCGAUUGUAUAACGGCUUUACACCGAGACGGGGUCAGCGUCUCACGAGGUAAUGGGCCUUUUAUGUUUAAUGCCAUCCAGAGCUGUUUAAUGGGGAUGAUUAUGCAGUAAUAGCUGCAGCCAUUUGUCAGAUUGGCAUCGCAUCAGAGAUACCAUUUGCCUCAUGUUGGAAAUUAGCUUUCCACACUCACUCGGAAUUAGUCUGAAUUUUUUAGUAGAUAAACACUCUACAUUGUCUCGUGUGGUUUUAUACACUCAGAUCUUGAUGCUCGGGCACAAUGGGAAGCCUGCUGAAGAACCUGCCAGCGCGCUGUUUCGCUCUGAAACCCCCGGUCUCUCAGCCAUCUUGACAAUUCCUGUCAGACAGUUUUGUUCCUGAGUAAAAGUACAGCAGAAGACAGUUCUGAACACUCUUGCUUUAUCCAUUUUCUCACAUCCACACUCAGUCACUCCCAGGUCGGGGUUCAGCUGUCAGCUCCAGAUCUCAUUUUAAGUUUUGAAGAUGGAAUACGUCAACCCCCCACACUGCUGAGAGGAAAAAAAAAUACAAUGCUGGCAGAUGUGAACUGAUGCUCUUAGAUCAAUAGUGCAAUAUAUGGAGCCUCUUUCUUGUUUGUACCUUCUUCUAAAUUGCUCUGUCUACAGUUGGGAGUUGUUGGAGGUGCUGUCUCCAGAGAGAGGAGAAAUAUAUCAUGCUGUGAGGUGAUAAGGGAGUAUUGUGUGUGGCUGAACCUUCCAGACGAUGAAAACGUGAAAAGACAAAUGAUUUUCUUUAUUUUUUACUCUGAAACUACAAAUUUUAAAAAUUAAUCUCACCAGGCGAAAGGACAACCUCUUAAAUCUUUAACUAUUUUCAAAAAGUACCAUAUUAGUACACUGAUGAGCCUCUGUGUACGCUGUAUGAUUUAUCUAUUAAUCAAUUGUUUGUCUGUUGUACCCGUCAGGUGAAGAUGACAGCCUCGCCUCUAAGAGGAAAGUAACUAUUGAGGAUGUCUUUGGUCCCGACCUUCGAAUCCACGACCCAGAUGCCAAAUGGCUAAGCGGUGAGUGAAUGGUUUGGCAUUUGCUUUCUGCUCUCACAUCAAAAUGCACAUCAUAUCCAUCAGUAAUUGCUGUUUUUCAUACUUCAGGUCAGAAUAUACCAUCAGUAAGUAAAUGUGACAGAACAGCCAGGGCAGAUGUUUUAUGUGCCAGGCCCAAACAAGAAAAAAACAAAACAAACUCACCGUAGCAUGAAAUAGAAUACAAUUUCCCAGAACAUACCUGUUUGAAUGUCCUGUUUAUCUUAAAGUCCCACUCCGAUUGUUUUUUUAUUUUUUUUAUUUUACUACUAUAAGUGUUCUCAGUGGUCUUCAAAUUGUGAUUAUUAAGUUUUUAGCCAGAAUCGCAUUACCUGUGUCAUUUCAAGCGCUUUUCUUCUGCUGAGUUCUGGUAGCUCAUUAGCAAUUGGCUAGCUUAGCUUGUAGCCUAACAUUGCUGGUGCAGCAGAAGUGGUAGGUAACACAGGUGCUAUUCGGCUCGCAGACAAUAAUGUCUUCAGGGACAUGAUGAAAGCUAAUAUCAUAAUUAGCUUUCUUACUAGCAUUGCAAUCCUCAAACGCACACUCUUGUUCUGUGGUCGUCCUCUGUAUGUAUCCGAGUGCAGCCUGCAUAGCAGGGCUCAGGGGGCGGAGCUUGGAUUUGCUACAUAGGAAAUCUCACUGUUUCUAAACCUGCUGUUUGGGUCUGCCAGAGAUUCACAGCAAUUUGAAUGUAGAAAUACUCAUAUUUUCUCAUGAUAUGUCCUGUAGCAUCAGAAAAAAUAUCAUAUGAACGUGUAAAAAACAAGAAAAACAUGAUUGUCAUCGGAGUGGGUCUUUAAGGUAACACAGCAUCUUCUUUCGACAAGGUAGAGGACAGAAGACAUUCGCUGUCAAAGAACGACCCACCAAGCUACAGAAACAGUCAAGUCAAAAAACUAUCAACUAAGCUGAAAGUACUCCUAAUACCAUCAAACACCGAAGCUUAAAUGUCUCAGUGGGGAACAAAUGGAUCUAGCUCGAGGGCAGUUUGUAGUUCAUACACUAAAGUGAAUAAACUUGAAGCUAUCUGCGAAGGUUUAUAAAUACAUAUGGGAUAUCUUAGCAAGAGUUCUCACAUUGUGUAAUCUAGUUCUAAAUGAGGCAAGAGUUAUAAGGUUGUUUGAGAGCUGUACUUCUGGAGCUGAAUAGAUUUAAAUAAGCAAUAAAACUCAAAACUCCCUCCGCUACUAGACUUGCUGUAAUGUAUUGGAAAAUUCUCAAGUCUACCUUGUAAAAAAAAAUAAGGUGGUAAAAAUUGAAGCUCUGCUGUGAUUUAUUUUCUCUAUGCAAAUAAUUCUCCUCUAUCCCAAAGGACACAGACAUUGUGCAGCAUUAUGUAGAUGAACAUAAGCUCACUGUAGAUGUGAUUUUUUUCCAUCUCAGUGACUAUCAAAAGGCUCUGCAAAACAAUUUCAGCAUGUUGUUGGCUAUGUCUGCAGUAAGGAGGUGUAAGCUGAACAGAUGUACUGUUGAACAGGAUUUCUGUGGCCUCUCUAACCUUGAUAAGAAAGAGAGUCGGGGAGCUGCCACCUGAGCUCAUAAAUGUUGGAUCAGCUGAAUCGCUGCCCUCUGGUGUUCAACGAGAAUAGAAAUAAUUCCAGGUUCUGUGCUACAGACUGAAUAAAAAAAGGCUUUCUUUGAGAUGCGAAGUUGGGUUUUUGUUACAAUCUCUAGUCAAGAGUCUGAACAGAUGUGAAGUACAAUAACUUCUACUGCUAUGAAUAACAGCUUCUAACAGGAUCUGAAUAGCUUCUUGUGUUAUUAACUCCGAGUGCUUUAACUCAGAGAGAAAUAAUGUGAAUUUAUGUGAGAUGUAAUGUGGUCCAUUAGGAAACAACAUGAGCUGAAAAGCAUACCACAAAGUAGAGUUUCAUUUUAGUUUGGAGUGCAUUCAAACAGCUGAGUUCAAGAUCAAAUAUUACUAUAAUCUGAACCACACAAAUCUAAGAGGCUCCUCGACUGCAAAGCUCUGUCUUAAUGCAGCUGUUAGUUAUUUAUUGCCUCUUUUUAAUCUAAUAUAUCAAGCACUCGACAUUGUAGAACCACUUACUGGUAACACUUUAUCAUGAUCUUAAGUGCCAGCGACAGCAUUACAUUCAGUUUUUUGUGCUUGUAUUUGCAGAUAGUACAGUAAAGAAAAGGUUUAAAUUGGUUUAAAUCCAACACCAUAGACUGUAUGUAGAAUGGACACCAUCUGCCUCCUCGCUAGGUAAAGCCGUGACGGGCUGCUGUAUAGGUCAUAAAUCCCGCCUUCUUCAGCCAUCCCUAUGGAGCUGUGGACAAACUUUAGAAAUUAAUUACAUUGAAUAUUAGUUUUUCUCCCCCCUGGUUGCGAUUUUGACAUGUAGUUACAUGACAAAUAGUAAGACUGGUUUGUGAUCAAGUCCUCUUUUUUUCUGUAAAGCUCUGUUUUUAAAAGUUAUUAGGAGGUUCAUGUUUUCUAUGAUUGACACUUGAUACAGCCUAUGGGCGUAGGAAGAUUGCGUAGCUUACUCUGGGAUAUGCUGUUUGAGCCGAGCGUCAUCACAGUGACUCUCUGCAACUCUCCCACCGAAUGUCUACAACACUACUGCGCAAUGUUGGUUUCAGGAAGUGGAGAAAAAAACCCGGAAAUACCAACACAACACCAUACUAUACUUGAACCAAGUUGUCCAUAGUAUAUACAGUCUAUGGUAUGGACACAUCUACAUACAUUUGAGUGCAGCUGUGUCUAUAGAUAAACUCCCAUCAUCACCUACACACUUCCACAAUCACUUCUCAGAUAUGUGGCACACACAGUACAACCCCACACUUGCCUUCUUGUUCUCCUGUGUGAGCUGCUCCCCUGAUGACUUACAUUAUCUGCUUAUUAACGUGUAAUUAGUUGAGUUCCUGCGCUUUGGCGCCCUUCCUCCAUGACUAAAACGUCCUUAGCACCUGAUGAAAGCUUGGCAAUCAAUUGUGUGACAUUGCGUCUUGUCAGUUAAGUUAAUGCUAUCAACUCCCAUUUAAUGCUAAUGACCUUCUGAUAAGAAACCCAGUGGGACAUGCUCACACUCCAGUACUCCUCAUCAAUAUUUUGUGGGUUUCAUUCACAGGAGUGGGUAAUUGAUCCCCGCUGCUCUUUGAUCAACACUUGCCUCAGCAGUCUUUGGACUCAUCUCUGAGUUUCUUGCACAGACUCGCAGCCAAAGACAAAGGAUGCGGAAUUUCAGACCGAGCCCUCAAAUGAACAGCUGCUGCUGUCUGUCUGACACAUUCAGAUUUCUGAGAUAAAACAGAAUAUAACAUACCCUGAUAAUGAAAACACGGUAGCAACAGGAAACAUCUGUGGUUGAAUCCACUCAUGGAAAUUUACUCUGCCAACAAAAGAAGCAGAAACUUCAUUUCUGGGACUCCGUAGUCAUCACUCUUUUUUUAAGGCUCCCUGUUCAGGAGUUUUCAUUGAAAUCAUGUAUUUCAAUCACAUCUCCCAUCCUGCACUCACUUUUCACCAGUGCUCUCAACUAUAAUUUCUGGCCUUUCUUUCUUUUUAAGGAUUUUUUGGGGCUUUUGCCUUUUUUGACAAGACAGCUUGAGCGAGAGAGGGAACAUGAGGAGAGAGAGAGAGGGUGGAAUGACAAGCACCAAAUCAUGCGGGGAUCGAAAAUUGGUACUUUGACCGACACGAUGAGGACUUAAGCCUUUGAAUGUGAGGCCGAUGGUGCUUAGGUCCUUCCUUUAUAAAAUCUGCCAUAAAGCUAAAAGAACUUGAGCAGCCAUACAGGAUGAUCAACUAAACAUGUUGGUGCAAGAAUCCUCAUCGGUGAGGUUGGCAAAGCAAGUUAACAGACAAUAAUUUGUUUUAUUUUAAGAAUAUCGAGCUCAACACAACAAAAGUGAAUCUGUACAAUCCAAAAUGCAAUCCUAUUUUCAGAGGAGUUGUUGUGAGAGUUUCAGAUGAUGAUUAAAACAAUGAAAGCAAAAUGUGCAGAAAAUCUGAGUAGUUUGGAAUUUGUUGAAAUGUAAACACAGAGCAAUCUUGAAUUAAUUGUGACUUUAAAAAGAUAGGACCGUUAGGACAAAGCAUUAUAACAGUAAACAGGACAGACAUGAUGUACCAAGUGCUAACCUCACACUCUUACAUCCUUUUUUAGAGGUUGAGUCUCAUUUGAAGACAUUUUCUUUUUUGAUAAUUCCUGCUCUGAAGUAAAUAAUUAACAAGUUAAAAUGAAUUCAACAAAGAACAAUGAAUAAAUGUCUGCCUAAUGACUGUUUUUUAAUAGAGUAGUUAUUGCCAAAUAUCACAAAAAGUGCUAACUAAAAAUCUGCUGUUUGCUGUAAUGACGCAUCAACAGCCCGAUAUUUCUUAAAAGAGAAAAAAGAGGCUCUUGAGUGACUGAAGUCUGACCAGCCUACUACUCUACAUUUAAGUAAAUCCUCAGAAAACAGUCAAAAUUAGCAUUAUACUAAUAAGACUCAACACGUAAACAAAGCACCACCAGGCUUCAGAGCUUCUUGCAGGUCUACAAUAAUGAAAAUAUGAAUAUUUAUUUGAACUAACUGGUAACUCUGGUGGCCGCCAGCAAGGUCACAUAAACGCACACAUCCUUAAGUCCUUAAAUGUCUCUCCCCUAAACUGGCUGCUUGAUUAAGGUAAAAGAGGAGAACAGAAGACUAUAAAGAUACCAGUACAAUAGGGCAGUAUCCUAGUAGAGUUUCAACCCUCUAAUUUUCUAAUGGUUAUUUCUCAAUUUGUCAUCCACAGACAAUGAGUUGCUGUAUCGUACAAGGGAGGGGGAUGUUGUCAAGUUCAACCUCGACGCAAAGGAGAGAAUCGUCGUUGUGCCGCACCAGUUGUUUGUGAGUAUCAUGUUACUCCGGCAUUGUUUUCUUCUUGAACUUACUCCGAGAGCAGUGAGUAAACCCUCACGCUGAACUGAACUAGGUGUGUUACAACUGCGAGUUUGUUUUUGAUCCCAUCCAGGACAGCUCCAGAGCUGCCAAGUACCAAGUGUCCCCAGACAUGCGGCAUGUUCUGUUCGCGUUUGAAGUCAAACCGGUGAGAAACACUCACACAGUGCAACAUUACACCAUAACUCCUCCCAAAAGUCUUUAACUGUGAUGCUGUUUGUUUUCUGCAGAUCUACCAACACUCCUAUGUGGCCAAGUACAUUAUUUACAGCCUUGUGACUCAGUAAGACACACAUUUGUUGUCUUUUCUUUUUCUUUAUCCACCAUCUUUUUAAGCAUUUUACAAUGAUCAAUAAUCUUCCCCCAGCAUGACCUCAGCCCUGUUUUCCUGCGUUCAGACCAACUUUGCUUUUUUGCUUUGUAGUGCAUGUAGUCAGUCCUGUUUUUAGCCUUUCAUCCAUCUUUGUCUGCUUAUCUCCCUUCUGUCCUGUAUUUGUAGUGAGCCUAGCAAAGUCAGCUUGUGCCAAAAAUAGGACACGGAUGAUUGAUGAAGCUUAAAGUGGGGGAACAUGCCCAAAAAACCAAACAUAUUUCUCUUUUCUCUGACUCUGCGUUUAAGUUGGGUUACAUAGAAAGCAGAAACGCUGAUAAAAAAAACUGUGCUGAUUCUUUCAUGUGCUUUCACAUCAGGGAAACUUGGCCUCUGAAUCCCCCUGAAGUGCAUGAAGCUGCCCUGCAGUUCGCUGGAUGGGGACCCCGAGGCCAGCAGCUGGUAAGGAGCCUGUACUCUUGAGAUUACACUCCAUGAAUGCUGGCACGCAGGUGGAGGUCUGUCAGCGUCAACCUGGCAUUGCAGAGGAGGCACAGCAGUGAUUUAUGGUUUGUCACAGCAGAAUAGACAAACUAUGUGGCAGUCUCAGGUUUUUUGUACGCUUUAAUGACCACUCUGAAGCGUCCAGUCUGAACUCUCCUUGAUUUGACCUCCUUCACUGUCAACAUGAAGCCAAGUCAUUCCUACUUUCACAACUUUGUGACGACACAUGAGCUGAUGGAAGCCACAAUGACAGAUGGCAUCUCUGUGACACAACCCCGUGUCUUGGACUCUCUGGGGUUUUUGAGGAUGUGGAAAUACAUGAUACUGGCUGAAAUGUAUGUGUGUAAUGCGAGCCAUAUUUGAGGUUGGAUUUUGUAAAACAUGCCAGUAGUUUUAUCCAGUUAGGCAAACACAGUACAAGCCUUCAGUUUUGGCGCCUUAAUUAUCCAUUUUCAUUCAAGACGGUGCAUGGUUUAUUACAUGAAGUAGGGACUGCAUUUUCACCUACAUAGACAAGCUUAUUUUUCGAGCUUGUUUAUCACAGAGGCAACAGUUUUGAUGCUAUUUGAUGGAUGGAUGUAGCAUCUGUUAAUGAAGAACCCACUGAAUUUUGGAGCAGGUUCAGAUCAGACUAACAUACCAGACUGUUGGCCUCGGUGGUGUUGUGCAUUUUCAGAGUGCCCUAGUUACGAAACAAAAUACUUUUUGAAAUUCACUGAAUUAAUUCUGUCAUAAGAGACAUUUUUUGAUAUACGAAAAGAUGACCUCUGGGUUUUUAUUCUUCAAAUCUGUACAGGAAAUUGCUUCAACAAACUUAAAAUAUGAAAAGUGCUUUAAAACAAUUCAUCAGAGGGUUAUCUUUUUACCCAAAAGACGCAUUAUGCUUUUCAUGGUGAAGGUAAUAAUAUUUUGUUUAGGAAGCUUAUUUUGGCUCUAGAAACAAGCUUCAAAUUAAUUAAGUUGUACAAAAAAAAUAAGAAUAGAAAUAUUUCUACAAUGAAUAAGUAGAGUAGUAGUCCAUUCCUCAAACAAUGUUCUGCUUAACCGCUUAUUUUCCUGUGAGACCAACAAAGACAGUGAGUCGUGCUACAGUUUUUUAUUUAUAUUUUUAUUUAAUCUUUAUUUUAUCAGGCAGUCUCAUUAAGAUCAAGACCUUUUUUUUUACAAGAAAGGCCUGAGAACAAGGAACAUUCACAAUCAACACAACACAACAAAUAAAAGGUGAAAAAAAAAGGGAUCAGUUAAGGGAGCAAAGUAGUUGAAACCAGUUCUGCCAGUACUAGUACAGAUAUAUAGAACAUCCAAGGUUAGACAGUUACUGGAUCGUGUUCUGUUGCUACUAGGUUUAAAUGAAAGAAGAGAUGUGAGGAAGCUGGGAGGCUUCAGCAGAAGAGCUUUAUAGAUGAAUAACAUGAGAUGGAUAUUUCUUCUCGACUGUAAAGAAGUCAAGCCAACCUUUUGAUAGAGGGAACAGUGAUGAGUGCGAAAUGUGUCGUUAGUGAUGAGACGUAGUGCACUAUGAUACACAGGAUUUAACUGCUGAAGAGUCGACAGGGCUGCAUGGCAAUACAAGGUGUCACCAUAAUAAAGGAGAGACAUGAAGGUGGAUUGUACAAUGAAAUUCAGAUAGAUAGCCUUUGAUUCUGUAUGAAAAGCCUAAUUUGAUUUUUUAAUUCUGGGUUAAUUUCUGAAUAUGAGUCUUGAAAGAUAGAUGAGGGCCAUUGCCUUGUAGACCACAUACAUAGCCACUUGGGUCGCCCCCUGCUGGCGUAAUAAUGCUGGAUCAAGACAAGCAUUAUGUUUUCACAUCCGUCAAGGUCCCAAGAAUUUCCACUUCAUUAGAGCAGUCUGUGAGUUUUAGCUGAGUUCUGUGAUCAGGGUGGAAAAGAGGUAGAAUAUUACACAACAGUAGCAGCCUUAUCCUUUUAAUGAGCUUAACUGUGCGGUUGACCCUGGCAUUAUUUUUUUACUCUAUUUAAUUCUUUUUAUCCCAUGAAACUCUUUUAGAUUGGUUUCGUAUGAAUUGCAUCGCCCAGACAACAGACAGCGUUGUGUUUCAUCAGCUAGACUUCACGGUUUUUCUUCCUCCAUAAUUGCUCAUGUUGCUUCAUUCACUUAAAUUACAGAUUCAUCGCUGUGAGAAAAUAUUAACAUUUCAAGUGUGUGAUGAGACUUACGCUGCCAAGGGAAGAAAGCACUUUAAUUUGCAUAUGGUAAUAGUGUACCUGAUUGUUCCUUAUGCUAUUCUGUUACUGCGGCUCAGUGCUCCGUGAACAGCAGAGGUUAUGUAAGAAAUAGAAGGUGCACUCUGGUCUUUUGUCUCCGUCUGACCUGGCUAUGUUGGAGGAUGAAUCCUUCUCUCAUCAAACCACAUGCAAUUACUCCACCGUGACAUAGCAAUCACUGAGACUGGAGCUAGAGACACACAAGCAGACACAGAAAAAGAGAUUAUAAUGUCACAAAAGAUGAGGGAGGAGGAACAGGGAAAAAUUAACUGACUAAAUAAAAACUUUAAAAAGUAUUUCAAAGGUGGAAACACACUCGGACAUAUGCACAAACCCUCACACGGAAAAGAAACCCUGCUAUUCGAGCCUCUUUGAAGUUGCAACUUUGAUCUCUCCGCCCUUUAAAAUGACUUUUCUAGCCUUUUUCUAACUCUUUACUUUUCAGAACAUGGUUAUUGAUUUUUCCUCUUUUUCACAAACAGCAAUAGCAAACAGUUCAGCACUACAUUGUUCUGCAAAACUACUGGGAACAAUAGUAACAAAACUUACAGAUAAAAAAAAAAACAAUGGUACAAGCUAUAAGUCUCUCCCUCCCUAGUUUAGCAAAAUGGAUGCAAUGCAGAAACCACAGUGGAGUUUGUGAAACAGACACAUGGAGUCCAUUUUUGCAUGAAUUGACUGUUUUUGGAGUCAAGCAAACAGGUCAGUAAUUAAAAAGAAAACUUUUUGCUUAUAUUUGUUAAAUCAGAAGUUUUCCACCUGCUCCUUAAAAACACUGUAACUCCUCAAAGUCUUUUGUUUGUUUUAACUGCCCAGAGUACCAGGCCUUCAUGAGACAGGCUUUAAUUGGAGGCAGGCCUUUAUAUUAGGUUCUUUGUUGUUAUAUUUUACACAAAGUGAGGGUGUUAUUCACCAACUCUAGCCAAAAAGACAUUAUGUUUUACACAAAGUACAAAGAGUUUAAUGCUGCUGUGUGCCAGUGAUGUUCUCAUUAAUUUAAAUGGUUGAUUAUGUCUCAUUUAGAACAAAUUACAUCUCCAUCUUUGUAAAUCAGCCCCAUUGCGAGUAAAAAAACAAAACCACAAAUCAUCAGAGUGACAUUUUUACCAGCUGUUGAAUAUUAAUAAGCAUCUUCACUCUGAAUUUUUGGUGAUAAGACAAUUUCUCCUCUGUUACAUGAGUUUAUUAAAAUGAUGUUGACACCGUUUACAGCUCAUCCUACCAACAUACAGACCAAACUGGAACAGACUCUCCUGUGUUUGUUUUGUGUCCACACAGUUGUUGCUACUUUAACCUGGCUGACGGUGCAUUUGUGUGUUUAGGCAAAAAAAAAGCUAAAGCCUUUGUUGGAACUCCACAAUAGUGUUGUGUCUAUUAUCGUCUAUUUCAGUUUAUUCAGUCAGGUGAAACCACGCUGCCUGUUUACGCUACUAUUACAACAGAUUAUUUAUUCAUUUUUCAAAUAAUAUUUUGCUUGCUCGCUCCGGGAAGAAAGCUGGUUCUAAACUGUGAAAUAUGACACAUCUGUCUUGAAUGAACUCCACAUUAAAAUGAUGAAGACUCUUCAUCUUCACUCAGCUUGUCACAUACCCUAAAUGGAUUGAUUUUUGUGCUGUUUGGAUGCAUGCUCAAGGAGGAGAUGUGGAGAUUCUGAAACAGUAAACUCAGUCACUGCAUAACUAAUAGAAGAAGUAACAAACUGCACAUCUGUGGUGUAGCUCACUUCUCAUCCUAGUGGCCUAAUUGUUUAAGGCGUGUAUGGAAGGUUGUGGGUGAUCAUUUUGAAGUCGUUUCCUAUAUUUUCAUAUUCCACAUCAGAGAUAUGAAUCUGUCGCAGUUAUUUAUUAAUCAUUCAUCAAGCUCAUGAUCUCGAUUAUUAAUAGGAUCCUGGGUGUAGAUUAAAUGCCGGUCGUUAAUUGAAGAUUUACGGUAAUUCCACGUUUUAAAUGCUAUAAUGAGUUUCUGUACGGAGGAGCGCUUUUAAUGGAGAGACUUUAUGUUGCUGUUUUUAUGCCCUUGGCAUUAAAAUUGUGAGUCCGUGUUUUGCAGUCGAGUUCUGAGGAAAAAGUGACUUAAGUGUAAUUCAUAAAAGUCUAAGUCCUAAGAGUUCAAUUUUUAUGCAACACUUUGAAAGAUGCCUGUGAUUUUUUUUUUAUGUCCCGUGGCAGUUUUGCAACAUCCUCCAACCAGCAGCUUCCCUUUGCUUUUACUCAGACUGGCAUUGAUCUGUUUUUCUCAGAUGUUGAUCCCACAAUGUAAAACUUUGAUUUUCUCAACAGCAACCAUAGAUCAGAGCGAAAGGAGCCAUCUCUCCCUCUCUUUUUUUUUUUUUUUUUGAUUCUUGUACUGGAGAUUUUUGGCUUAGCCUUAACUGAAGGGGUUUUCAAUUGACGGUACAGCUACAACAACACGGAUUUAGCCUCGGAUACCAAUCGAUUUGGCAUUGAUCGCCCUUGUGCUGGCACCAGGCUUAGUGUGAAAAACGCUGUAGUGGACUGACACGGGGGUUUAGAGUGUCACACAGUUGUCUGUCAGCAGUGUGUCUUAAUUCCUUCAUGUGAGCCUUUGGAUAUAAGAAUCAAACCUGCACACCAGCCGUUACUCAGCUCUUUAAAACAGCAAAACACCCCAAUAAAGACAAGAGUGAAGUGUGAGCCGGCAGCGCUCCAGAGGUGUCCUACUGUUUUACAGAGGAUCCUGCUUAAACUGUAGUUAAGCAGAACCUAGAAAUGUAGUGCUUCAGGCUAGUGCGCGCUGAGCCUAUAUUAGCAUUUACUGUCAAUAAGCGUGCGGCUGUGUCUCCAUCUGGAUUAAGAUAGAGUCAUAUUGUGAUGAAAAAUAAGCCACAAGUGUUUUUGUGUAACUGUUUGCACUGUAGAUAGAAAUAACCUAGACUUUAUUGAUCCUCCACUGGGAAAAAUUCUCUUGGUACAGCAGCUCAAAAAAACCAAGGACAGGGGAGUACAACAAUGUACUUACAAAGUUUGAAUGGAAACAACAUAUAUAUAAGAAACAGAGGUGGGAGAGGCAUUAAAACGCAACACAUAUAUUCUGUACAAACAUAUGCAUGUUCUGUGUAUAUAGGUUUACAUAUAAAUAUCUCCAAUUUUCCAACUGUACUGUAUCAAACAUGUACUGUACAUAACAGCUGUAAAUAACAUUUAUUAUAGAUAGUAACUCCUCAGUUUUUCAUCCUUUAAUUUCUCUUUGUAUUUAUUGCUGCUGUAAAUUUGGAUUAUCUCCCUGUAGGACUAAUAAAGGAAAAGGAAUAUCUUGUCUUAUCUUAAAAUAUUAAGCACAAUCAUACAGAGAGUAAUGUCUGUUUUUCUUCCUUUUUGCUUUUUUCUCCAGAUCUUCAUCUUUGAAAACAACAUCUACUACAGAGCAACAGUAGUGAGCCCGGCCAUCCGUUUGGUGGCCACUGGUAAAGAAGGAGUCAUCUUCAACGGACUUGCUGACUGGCUUUAUGAAGGUAAUCAGUCACACACAAUCACAAAAUGUGUCGGAAACACAGAUGAGCGCUGAAAGACAGAUGUAGAAAUCUCUUUGACUGAAUUGGAUAAUCUGAGUUAAACUGAGUUAAACACUUUACAAUAACUGUAAUUUCUAAAUGGUGAAUAGAUAGUUUAUUAAUAUUUUAUCAUCACUUAAAAACGGCAUAUACACCAAUUAUAAAUGGUUAAUAGACAGUUUAUUAAUGUAAGUUAAUAGUUACUUUACCAAGCAAUGAAAUAAUGAGUGAUAAUUUUUAUUAAUUAUUAAUGGACUGUUUAUUAAAGGUUUAUAUAGGGUUUAAAUAUUGGUUGUAAAACAUCUAGAUUAAAAUGUGUGUCAGUAGCACUUUGUAAAUGAUAAAUAAGUGGUUUAUAAACCACCUAUAAACAUUACUUAGAUGGUUAUUGUAAAGUUGCAACUGAUGUUUGUAAUACUUUGUAAAUGAUUAAUAAGUGGUUUAUAAACCACCUAUAAACAUUACUUAGAUGGUUAUUGUAAAGUUAGGGUUAGGGUUAGGUUUUUAAAAUUGUAAAAUUUACAAUUUAUUAAUGGUCUAUAUGCUAUUUAUAAAUGAUGAUUAAACAUUAAUAAACUAUCUGCUUACCAUUUAUAAAUGGUCUAUUUACCAUUUAUAAGUUAUGGUUAUUGUAAGGUGUUGCCGUAAGUUCUUCGGUCUUAAGAUGUAUAGUCAAAAAACCUCAAUACAACACUUUAAUAUCAUAAUUUAGAUUCGUGUUCUUGUUUUAAAAACUCAUGCCUUUUGGGGAAUUUCUCUUUGAGGGAUUUACUACCAGUCAGCUACUGGAGCAUUAGUGAGGUGGGACACUGAUGUGGGGGUUACAGUCAGAGUUCAGGUUAAUCCUUAAUGUGCUGGAUUAUUUUUAUUACAUCAUCCAUUUAUAGUCCUUCUUGUGACCACUUGUUAGAGGGUUUUGAUGUGUAACAACAACACAGACUAGAUGCAGGCUGAGGGAGUCUGACUUUAUGUAGUUCUUCAGACAACCUCAUCUGCAUUCUUUAUAUGGGUUAGGAAAAAAAAACCCUAUUCAAGAUUUGAAGGUACAAAGCUUCCAAUGAUCUGAGUAGAGAAUAAGUGUGUCUCCUUGGUUACAUCAGUUUCCCAUUAUCAGUCACACUACACAUGCAACACAUCAGUGGACUAAAGGAUGUACAGUGAAACUUGAUGUGUUGAUCUGUAGCUCUGUUUUUAGGAGGAUAUAUUUUGUUUGUUUACAGUUGGAGCUGGGCAGGUAGUUUUAAGAUUGACUGGAAAAAAAGCCCAGUCAAAGUUUUUAGUGGCAAGAUAGUAAACCAAAACAAUAAUGUGAGAGACUCUGUUCUCCUGAAAGAAUCAGUGUAAGAAAGGGUUAAAAAAGGAAGAUACAGUGAUGAUUUGGAGUGUGUUUGUUAUUAAGAAUAACCCAUUCACACAAAGUCAUGUGAAAUUAUAACAUUAAUAUAAAAUACUUUUUGGCAACACUUCAUUUGACGCCUAUCUCUAUAACACAUUAUAAAUAUAUGUAUAAUGCGUAAUAAUCAUGUUAUAGCACUUUAUAACUAUAGUAAUAAACAUUCAUAAAUGAUCAUAAUGCUUUAUAGCAAUAAUAAUAACACAUUAUAAAGCGUUAUGACCAUGACUUACAAGGUAAGUUUUUAUAAUGUGUUAUAACUGUUAACAACUCACUGAUAAUGCCCACAUAGAUAAUGCAAUGCAGCUUAUAACACAAUAUAAUACUUUACCUUGUAAGUCAUGAUAAAAUACUUUAUAAUGUGUUAUAAUUAUUGCUAUAGAGCAUUAUGAUCAUUUAUGAGUGUUUAUAACUAUAGUUAUACAGUGCUAUAACGUGAUUAUAACACAUUAUACAUAUAUUUAUAAUGUGUUAUAGAGAUAGGCAUCAAAUAAAGUGUAACCAUUUUGUCUGUUUUGGUUAUUCUAUACUAACUAAAAAAUACUUAUACAAAUUGUAUCCUAUUUAUACCAGAUCUAUUCUGCUAAUGCUCCCUGAUAUUACACACUCUGCCUUUAAAUGUAUCUAAGAUGACUGGACUGAACUUAUGAGAAGACUCCCAAAACAUUUUUAGAAUAUUUGUACUUUCUGUGCCCACAAAUUAAAUGAAAUGUCUUACGUUCAUCCAACCAAACAUUAAGACCUCUUGUAACCUGUGCCAUGACACCUGCCUCCCCUCAACCCCAGCUUGAGGUGUCCAGGUGUCAUUUGUAUGUGCAUGGUCUGGAAAAGCACAGCUGGCUGUAUCUCAGUGCUCCUCCUUCUCCAGACUUCCCAUGGCUUGUCUUUGUGUUCAGGAAAUUUAAUUAAUUCAUGUCUUCUGUGCAGCAAUCUCUCUCGGCAGAUGUUCAAAAGCCAGCGCACUUGUAAUUUAAUAUGAGACGUUUUCUGAUUAAUGCAUAUGUGAGACAGACACUCCAAUUAUAUUCCACUUGGAUAUGGCUUUGUUUACAGAUGCGCUGCCAUGAUUGAGAGCAUCUUUUUUCCACCCUGCAUUCAUAUAUAAUGAGGUUUAGAGGUUUCUUGUUUGGUAAGGGAGGACCUCUGCUACAGGAAUUGUUAUAAUUAUCAUUUUUGAGUCAUGCAGAGGGUUGAUUUGAAUAAUCACUGCAGUAUAAUUGAAUAAUGUAAUUACAAAAUGCCAGUUAUGAUGAGAGAAAUUCAGUUUCAGUGUAUAAACUGCAUCAGGCUCAGCUGUAAUCGGUUUUCCAUUAAUUGGAUUAUUUCUUUGUUGAAGACACAGAACAUGACAUGAGAGAAAUAAUCCAGUUUGAGAGCUAAAGACAGAUUUGCCUGCAAUGUGUUCCCUCUAUGUUCCAUGGAUUUAUCAGUGGAAAACAGGCUGUCUCACAAAAACAGAGCAUGUAGCUGUGUAGCUUACACUGUGUACUAGAUUGCUCAGGUGAGACUGGUACGGCUACACUUGUUUAGACAAGGUUCAAGGUGAAGGUGCCUCAUCUCUCUCUGGUAUUUAGCACUCUGCAUUCAAACACAGCUUAGCCUUGAAUGAAUAAAUAAGUGUACAACAAGCCGAGAUGUGUUUUAAAAAGUAGAAAACAGUGAUUUCAGAUGACCGCUGGAUCCACGCAUUCAAUUAUUUACUCCAUGUUUCAUUUCUUCUGCUGAAAUCAUUAACUCUCCUGGAAAUGUUCAACAGAGUUCUUAUAAAUCCCCAUCUGAGACAAAUAAAAUUUUAACAUUAUCUUUAAAUGAUCUCCAUCAAUUCUGUUGUCAAAAAGAUUUGGACACUGUUCGACGAAAACGGAAAAAAGAAUUUGAUUGCAUAUAUGAUUGGCGUAACAUUGAAACACUUUAUUUUGGCAGUUAAUGUUGGUCUAAAACCUUGUUCAGCACGACUGGUGCCUUCACAGGGAGCAGAUCACCCACGCUGAGUGGACUAAUGCAUCCCUACAUCAUGGAUGCCAAGCUUUGGAACUUUGCUCUGAUAACAAGCUAGAUGGCCUCUCCUCUCUUUUGCGUGGAGGACGCAGCGUCCAUGAUGUCCAAAACCAGUCCAAGUCCAGUCUUGAAUCUUCAGAUCACAGGGCAUUUUUUUCUUCACUUCGUCCAUCUUAAACAAACUGGAGAGCACAGAGGGAGGUAGCAUUUCUAGACCUGAUUAAUAGUUUUUCUACAUUUUGUGCUUCCAUUUCUGGGUGCAGUAAAAAACUAUGUUAAUAAGCAGUGGUUUUGGACUUAAUAUUUGGCCCAUGUAGUGAUUUCCACUUAGAGUCAUGUCUGUUUUUAUUGAAGAGCUGUCUGAGAGUCACAUGUGUGCAUAUGUGCAUUUUGUUUAGACUUUCUAAAUCAUUAAAUCACAUGAUGUGAUAAAGAUGUUGAAAUCCAAUGACGCGCUGAUUUUUAUGUUGAAAAAGUACAACCAAGUGUAACAGAAGACACCAGAGCACUUUCCAGCUUUACUUCAGAGGGUUUCAGCCUCUCAUGGAUGCUGUUUUAUACUUAACCCUUUAAUGGCUUUUGUAUCAUAUUUGAUACAUACUUUUAUGAUACUUCUAUCAAUUCAAUAUGCUCAACAAGUUACUAAAAAAAAAAACUAAAUACACUACAAUAAAUGAUAAAAUUGUCCACUUGUGGUUUAUCAGUUUCCAAAAACAUCUAAUGUAUCAAACGAGAAAAAUAUAUAUUUGUGAAAUUUUAAGGACAUUUUGAUCUUUGGGGUUUUCAGUAGUAAGUGAAAUAAACAUUUUAGCUCCAAAAAUUUUUUUUAAUUUUCUGGCCAUAAUUUGUGGUUUCAGGCAUUAAAGGACUAGUCAUGUUACCUGACGACUUCCACAGUCUUUUGAGAGGCUUCAAAUUCACAAUGUUAAAGAAACAGGGAAGGUUCUCAUCUCUGUCUUGUGAUCUUUUUAUUUUACUGUAUUAAGUCAAAUACAGGGUUACAAUAUUGUGCAAAUUAUCUCAAUCUUUUUCUAUUGUCAUCAUACACAGGGUUCAAACUUUUGUCUAAAAUAAUGAGUUGCUUUCAGUAGCCUUAAAUUUUGUGUCAGCUCCAUUUGAAAAUGAAGAACCUGCUUGAGGAUGCACUGUUCAUUGUAGUUGGCAUCCUGAUUUUGUUAAAACACUGAGACACCUGAGACACAACUUGCGGAUUAAAUGACUGAAAUGUUUCUAGACUAUUGGAUCUUAUCUAAAACCUGAAAACACAGUCUUCUGGUAAAAAAUUAACUAACCAGUUUUAAUGUCCAUGUAGAUUCUCAUUCAUCCAGGUCAUGGUUUUCUUGAAAACUCCGACCUUUCAGGUUAACGACCCUCGGGGGGCAACACCAGGAGAUGGGUUUCUGCGACCCAUUGUUUCCAACUCCUCCCAGUCAUUGUUUGUCCCCCUCUCCAGUCAGAUAAAUAUCUGCUCCUCACACUAGCAAUAUUUAGAACUGAAGAAGCUUCUUGGAUAAGAGGCGAAACGUCUUCUCAACUCUACACAGUCCAGUUGCCUGUUUUUGGAGUUUUCAAGGAAAACCAGUUUUAAUGUCUUUGAGGUUCAUUGGAUUUAAUUAUGAGUCUACAGCCAUCAAAAUAAUACAUCAGAGUACUCUAACGCUGGUCAAGCAGAUUAAAUAAAGUGUGAGAAUGAAGAGAUUGGUAUUUAAAUGACAUUAUCUUUAAGAGCAUGUGGGCUCGUCGGCACAUGCGGCUGUGUUUUAGGUGUUUUCUGAGAAUGUGUCCUCUGUCCUUGCUAUUGGAGCUUAGACUGUAUGCUGUAUGUAUGCACAAAUCACUGACAAAGAGAGAAGACGAGCACCCAGACUUUCCUCAUCUUUGCGUAUUACAACCGUAGAAAGAAACAGACAUCAACAAAGGCAGCCUUUUCAAAUAAAUAGUCAGGAGUAUCAACGAGCUCCAACCUUCAUAAAAUAAUGAGGAAAAAAAAAAGCUAGGUUGCACUCGAAGUGGAAAAAUUGUUUUGUUUGUUAGUCUGUUGGCACAGGCCUUGAAACUCCAACUGAGUGACGAUAAAAGUAUUUGGCCUUAGAGUGAGAACUCAAUCAAGAGCUGAACAUUUCACCCUGGUAGUUGCACACAAACCAUAACCCUGCAACAAUAGAGCAUGCCAGUACAUUCACUGUGCUCAGGUUUGAAAACAAGACCACAAAGUCUUCAUCAAGGUUAAGUUGAUCUUUUUUUUUUUUCCAUAGUAUGAGAGUGUUGUUAGGAUCAUUCAAUAUGUUCACUAUACGUGCUUUUGUGGGACUCCUCUGCCCCCUGCUGGAGGAAAUCCAGUCAUUAGGAAAUUGCUGGGGGGAAAAUAACAAAAGGGAGAGUAAGCAGAGCCUUUAAAAAAACAAUUUUUUUCUUUAGAGAAGGUAUUUGAGCACCUUGUGCCCUAUUUUCCUCUAAAAUGUCAGGCUUUUGAGUUUUCAGUGCAUCGGUGGCUGAAUGAAAGCCUUGUCGCAGUUCGCAGCAGUAUGCGGUGAAACCUGGCAAGAGAAAGGAAGGUGACUUUUGAAAGAGUUAUCAAACACAGGAAGAGUUUAAUUGCCUGCACAUCAAAAAGGAAGAAAAAAAGAUUAAAAAAAAAAAGUAGUGUGCUCCAUCCUCCUCUACUGAAAAAAAAGAAUAAAACCUUUUGUAAUAAAUUCAACAUCAAAUAUCUUUGAAUCUUUUCAAGCAUAAUUUUUAAAAUUUCAGUUUUUAUUUUUUAAUUUUCAUCACAGUUUAAUGUUUCAAACUGUCUAAAUUAAAUAUUCAUAAUUAGUCACUUCCUACUGUGCCAGUUCGGGAAAUGAGCCUCAUAUAUCAUGACUCGUGUCUAUUCAAACUGUGAAAUAUUAGACAUGUUUUCAUCAACAUAUUCUAUAAAUUAGGACAAUCCAAUGGGAAAAAUGCAGACAGAGCUCUAUGCACUAUUUCUUUGUUAAUGAACAAGUCUUCUGGAUUUGAUAAUGCUGCAGGCCAAUACUGCAAAGCAUUAGAUCUACAAAUGACUCAAUCCAUUGAUUUUAUCUUAUACAGAAUAUGUUAAGAGAUCAUUUUAGAUUAUCAGAAGGUCAAGUUCGAUUUUUUUGUCACUCUACACAAAGUGACAAAUAAUGUUUCCCAGAAGCUUUAAUGCAAAUAAAGGGAGUCAAAAAUCACUCCUCUUCAGAAUAACUGAUAUCUGGUUGUCUUGUUUUUCAGAGGAGAUCCUGCAGACUCACAAAGCCCACUGGUGGUCUCCAGACGGGCUGCGUCUGGCCUAUAUGACCAUCAAUGACACGCUGGUGCCAAAGAUGGAAGUCCCCUUUUUCACAGGAACACCGUACCCUGCCAGCUUGGAGUAUUCUUACCCGAAGGUAAGUCUGCAGAUCUGUUUGCCUGAAAACUGAAAGCAGUCGAACCUUUUUUAUGUUUGAGAUUAUAAUGCGGACGCAGUGGUUCAGUGUACAGCUUAUCAUUCAUGUAGUGUCCUUCUUGGCUGCAUUAGGCAGCUGUGGAAAGGCAGCACUGUUUACAACCUGCUUAUUGUACAGAGGGUUUAGGAGGAUUUAGCUAUGGCCAAUACUGUCUAAAUAAACAAAUAAACAGUCUGAAGUCUUUUCACAUUAUGAGAAACAGGUAAAAGCUUAUUUUUGUCAUUUAUUUUGUUGAGUGUUUUAAUCUAGAUCUCUCUGGAAAAAAUAAUGUUGCCGGUUUUUGAAAUACUUGCAAAACAAUGGCAAGAGUUUUCGAAUAAGUAGCUGUCAUUCAGUUGAAGUGGUCUGCUGUAUUAAACAUUGUAUUAAAGAGGCUUCACAAUCGCUCAGUGCACAACUUCAGCGCUGUGUCUGCUCUUGAACUGCUGCUCAGAAAUGACCAAAAUAAACCACCUUAAUGCAGGACUAAAUGUUCUAGGCUGCUCAUUGAACACUUUGAUUGAUUGACAACGGUAAGACGAUUCACGACUGUCUUAAACUGAAAUCCAGUCCGACCUAUCGUAUUUCCUGUUGACCCUGAUAGGCCGGGGAGGAAAACCCUGUAGUGCACCUGUCAGUGGUGAGCCUCAACGGUCCCCUGCACACCGUGGUGAUGAAGAAACCUGAUGACCCCCGGAUAGGGUGAGUGACAGCCACACCGUGUCUCUUAAUGAUUGAAGUUACAGGUCCUAAGUGUCGCCCUGAGGCGGUGGAGACUGAGGCUGUCAGUGGAGAUGAUGUAUUCUCACUUUCUUGUAUUCCAGGAGGGAAUAUUAUAUCACCAUGGUGAAAUGGGCCACCAGCACCAAACUGGCUGUCAACUGGUUGAACAGAGCUCAGAACAACUCCAUCCUGACUCUGUGUGAGGCAACAACUGGAGUCUGUGUUAAGGUAGAACACAUCAACGUCAAUGUCUUGAUAAGUGCUGCUUUUAGGGGCUUGAGCCAAUAGUUCCUGUGUGUUUUAGACUCUGUUGUGGUCUUAAAGUAUUAAAAACACAUCCAUGAGCAUUUCCACAUCAGUUAGUGUCAUGCUCCUUUUUUCGACCCUGAAUGUUGGUGAUGUUUAUCAGGAAUAAAUACCUCACUGCUGCUAAAAAUCACUGCUUUUUUACUGACAGACAACUCCAAUGGUCGAAACACUUAACACUGACAAGCACCUCAUACAACUCCACUUACCAGAAAGACAGAAUAAUCCCUUUAAGAGCUGCUGUCUCACAGAUUUUACCUCCUGUAGAUGUAAGCCGACUCGUGUUCCCUCUCCAUUUAUUAUGCUAAGCUAAGCUAAAUUCAACAGACGGAUAUGAGACUAAUAGAAAAUCUCUGUAUGUCCCUUUUCAUCACUUGGCAUACAUUGUUAAAGAAAAAAACUGAACCGUCUCUUUCUUCUCUCUUCUAGAAACAUGAAGAUGAAAGUGAGAGCUGGCUGCACAGACAGGUACAUGAUUAUAACACUACUUUCCUUUAUAAAGCGGUAAUAGUCAGAAGAGAAUCAAGAUGUUGAUUUCUCUUGUGUCUGCACCCAAACAAGUAAAAAACAGGAGGUAGGAAAGCUGCUGCAGGCAUUUUUCGUGGCACAAACCUCACACACAUGAGCAGAUGUUUGUCUCAUCCCUCCGCAGAAUGAAGCACCUCUCUUCUCCCAGGAUGGACACAAGUUUUUCUUCACCAGAGCCAUCCCUCAGGGGGGAAGAGGAAAGUUUUUCCACAUCUCCAUGUCCACAUCUUUGGUGAGUCAUUGCAGAGUUUUGAUUCUAUAUGUUGGAGUUUUGUCACAGAGCGUUGAAAGCUUCGUUUGUUUUCCAGCCUAACACGAGCACAGACAUCCUUCAGUCCCUGACCUCAGGAGACUGGGACGUCACCAAAAUCUUGGCCUACAACCAUGAGAGAAACCUCAUGUGAGACAUUUUGAUUCUUUAGCAAACGAAUAUUAUCACAGAUUUCAGUGAUUUAAAGUUUAAUUUUUUUGUUUGUUUUCUAGAUACUUCCUGAGCACAGAGGAUGACCCCAAAAGGCGGCACUUGUACAGGUAGGAACCCGACUCUUCAUGCGCACCUCUGUUGUUUUCUCCCUCUGCAAAGAUUCUAACUCACCCCCAUCCCGCAGUGCCGACACAAUCCCUCCAUUCAACCGCUGCUGCCUGUCCUGUGAGUUUGUUUGCGGCUAUGUGGAUGUCUCAUUCAGCCACAACAUGCACUACUUCCUACUUGACUGCAAAGGUGAGCAUCCUCGACCUUGAUUCUCUCCAGUCAGGGCUCUUUUAGAGAGUGUUAAACAUCACAGCACUCCUGUGAAUGAGAGUGCUCUGGAGGAGGCAGAGGGUCGUGUUUAGUAGAAAGUGUAACUGAAUUACUGCUCCAUGUCAGGUUGAAGGCUUAUAUUGAACCGGGCAUUAGCAGAUUACCACAAAGAAACAACCACAGAAUCAAUGUCUCCUCUGACGGCCAAAUUUAGCUCAGCGGUUAGCACGGUGUCGUCGUUCACAAGGUAAUUUUUUUUCCCCUCUGGUAUUGUUUGUGUGGCCGUGACGCUGUGGUUUCUAUGGAAGCUGAUUUGUUUAGGGGGCUACCUCGAGAGAGGAUAAGUGCCGGUGGCUUUCUUCAUUAAUUGGAUCUUUGGAGAGUAGCUCCAUUGUGAAAUAAUAAGCUCCUUCCUCGUGGGAUGGAAGUAGAUUAUUAACUGCAGAACUGGCAAAGAGGACUGUUUCUAAAGGCUGUUUAAGAUGAGAUGGGACAUUGUGAGGAAAAGGAUCUUAUUUCAGCUGCUUGAUUACCAUAAAAUGGAGACAUUUGAGCCGUCUGUCAGUGCCUUGUUCCAUGAAAUCAUGUAACCAAAUCAUGCUUAUCAAAUUCACAUUUAUUACUGCUUUUCUGUUCACUGAUUUGCUCUUCUCAGGUCCAAAUGUACCGAGUGUUGCCGUCUAUAGGACCAAGGACAAAGAGAGUGAGUGUAGUCUGUUUACGCUCUCCUUUAUAUCACAUCAUUCAACAAACUGAAGCCGAAUUCUCUGUAGUUUUCUCAGAUAAUAGACGGCAUCGAUAAAAUAGUGCAUGUGUCUUAUCCGUCUUUCUGCAGAGGUGUUUGACGUGGAGACAAAUGAAGGAGUGAACGCCACCUACAACAACAUGCAGAUGCCCAAAGUGGAGAACAAGACCAUCACUAUUGAUGACUACAGUAAGUGUCCGUCUUUAUUAUAACAGGCGUAUUUAAAAUCAGUGUUCAUGCAUCAUAACAGUGUUUUAUCUGCCGCAGCUCUGACCAUGGAGAUCCUGAAGCCAGCUGGGUUCAUAGAUACAGCACAUUACCCCUUACUGCUGCUGGUGUGAGUAUGAAUACAUCUGUUUUAUUCUAAUAAAACAGCUCAGAAUGUAAUAUAUUUGAAUACAGCAACUACAAUUGCUCUUUUUAUCAGUUAAAUAAAUCAUAAAGAUUGUUUUUUUAUGUUAAUGAAAUAGACUGAAUUUCAUAUCGAUGCUUUUUUAUGGUAAACAAAAGUAAAGAAAGCCUUUAGUGACAUGAAUGGAUGUUUUUAUUCUGUAAUUUCAAUGCCUGAAACCAGUACAAGGUUAAACAGCCUGUUUUUUUUUUCCAUUUUCAUCAUAUAUGUUCACAAUAAAUGAGGUUUGGUUGUUUAAGGGUCGGAUGGUUAUUGAUAGGCAUGCAGACGACGAGAUAAGCUAUGACAGCCGUGUCCACAGGGGGCGCCAAAGUUGACACAGACCCAAAGUUCCUCACAGGAGCUUUAAAGAUUUGUAUUUAAGUGAACUUAAAAUUUUUACAGUAUACAACAUUUCUCCCAACUAUCAAGUAAAGUACCCUGAUUUAGGCCAAGGCAGAAAAUGGCUGAUCAAAAUAACAAAAAGAUGCAAAGAAAAUAAUAUUAGUUCAUUUUCAUUUCAAAACAUCAAAGUAUUCAUGUUUACACACAGGAAGGGUUCAGAAUGAAUAUCUGCUGGAGUAAACCUGAUGUUUAAUCACAGCUUUUAUGUGUCUCAGUAUGCUUUUCACCUGUCUGUCACAUUUCUGUUUAGUGCGAACGUUUUGCUUCUCUUUGACACCCAAAUUUAAACGCUCAGCUUUUUCUGACGGCUUGUUAAAUUUUCACUUGAUCCAUUAAAAAAAGAGAAGUAAUAGACUUACCUCUGUAAAGGAAAAAUGUUGAUUUGAUUUAAAAAAUAGAGGUUUCUACAUUUCACACAACAGAACUUCAAGUAUAUUUUGGUGUUUCAUGGCUGUCUGUAGUCGUGUAGUUUGGAGAAUUUUCUCUCCAUCUCUUCGAAUCAGUGCAAUUGUCCUUUUCAUUACUGAAAACUCGACUUUUGCCAAGCUGUGUUCAUCCUUUCACUUACUGUCAUCAGAGCUUCAAGGCCUUUGUGUGACACUUUGCUCCCUUUUUCUAUUUUCCUGCUCUUUUCACUCUCCUAUCUCUCAAUAACGUCAAAGAAAACCAAAAUACAAGCUCAAAGAUUAAAAAGUGUCUUUCAAAUACUGAAAAGAAAGUGUCUUCAUCUAAUGUUGGUCAUUUUAGGAUCAAUAUGGGUGUCUUUCCUCGUGUUUUUUUCACAGUGAUGGCACACCAGGUGGACAGAUGGUGUCCGAGCAAUUCAGGGUGGACUGGGCUACAGUUCUGGUCAGCAGCUUCAGCACCAUCGUCAUCCGUUUUGACGGUCACGGCAGUGGCUUCCAAGGCACCAACUUCCUCCACAAAGUCAGGAGAAAACUGGGAAAACUGGAGGAGCGAGACCAGCUGGAGGCUCUCAGGUAAAUCACUCAAACCCACUGAAAUGACAGCGACUUGUGCCUGAACAUAAGUUUUUACAGUUUUCUCUCUUUUUCAGAUUGAUAUCCAAAGAGCCCUAUGUUGAUAAAACUCGAAUGGGAGUUUACGGAAAGGUAAGGAAAGCACCAAAACCUCCUGAGAUUUUCUAUAUUUCUCCAACACGGCUCAUCUCUCUUUCAUGUGUUUGUGUUUUAUCUCUUUUGUCUAGGCAUAUGGAGGAUAUUUGGCCACGAUGCUCCUCAGCUCUGCAGACUUCCCUGAACUUAAAUGUGGCACAGCAGUCUCACCCAUCACAGAUUUUGAGCUUUACGGUAUAGAUUCAAAAGAUAUUUCCUCCCCUCCAUGCUUCAAAAAUGCUCAGGGGACCAUUAUCCGGAGUGGGGAUGAUCUCUCUAAUUCUGCUUUUCCAUUUUUAAAAUUGCAGCGUCAGCAUUUUCAGAGCGGUACCUCGGGUCGAGGACAGAUUCCAGAGUAUAUACGGUAAAGCUUGAAUGUCUUAUAAUGGUUAUCCAAAUCUUUCAAUGAUGUGAAGAGCUGUAAUGGACAGAGAUGAUUGCUAUAUAAAGGAUGUGGAUGUUUCUUUUCCCUUCAGUUGGCAAACUUAGCGCACAGAGCGGGGCAGCUUUCACAGAAGCAGUACUUAAUAAUUCAUCCAACAGCUGAUGGUAACAGAGAUUCACUUCAUUAAAAAACAUUAUACUGUAUGUUACUAUACGCACUCUAAUUAUUCUGUGUUUUAUCUCCUCUACCACAGAAAAGGUUCAUUUUCAGCACACAGCCAAAUUCAUCAACCAUUUAAUCAGUGAGAAGGCCAAUUAUACUCUACAGGUGAGCCAGGGUUUUAAUGGGACGUUUAUAUUUGUGUGUACUGCAGUGGUAUUUAGUGGUGCAGGGCUGUUUCUACAGCUGCUCAGCUCACACCAACCCCCUUGCACUGAUUUCAGGUAUUAUACAUUACAUAAUGCAAAUUCUUAAUCCUCCCCAUGAUGGUCUUGUUUGCUCAGGUAGAGGCAUCAUUGUGAAUUUCAGUCGUUGUCCUUAAUGUAAAAAUGUCUUCAUAGUUGUUUUAAUCCCUGCUUCUUUUUGACAAACACUCCUAGAUUUAACACGGUGGUUUAAGGUAGAGCAAAGCUGAGUAGCCCAACUUAAAAGCAAAUAUAUAUCCCUGAUUUUUUGAGUCACUUUUGCCCCAAACUGCAUGUUUAAAGGGAUAUUCCGGUGUAAAAUGAAUUUAGGGUCAAACACACUGUAACACAGAGUUAGACACCCCCUCGAGAGAUGAAUGUUGCAGACGGCUUGCUUGUCUCGUUAUACCAACUUCAGUAAUGACCGCACGAUAGCAAUACACAGUGGUCUGAGGAGCCAUAAACAAACCUGGACCAAAACGCCACUCUAUAGCCACAAAUAAUGCUCAGAACAGAACCUAACUUCAUCAACAGUACAUUUAGGGUCCCAGCCAAAGCACUAGCCACCAAACAUCUUUUUAGCUUUACCUAAUUUCUUUAGCAAAGAGACACAACUCACCUACUGUCUUCCAGCAGCCGCUUAUUAGUAGUGAGACCUCAAGCCAGUCAAUUACGGACUGCUGCGGGGUGACGCAGCUCAAAGAAAAACAUUUGUGAUCAUUUCUUCUAAGGCAGAAGAACUACCACAUCUGCAGUGCAAAAUGAUUAAUAUGGUGAUUAUUACUUCAAUGAAACGAUGAAGAAAUGAUCACAAAUGUUCUUCCUUGAGCUGUGUCACCCCGCUGUAGUCCGUAAUGGACUCGCCUGAGGUCUCGGUACAAACAAGCGGCUGCUGGAAGAAAGUAGGUGAGUUGUGUUUAGUCUCUUUGCUAAAGAAAUCAGUGUGUGUUUGACCCAGAAUUAAUUUUAAGCCGGAAUAUCCCUUUAAGUAACUUUGAAGUCGCUGUUUCCAUCUAAACAAAGUUACAGGGGUAUACGCUGAAUCUAUUUGCUUUAAAUCAUUGUGAAUGACAUUUGGUUGUUCUAAAAUACACAGCACAAUAAAACUGGAUUUUAUGGUUUAUGAAUAAGAAAUGAACACAAAACCCUGGUAAUGAUCUGUUUGUGUAUUUCUUCCCAGAUCUACCCUGAUGAGGGACAUUUUCUACACAGUGAGGGCACACAGCAGCACCUCAGUCAGUCCCUGGUCAACUUCUUCGAGGAGUGUUUCCGAGUACCAGAGAAGAAGUCGAACCAGGACGAGGAAGAGGAGGAAGAUAGUUAAACACGCUCCUCUGAUCAGCCAGAUACUACAGCACAAUAUGCAACAAGAACUUCGCUACCCAAUCAAACAACAACAACAACACCUGCUGUCCAAUCAGAUUUGAGCUCCACUCUGUGGCGCAGCACCUGCAUGUGCAAAGGAGCCUCAGAGGUCUCCAUCCCCUCUCCUGUCCUCGUGCUGGCUGCUGGUCAGGAGGACAAAAUAAACAUCAGACGUGAACAGUCAUAUUUCUCUCUCUGCUAUUGGAAUAUAUGGACUAGUGCUCUCUCUGGUGGACAAAUAGGGGACCUACAUGAUGUCCAUUGAGAAAUGUGUCUCCAUUCCAAGCCAGGCGCAUUAAUCGAGCACAAAAUGUCCCUCUUUAAAGAUCGGAUCAUUAUGUUGAGAGUUUACUCUUGAUAGGCUCCCAGUUUCUGAUAAACCAGCUGGCCGAUUUACAGAUUAUUGUGUUCAUUAGUAUGAUUACUGCUACUUGUUUCUCAGAACUUCUUUGUUUAGUGUAGUGUCUAUGAGUGGGUGACGUCCGGAUGCAUAAGUCCUGUCCUGCUCACAAAAAACAUGGGCACAAUGUGUUAUACUCAAAACAAGGCGUCAAUCUAAAAACGCUAAGAAUCAUACUCCCCUCCUCACGUUUCUGAAUCCAAGUUGUGUUUUUAGUCACUGUGCCUUACUGCAGACGAAACGUUCAUGUCUAUAUGACGCUGAAAGUUCACAGAUAUGGAAAAGCCUUGAUGACUCAAAACCAGAAUACAGAUGAGGGUUUUCGUUUUCAGAGAGGGAAACUUUGUAUCCCAGAUGUAUGGCACAUUUUUUCUCAACAUGUGAGGAAAAGUGAUCACAAACCUAUUGUGUAAUUGUAUGCCUCUUUGAAAGACAGUAUAAUACUGCUGAAAGUGUUAAGUAUUUGGUUUGCAGUUAUUACCUUUCACGCUAACACACCGGUGAGUUUGUGCUGAUUUCUGAUUUGAUUUGUGUGUGUGUGUGUUCAAUGGCUUGCCUCUCUCUCCCUUUGUCUCUUCUGUUAGUUUUGUCUGUGAUUUCUAGUCAGCGGGUGUACAAAGUGUAUAAACCUUAAAUUGUUUAAGUCUUUAUGUUGUACGUGUAACUUGUAUAUAAAGCAUUUUCAAAUGUA